AUGAAGUCCGCCAGGAUGGAGCAGAGCGACACGUUCCGCCGUCAGACCGAGCUGAUUCUGCAGGCGGCGGUGGACUCUGCUGUGUCCGUUGUCCUCGUAACACCUGGACCAGACCAAAGGAAGGGAAGGCGGGUAAGGAGACAAUCUUUAAGUCAAACAGUCAUUAAAGGUUGUUAAUAUUUUAAGAGAGGAAGCAAAGAAGAAACAGUAAAAAACAAAGGUCGUCUGAAAAACAAACCAUGUAAGACACAGAGACAGGUGAGACACAGAGACCGAGAGUAGGUGACGCAGACAGAUUAGUGAGAGACAAACAGUCAGAGAGACGGGUGAGGCAGACAGAGAGGUGAGACAGACAAAUAGUCCAUGGGCCCGACAGAUAUUUGGUACACCUCAGGAUGGCAAAGGGUCAUCAUGAUUUUUUAAAAGAUACAUGUCUGUGGAUUAUAUUUUUGUAUGAUAAUCCUUUCCAGCUAAAUAUUGUUUCUCAGCUCAUGAAGUUAACCACCCCUUAAGAUAAAUUCGAUUUUUUUACACUGGUGUAUCUGGUUUAGGCUCAUGGCAGGGAAAUUUCUCAGAGGUUUACAAUAACAUCAAAGUACGUAGAGGUCUUUAAAUCACAAGAAAUACAGAUUUUCCUGCAAUUUUCGCCUACAUGAUAUACUUUCUUUUGGCGAUAUGCCACCAAGGGACACCAGGGAUACAAGACUUACAAACUGCGAUACUCUUGGGACUCAUAAGAUUCAGAAUAUGUGUAACAUACCUAUACUAUCUCUUUGUGGGAGGUGACUGAGAAGUUUUGAGGAGUCAGCGGUUUAGGGGGCAAUCUUAGGCCCGAACUACACGAAUGCGGAUAUAUUUCAAACCGCACAUAUUUAUGUCCGAUUAGGCCUCCCUACCACACCAAAGCGGGAGUUUGGAACACUCAAACCGGAUAAAUCUGGAUCCAGAAAAACAAGUGGAGAAAUAAAAAAAUAUCUAGUUGGGUCACAAAGUGAGAUUCUGUGACCAUCCUCUGGCAAGGAUGUUUUGACGAUUGAUUUGACCUCUAUGGACCCUUUAGAAAAGAUUUAGCCCCCAGGUCCCUCGCAAAAAUCCCGGCAUUUUUUGCUAGACAGCCAAAUUCAAGAUGGCGGCCGGCGCCAUCUCUAAAAAUUAACUUUUGAUCUGGAUGACCUAGAAUCAUGUAUGAAGGCACUUUUCCAUACAAGUCAAGCAUGAGGAUUCCAAAUCUGACAUAGUUUUAAUCAUACAACUUUGUUUUGACCGCGAUAUUCAAGAUGGCUGCCAUCUAGUACUGUAAUUCUCAACCUUUUCAGGACUUGACCCCCCCAAAACAAUCAUAUUUGAAAUGGGUAACCCCUAAUUUGUUUGACUCUGUUCCACAUAUAGAUAUUGUGAAAAUAGCCGAUCUACAAGCCCGUAACACAUGGGGCUCUAUUUCGUGCCUCGCUGGAGACGUGCUGCAGGCGCAGCGUAAGUCAGGUCCGCCGCGCCGACAAGGCGUUCCCAAGCACAAUUUGGAAUUUUGGUGAGCGACGCAGCCCAGCGUAAGUAUCCCCCCUCCUUAACUCAGCUCCUCCCAGCGGCGUAAGUCGUAGCGAGGGAGGAGAGAGGGCGUGGAGUGGGUUUAACACAGCUGAGACCUGUUUUCACCAAUCACAUAGGCUCCUCUCCUUGCCUUUAAAUCCGCCACUGGCGAGGCGUAUUACUAUUUUUGUGAAGCAGUCAAAGAGAUCAAGAGAUGUCUGAAGACAGCAAUGCCACACGAUGGUGACAGAAGGCAGCUCCUCAACAAGUGCCACUGUAAGCGCUGCAUUUGGCGUCCUCCACACUCUCUCAUGUGAGCAGAGACGGGUUUGGUGUGUGUAAUGUUGGACCCACUGGUAAGACAAACACCCUUUUCCACUAAUAAAGACACUCACAUAAAGUUGCAUAUAUUCAAACCUCACGUGACAAAGGUGGGUUGAGCGCACAGAUCACAAUAUAAACUCCAAAAAUGGCAUUAAAAUUGGAACCAUCUGUGCGUAAAUGACGCAUCGCGCUCUGUGGCCUGGCUCUUUCUUUCAUAGAUGUUGGCAUAUAAAAUAAAUUUGCCUCACAAAACUGAAUAUUAUAAUAUCCGUAUGUCGGUUUGAAGUAAAUAACUCAUCUGAGCACUGAAACAAAUCAUCUGUUCAGCUGCAGCAGGACAGAGAGAGGACACAGACACAUGUCCAGGUCGAGCUGCGUGAGAAAUAAGAGGAAGAGGAAGAAAGAAAAGGAGGGAGACAAAUUAAAUAUCUUGUUAACUUCAUCAUGUGUGUUUAUUUACUAGAUAUUUAAUUUAAUUUAAUGCGGUUUCAGCUGUGUUGAUUCGGUCAGGUUGUGUGUCCAAAUGCGUGCCAAACGCGCUCAUCAGAUCAGAUGUAGAUCGGAAUAUAUCGAUAUAGAUCGAAAUGUAUGUGCUGACUCAGAUUAAUAGUUAUUGAUGAUUAUUUAUUGCACUGAAAUGUGCCUGACACUGUGGAAACCUGCCGGUGAGGCAUCGGUGAUGUAUGCCGAUACGCCGCUGGUCUACCAAAAUACCACUAGACCAGCUGCGCUCCGCCUGCGCUGAAAGCUGACCAGGUUUGAAUCGGCGAGCUCUCAGUGCACUUUACACGCCAUUGGCGAGCACGAAAAUGUCCAUGAUAAUACCAAACUGGCUGUACGCCGGGCUCCGCCAGACGAAAAUACAACUGUGCGGGGUCCGCCACCCUCCACCCUCCUGUCCCUUCAUGUCAGGGCAUGUUAGCACAUGCUGCUUGUUUAGUGCUGCUGCUUUCCUAAAUGUUGCCUCAGUCAUUCUUUUGAGCCCACAGUUAGAGGAGCUACACAUUUGAUCUGUAAAGACAGUGUGCAUGCAGAAUACAUGGCUGCUUGAAUAUGGAAGAAAAUAAUAUACCAACCAGGACAGACAGACAGUCAUGUAUUCUCCAGUGUGGUAGUCUGUGUAAUGAAGCCACAUAUACCAUUAAGUCGACCCAAAGAUGAUCCCUGACAUGAAGGGACAGCCAAUCAAAUUGCCUGAGUUAAGUACUGCUGCUGACAUGAAUCAAGCAUACUGGAUAGUUUGAGUGCAAUAUUCACUGGCCUUUAUGUUGUUGUUAAGUUAAGUUUUCUCUGUACUUGAUCACUGGUUGGUGGCGUACCCCCAGAUGACAGUGAAAUUAUAAUGUUAGGACUUGUAAGAUCCUCAAAGAAAAAGAUCAUCACUGCAUCCAAAGUAAUCAACAAACAAUGCUAAACCAUUGGCCAAAUUGUCAAAUGAUAUAAGAAAAAGGCAAAAAUUGUGAAUAUAGCCAAUCUACAAGCUCACACGCCUCACAAUACAAGGUGUUACGGGUUUGUAGAGCGGCUAUUUUCACAAUAUCUAUAUGUGGAACAGAGUCAAACAAAUUAGGGGUUACCCAUUUCAAAUAUGAUUGUUUUUGGGGGGGGUCAAGUCCUGAAAAGGUUGAGAAUUACAGUACUAGAUGGCAGCCAUCUUGAAUAUUGCGGUCAAAACAAAGUUGUAUGAUUAAAACUAUGUCAGAUUUGGAAUCCUCAUGCUUGACUUGUAUGGAAAAGUGCCUUCAUACAUGAUUCUAGGUCAUCCAGAUCAAAAGUUAAUUUUUAGAGAUGGCGCCGGCCGCCAUCUUGAAUUUGGCUGUCUAGCAAAAAAUGCCGGGAUUUUUGCGAGGGACCUGGGGGCUAAAUCUUUUCUAAAGGGUCCAUAGAGGUCAAAUCAAUCGUCAAAACAUCCUUGCCAGAGGAUGGUCACAGAAUCUCACUUUGUGACCCAACUAAUCCGUAUCCGUAGUGGAUUCGUGUGGUCGGACUUUUAUGGAUCGAUGACGUCAAACCGCAGCUCGCGCAUGCGAAUUAAAAAGAAAAACAACAACAACGAUGACGGACAGACAGGGUAUUCUUUAUGUUUGUUUUGCCCUUUUGGGGCUAAUUUCAGCCUUGCAAGUGAACCGUGUUUUAUACAAUUACAUCCACCAGUCAGCCAGCUCACAGACGCGUCUGCUGCGGCCAAUAUUUUUUUAUUUUUUUUUAUUUUUAUUUGUGCAGUGUGACAAUACAAGACAUACAACAAACAACAGCAUUUGUGGGUUUGGGUUAGUGUGUGUGUGUGUGUGUGUGUGUGUGUGUGUGUGUGUGUGUGUGUGUGUGUAUUAUAUAUUUGAAUAAUAAUGAAAAAAAUAGAAAAUAAAAAAAUAAAUAUUACAAUUGUCAGACAAGCAAAAGAAAAUUAUAAUACAUUAACAAUAUCAAUAAUAAUAAUAAUAAUAACAAUAAUAACAAUAAUAAUAAUAAGAAGAAGAAUGUGAAUAGCAAUAAUAAUAAUAUGGGUGGAGGGGGGUCUUGAAAUUUGUGGACCACCUCGGGUCCCUUCCCACUCGCGUGAGACCUGCCUGCAUCUCCCCAGGCCCCCAGACCCCCCCCCCCUCAACCCCCGCAUGCCCCGGACUGAAUGCGGCACAACACCUUGCCCUAUGUAUAUAUAUGUAUUUAGUCAUUGUUAUUUACUUUAUAUUAGGGCUGAAACGAUUACUCGAGUAACUCGAUUAAUAAAAUUCCUCGAGGCAUAUAAUUUGCCUCGAGGAAUUUUAUUAAUCGAGUUACUCGUUUAAAUCCGGAACCAUGUGCAGCGCACGGUGUUUGACACGGACGGUUAUUUCUGUUGCGCAGCAGCGUGCUCUUUCUGCUCCUUCCGCUGCCGCGCGUUUCAUAGACAUAAUAAAAGGGUAGACCCCGCUGGGGGUGCUGCGCAGCGAGAAAUGCGGCCGCCAUCUUGGUCAGGUCAAGCUUCCCAUACGCUCCGGUCAAUCAUAUUCAUUCAUUCAGCGAUGCCGGAGCACUGUGCGGCGUAUUCCUGUGCCAACAGGCGGACAGCAGAGAACAGGGCUCAAGAAAUAACUUUUCACAGUUAUGAUUAAACGUUUUUUAAACAUUGCACUUGACUGUAGAGUCAUUUGUAGGCCAAAGAGGAAGACUAUCGGUCAACUCCAAAAAGGAAACAGCAUUUGCGAACAGCUAGCUUAUUCACAAUAAUAGCAACUUUGGUCGAUUAUCAACAGAUUUGCAUUAGAUUGAAAAACUUCUGUUUGAGAGAGGUUCUAAGAAACGUUAAGAAAUAAAAUAGAAAGAAAAAGGAAGAAAGUGAGCUCUGUUUUAUUAUCUGUUUUAUUAAAGAUUUCUUUGUGGUGAUCUCCUGUUUCAUUUUGAAGAUUUCCUAAGGACAAAAACUUGAGGAAGAAGUGGGAGAUUGCUGUUAGAGGGAGAAAUUCGCAGCAAGUGAUUCCUCUGUGCUGUGUAGCCAACAAGCAAAUUGAUAUGUAGUUUAGAUGCUGUCCUGUCAUGCUGUUCUUGUGUUUAAAUCUUUUUGAUAUGUAGGCUAUAUAUUUGUGUGUAUUUUCCAGUUAUUAAAAUAGUGCUUCUAUAUGACAUUAUUUGUGUGUGUCUACAAAUGGAUAAAUAAAAUUAAACUAUAUAAAAAAUUAUAAUCAAAUCAAUAUAUAUUGAAUUGGCCUAUUAAUACCGCCAGUUAUUAAUAAUUAUUGAGACAUAGCAGGAACCUAGCUCUAAACCUAAAUAUAUCCUUGAUUAAUUGUUAUACUAUAAUACAGCCACUGCUGCCAUGUUCUAAAAUAUCAUUUUAUUCUGAGUAUUUGAAAACGCCAAAAAAAAAUAUGGCCUCUAUCAUGCCUCUUUGAAUGGCGUUUGCAGAGAAGAAAAUUACGUAGUAUUGAGCGAACUAUGAUUCAUUAAUGCGCUCAGACUUCAUUCCGCCGGUUAAACAGCGAUGCAGAGUGAGGCGGAUGACCGGACCAAGAUGGCGGCCGCAUUUCUCGACAGCGCCCAUUCGUGGUAGCGGCCGAUGCGGGGUCUAUCUUUUAUUAUGUCUAUGGCGCGUUUGGUUCAAUCAUGGAGGGAAACGAGGACAGACAGAGAGAGGAAGAAAGAGAUGACACGCAGAGGAAACGGCAGAAAGUGUCUAAAGUGUGGGACCAUUACACACUGAAAAGGAAAGAAAACGCCGUGCAGUGCGUUCACUGUAAGGCGGAGUUGGCGUUUCACAACAGCACGUCGUCAAUGCUGCAGCACCUUAAAAGAAAACACCCGGUCCAUGCAUUAAGUUCGCUCUGAGGCAAACGUGAUUCAAUGCAAAGUAUUACAGUGAAAGCAAAACAUUUCUUAUCCGAUUACUCGAUUAAUCGACAGAUUAAUCGAUAGAGUACUCGAUUACUAAAAUAAUCGAUAGCUGCAGCCCUACUUUAUAUACUUUAUAAUUAUUUAUUUAUUUAUUUUAAAUUUUUUUAUGAUUAUUAUUAUUAUUAUAAUUAUUAUCAUUAUUAUUAUUUUAUUAUAUAUAUAUAUAUUUUAAAUUUCUCUCAUAUGUGCUUUCUAAUGUGGGGCCAAUACUUUUAUUGGUCAUAUGGUCCGUCACAUGGACCCGACGCACAAGCGUAGCUUCCGCAAACAAUGCAUGACGCAUCACGCUGUUACGAUUCAUUGGCCAAUCAUGUAGCUUUGUUCCUGAAUUUUUUUUAAGCGGCACCAGAUAGGAUUGAGUUUGAAGGCUACGUGUGGACGCAGAUAUUUUUGAGAACGAACACGUGUGGACAGAUACAUUUAUUUAGACAGGAGUACAAAAAUAUCCUGAUAAAUAAAUAUCCAUAUACGUGUAGUUCGGGCCUUAGUUCUGCAGGGAUGAUCUCCCAUCAGAGAUAUUAGUCACAACAGAAAACUGAAAAAUCCCCUUAGAAUGCAUAGAUUCUGUAUGGUUUUUAGGGUUGAAUCCAUUUCUGCCGGUUGCUCAGCUGUAAAAGUUACUAUUUAGUCAUAAUUAUUGAUUAAUUAGUGUAAUUAUUGAUGUAUCGCCCGGAGAUAGAAAUGGCCAUCAAUUUCCCAUUUGUUAAGAAUUUAUAUGAUUGUUUGGUAUCAUUGUAAAGGGGACCUUCUAGCCUUUCAUUUAAGCCCAUGGUUGUGUCUUUCUGAAAAACACAGGUCACAUGAUCUCUUUAAACCAUAAAUUACACACAUUUUCCCACAGAAUCGCCUAAACUAUAUAGUUUCAGUUAUCUGAACGUAGUUCCAACACUUGGCCUCUCCUUGAAAUGAAGCGCCGGAGGGCAUUGAUGAAGGAAUCUGUGUCCAAUGACGAUGCUACUUCGAUGUGGAUGGCUCUUGUGGCUAGGCAUGUGAAGAGAACACCAUAUUUCUUCACCUCAUUCCUUCCUCUUUUCACCUCGAAAGGCCCAAAAUAAUCAACUCCAACAUGAGUGAAUGGAGGAUUGUCUGGAGAAACUCUGUCUUGGGGCAAAUCUGCCAUCUGUUGGUGUGCUGGAGUUGCUUGCAGACGCCUGCAGACAAUGCAUUUGGACAGAACUUUUCUUACGGCCACACUAGCACCAGGGAUCCAAUAUCUUUGGCGCAGGCUAGAUAGCAUGUGGUUCCGGCCUCCAUGUCCUACAUCCUUGUGUACUUGCUGCAGAAUGAUGUCAGAAAUGUGAAGAUCUUUUGCCAAGAUGGCUGGAUGUUUACUUUCUUUGGGCAUAGCAGAUCUACCUAGCCGUCCUCCGACUCUCAGAAUUCCAUCUUCAAGUCUUGGGUUGAGCUUGUAGAUAUGACUAUUCCUCUUCACAUUCUCUCCUUUCUGCAGACAGCUGAACUCCUUAGGAAAUCUCUUCUUUUAACAGAAGCGUUUUGAGUUCUUCCACAAUGAGAGAUCUGGCAGUUUGUUCUUUGAUCUUUCGCAACUCCUUUUUCAUCUCUCUUUCCUGUUGUUGUUCAUCCAGUCCUGACUGAGCAAGAGUGAUACUCAAUUGCUUCCUCUUCUGACUGAGAUGCAGCAGCAUGUUCUUGAACUUGAGGAUCCACCCGACUAUCUUCGUUAGAUGGUUCCAAGAAGAAAAGUGGGUGAUCAAGCGGGCUACUGAAUCCAUUUCCUCUUUAGCCUGCAUUGCAUUCACCAUGAGACUCACUUUCACCUCUGCGUCAUCUAAAGUGAUGUGUAGAAAGUCAUCUGGAUUCACAGGCCAUUCCUCUUCAGGCCCAGUUAGAAACUGGGGUCCACAACUCCACGUGUCUUCUUUCAGCAGUGUUUCCACCUUGACUCCCCUUGAGGCCAUGUCAGCGGGAUUGCUUGUGGUGUUAACAUACCUCCACUGAGAUGGAUUUGACACGCUGAGUAUUUUCGAGACCCUGUUGGCGACAAAGGUCUGAAAUCUUGACGUCUCGUUCCUGAUAAAUUUCAGUACCGAAGUACUAUCGGUCCAAAAGACUGAGUCUUUAAGUUGCAUUUGCAGCUCUUCUCUCCACAAUUUGUCUAUUCGGCCUGCCAUUACAGCAGCCAUCGGCUCCAUUCGAGGGAUGGUAAUGGCUUUCAAUGGGGCUACUCGAGCUUUCCCCAUGAUGAAGGCACAGUGUACUUCCCUGUGGAUGUUGUGUAAUAACAAGUAGGUAACUGUUCCACAACUGUUCCUUUGAGGAACAUGUUUCAAACCUUUUGGAGUUCGUUAGAAAAAAAAAAAGGAAAAAUUUCGAAAAAAUUUUUUUAGGGGGUGUUAGGGCUUCCUUUAGGUAAUACCCGGGUAUUAGGUUACCGAAAGUAACCCAAUACCCGGUGCCGUAUCAGUGCCGAGAGUCAAGUGACCUUUGCAUGAAUAUGUAAUGUACUGAAGGGGGGAAAAAGUAUGAUCACAAAUACUUGUAAUGCUGUUUUGAUUCAAUCGUUACUAUUCAUAUUUGUAAUUAGUUGCCAUGUUCAGUGAAUUUUACUGAUUGAUUAAAAGGAUGAAAAAUGUCUACCUGGGCUUUGAUUAUCACUGAAUUUAUUUUUCAUUACAUCUAAGCAAUUGGUGUGGGCAUUUUUUACGUAAUGCUGGUCCAAAGAAUGAAUGGAAGUGAAUGGGCCUGAGCCGGUUACUGCAGUUUUAAGGCUAACAGUAACCUCUCACAAUAUCAUACAUUUCCUAAAUCUUCAAAGUCCAUUUAAUAUUGGUGGCCUUUGGAUUGUAGGGGACACAUAUGUCACAUAAGAUGAGGAGCAUGGGGUGCUUAAGUGUGUGUGUGUGUGUGUGUGUGUGUGUGUUAGGCCUGAACGAUAUAUCGUUUGACUAUCGUCAUCGCGAUGUACGUGUGUGCGAUAGUCACAUCGCAGAGCCUGCGAUAUUGGAGGUGAAUGAACUCAUUUAAUUUCAAGGGUAACCGACUGAGAUACACUCCAUGUGACUCUGCAUGUACUGUGCAGCGAUCCACCAAUCGCCUUCGUCCUUAACUCAGUUGCCAAUCAGACUCACUUCUCAGUUGCCAAUCAGACUACCCUGCCAGCUGUCAAUCAAAAUCAGGGAGGAGAAAACCCACCCCUGCACAUGUUCUGCACAUGGAGGGAGACGUGUGUCCGCUGAGAAUUACUUUCGGAACUUUACUCAUGACUAUUAAGCCCAACAAAUAAGAACUGUAUGGGUUUUAAAUUGUACAUUUCCGUGGACCACUCUACUAUAAGCAGUGCGCGUUUUGCGAGGUGCAUGCAAUUCUCGGAGGACAUGCGUUUCUCGGCACAACACCGCUAACAAUAACAACAACGAUCGCAAAAUGAACAACGAACAAGCGAAAACCAACGAAAAUGAAGAUUUGUUGCCAAAAAGAAAAGGAAAGUCAGUUAUCUGGAAUUAUUUCGGUUAAAAGAAGGAUGAUGUCGACCAAAACACGUGUUCUUUGUUCAUCUGUUGCCACAAUAACGUCCCAGCACAAUAAAAGCUAAAAAUAUCUCUGAGACAGACAGAAGCCGUUCAACUAACAUUCACAAAAAGAGGUAAGAUAAGUGCAGAUUAACUGUCCUCAAGAUUUCAGCAGUGCAGCAUAACAUUAAGUGCUAUUCAGGUCAUCUGGUGAAAAUACUGUAUUUUUAAUAUCGCAAUAUAUAUCGCAGGGUUGAAAAAAUCGCAAUAUUAUUUUUUUCCAAUAUCGUGCAGCCUUAGUGUGUGUGUGUGUGUGUGUGUGUGUGUGUGUGUGUGUUGCGGAGGCGGUGAUUCACAUGGGAGUGGGUGGGGCACGUGCAGAAGUGUGUGUUUAAAGGUGUGCACUUGCCUGUGACACAGAUGAGAGAGUCAGGGAUGGGUAGUAGCUAGGCCUGGGCGAUUUGGGGAAAAAAUGAUCACGAUUUAUUUUGUCAUAUCGUCCGAUCUCGAUUAUUAUCACGAUUUUUUUUAACUGCCAGUUUUAAAGCAUCUGUACUAAAAACUAAAAAAACUAGAAAUAAGUUCAACAUUUUAUUAACAUACAAAAGGAAAUAAAGCAAAUUGAAUAAGAUUCACGUAGAAAAAUAUAAAAAAAACAUUUUAACUCAAAUGUAGAUAAAUACUAAGUAAUACAGAGAAUUAGUUUACAGUCCUGAGUGUUUUUGCAGGUAUGCAAGACCCAAAAUAAACAAAUCGCUCCCUCAGAGAUAAUGAAGAUGCUUUAAAAUGUAAACGUAGAUGAUAUGCAUACCUUUCAACAUUUGGGUUAUAAAAUCCAGGAAUUGUUUGUGGCGCACGCUGGGCAGUUUUGGGGUGACCUCGUAUGGUGGAUAUGAGCUAAUUACGAGAGUACUUGUCAUUAAAUUGCUCAUCCAAAUAAGUUUGAGUGAAGCUGCACACUUUUGUUUAGUUUUAACAAUAACAAAUGGUAAUAAAAAAAUAGAUACGAUAUGCCUUGAACUUAUUUAGUCCACUAAUAUUAGUGUUAAAGUCCUCAUAUGUUUUACAUGCUCUCCCGUAUGAGGCUCUCUGAACAUCUAUGUGUGAAAUACAGCACUCUUUUAUCUGAGGCUGCCCUGAACGCAUCAGUCUCGUGUAUUUAGCGUUUGUUCCCUUUCAUUGAAGUGUUCAUUUUGCAACAAACACUGCUUAAAUAUAGUUUACAGCAAAUGGACAAAUACAGUGAUCGGAUUCAUGAAUGAACAUGGACCAUUAAACUACGGGAGAUUCCCGGGGGAAAUGACAAUACGGGAGGAGGACGGGAGAGAGGUCUGAAACACGGGACAGUGAAAAACGGGAGUGUUGGCAGUUAUGGAUAUGAUUGAUCGCUGUUUUUGUCUGGUGGCUGCACUGCUAGUUGUGUCUAAACUGCUAAUGCUACUCGUACCGUCAGCAGUGACAGGCUGUGCAGACUCUGCUCGCAUUUUCAUGCUUCCCGCAUACUCACUCGGGAAGAACUUCUUCAAAUGAUUAAACAGAUCUGUUGUGUUGCCGGUUUAUUGGCUUAAUUGCUCAACGUCACUUUGGAGAGACGUUGAAUAACUUCUCAACAAUACCAUCUUCUGAGGAGGACUCAAAGUCACAGCUGACAUCUGUUUUGCUGCCCUCAGCUCUGCGUGUAGCUCCACGUUCAGUCAUUCUGUUCACUACUCAUGUUUAUUUUUCCGGUAACGUACAGAAGUGAGCAGGAAAAGCUUGACUGAUUGGCUGAUGUGACGCACAUUUCCGCCAUCUUUGAUCGAGUAAAUAAGCUCACAGCUGAUCACCGUGAUCGAACUGAAUUUUAUCGUGAUCAUUGAUCACGAUCAUAUAAUCGCCCAGUCCUAGUAGUAGCCGUAAUUUUUGUUGACCGCCACGCGGCCGCUUUGCCAUGAUUAUGAGGGCUUCGCUACCGUUACCCACUCAUUCAUUCAUCACCUUUUUAUCCGUUUAAUCCGCUGAUCUUCAUGUUUCCAUUCAUCCAUUUUUGCUGCGCUGUGAUAACUCUGUGCUGUUUGUUGAGUGAAAGCAUCAAAAGUAUCUCUGGAUCUCAGCCUAUCAAUCACCAUAGCCUCCCGCAGCGCGUCACAAAGUUACACACUUUAGGACCCAACCUCAUACUUUCUCAGCGGAUAAAAGGUUUGUUUGGAAGCUGCAUCAUUUUGCCAACAAAAAAGGCUUAACGAAAAUCAUCAAGCCGCACCAAAGAACCAAGUCAUCACUCGACAACUAGCCCGAGGACAAAGGAGCCACAACUAAGUGCCACGCCAUCCAUUCACCUGGGAACAAGUAGGCCAGAAUCUGUUUACAUUUGUGGAUUAAGGAAUCCACUUCAAUUGGAAAGCAUCACGCCAAAUGAGGGCAAUGUAUUAAAUGGAUGCUACGAUGGCUGCAUCGGCGCAUUGACGGAGGCGCAACUUCUCCGUGCCUUAUUGGAAAGUGAUGUAUAAGAUGAUGUGUAAUGUGUGGCAUAAAUAUGCGGUGGCUGAUGUUCUCUAAAGGCCUAUUGUUUGUUGGAAUGCUUGGAUCCAACCUGCUCCGUCAAUGAAUUUAAAUGCGAUGUUUAUGGAUGGAUUUAAAAUGCGCUCUUGAUGAACUGUGUUUUUGUCCGUUUAUAAAAAAAAAACGAUCUAAUGAAAUGAGUCAAAUAAGCGCUUUUGCUGAAUGUUCAAGCAUGGAAAAGGAAAAAAGGGAAAUAAACUGUCGGUCAAAGCUGUGGAAAAUAAAAUCAAACAGCUCCACCGUGAGCGCAAAAGUGCCAUCAAUAAAAUCAACGCUUAUUCCCUAAAUAAAAGCGCACAUGAAAUCCAAAGAAAAUGUAACAGAAAUCCCCUCACAACUGAGCAACUUGAAUGCGUUAUGUAAAAAUGCCAGCAACCUGCAUAAUGAAUUGCUGCCACUACUUCCUGAUGAUGAAGUUAAAAGACAGAAUGAGUGGUUUUCUAGCAUUGUGAAUUACAGUGAUGCAUUCAAAGAACAAGUGGAAAAAUGGAUACAAGAAAAUCUACAUGAAAACUCAAAUGAAUUACCAUUUCAAACAAAUAUUUCUGAGCAACCACCAAAAGAAAUAAACCAACAAAUUCCUGUCGAAAAAAGCAAGGAUUUGUCUGCCGCUGACCCUCCAGUAUGUGUUGCCGCUGUACAAGAUCCUCAGGAUGAACUGCACUGCAGCCCUGUGACAGCAUCUCAAAUGCAACCAAGAGAUCACGCUCACAUCAUUCUUCAUCCUCAGCCUCAAGCUCAUCUGCUUGCUUAAAAAUGGAAACAAAUCUUGCAAUCUUGGCAGCAAAACAAAAGGCAUUUAUGGAAAAACAUGCAUUGGAUGAAGAAGAAUUAAAGCUACGCAAAAGAAGAGAACAACUUUUACUGGAGAAUGAAAUUGCUGAGGAAAUGGCAAAACUAAGUGUUAUAAAAUCACAAGGCAAUGUUGGCAGUAAAUCAAAGUCAAAGGUUUCAGAUGGGAUGAACUCAUAUUAUGAAAGGACACGCUCAAAACAACAACUUGAUGUCAAUGCCACUGAAUUUGUCCAGUCGCUGCCAGUUAAACUAAAGCCCAAUGCAAUUGAAACCACACAGACAGCUGUGAAGCCUAAAGUCACGCGACUUGACAAACAACAUCUCCCAGGUCCUUCUUAUAUGCUCCAACAUUAUCUAACGGCCCCUGAAGAUCCUGUGACCAGUGUUACACAAACUGACGCAUCACAAAAUGACAGUGUGCUGGAUAUAAUGAGAAAACAAAAUGAAAUUACAACAAUCCUAAUGCAACAACAAUGCCUCUCAGCACUUCCAAAAAGGGAAAUUCCCAUUUUUGAUGGUAACCCACUCGAAUACCAUGCGUUUAUUAAAGCCUUUGAAAAUGGAGUUGAGUGAAACACCAAUAACAACUGCGACAGACUCUACUUCCUUGAACAGUACACCAAAGGGCAUGCUAAAGAGCUAGUGAGGAGCUGUCAGCACAUUGGGUGGAUAUGUAAAGGCAAAGGCUAUAUUGAAAGAGCACUAUGGCAAUGAGCAAAAGCUGGCAGCAGCAUACAUGGAGAGAGCUUUGUUGUGGCCCAUCAUUAAAACAGAGGAUGCGAGAGCCCUCCAGGAGUACAGCCUCUUUCUGCGUGGAUGCUGCAAUGAUAUGGAGGAUGUGCAGUAUUUAAAUGAUCUGGACACGCCCACAAACAUGGUGGAAAUCCUCAAAAAACUGCCCUACAAACUCUGAGACCACUGGAGGUGCCACGCAUGUGAUCUGCAGGAAAGGUACAACAGAAGAGCAAGGUUUAUGGACAUUACCAACUUUGUUGAAAAACAGGUGAAAAUCUUGACAGAUCCUGUGUUUGGAAACAUCCAGGACACUGCUAUAUCAACCAAACAAAUGAAACACAAACCUCACCCUCGCUCCAUCAUCAGAGGAACCAGCUUCGUUACUACAGUGAAUCGUGUGGAGAGAACAGCCCAACCUGUGAACGAAGCCAAGAACAUAAGACCACCAGCCAAGAAGAUCUGUCCCUGCUGCACUGGGCGGACACACACUGGAUGUGUGUGCACGGUUGAAAAAAAUGGUGCACAAGGAGAAAAUUGAUAUCCUGAAGGAAAAUGGUGCUUGUUUUCGCUGCCUGUGUAUAGGGCACAUCAGCAAAAAUUGCCAAAGGAAGAUUUCCUGCUCCAAGUGUGGCCAAAACCAUUUUACUGUGCUCCAUAAGGACAGUGUGGCAACUACAGAAGCGGCAGAGAGAAACGUCCAGGUUACAGUGGACAGCACCUUCGUUUCCAGUGGGCUUACAGGGGCUGGUGAAAUGGAUUGCAAGCUUCCUAUUGUGCCGGUCCAAGUAAAGGCGAAGAGGGGCAAUAAAAUCAUUCUCACAUAUGCCUUUUUGGACCCGGGAAGUACUGCAGUGUUAUGUAGCAGAAGCUCAAUUUGUCUGGAAAGAGAGCCAACAUUCUUCUCAGGACCAUGGGGCAGGAGAAGGUCGUCUGUAGCCACAUCGUGCCAGGGCUGGAGGUGGCGGCACUUGAAUGUGACAGCUUCAUCGAGUUACCAAAAGCAUACACUCAGUUGUCAAUGCCAGUCCACAAAGCAAACAUACCCACAAAUAAGGAUCUGACAAGGUGGCCAUAUUUAAAACAGAUCUCUUUACCAUAGAUAGAGGCUGGCAGGCUUAAGUGGAUACAAGGGCUCCACCUACUGGACAACUUUGAACUACCCAGAUGUCUAAAACCUCUGGAGUUUGGAGAUGUUAUUAUUGCACAACUACACUAUUUCUGCGAUGCCUGUGAUGAUGAUUUCUGCGACCCUUCUGUCAGGCACACAGAAGGGUAAAGGCUAAUUUAUGCGUAACGUUACAUGAUCCGGAUACGGACAAAGCUUUCCGUCCAUGCUUCGUGGUCUUUUCAUCUGUAUUUCUGCACGUAUCCUUGAAGCUUCCUGAUACAGGCCAGACAGAGCAGUACCACCGUGGGGGCAGUGUUGCUGCUGCCCCCACUUGAUGUGCAUCUGUAGAGAGAAACGAAGAGGACAAUGGCGAGGCUUUUUGAGGAUCGUCAUCAGUUUUUCUCAACGGUACUAUUAGAGAAUGAAUUCUUCAUCCUCCAACCGCGAGGCAUUUAGUGGCCUGACCAACCACCACUUCUUCCAACGCUGCCUCCAUUUCUGUCUCUUAUGAAAAGUAUAAAUUAGGGCCCGAGCGUAGCUGCUAAGCAGCUGCGAGAGCCCUAUUAUUCCCCAAGUGGUUUUUCUUUGUUUCUUUCUUUCUUCUUUUUCCUCCCCUUUGAACUGGAAAAUGGCCCACUUCCCACUGGCGAAAACUCAUGAAAUUUGGCAAGAUGACCGGGCCUGGUGAAAAAUUUGAUAUUCCGAAGUCGCCCAAACAAGAAAAUGCAAAAUGGCUCCAUAGCGCCCCCUAAGGUGAAAAUUCACACUAUUGACUGUCACGCCUUUACGCUUUGUCAAAAUGACAAAAAAAUUGACACACAUAUGUAUCUCAAUAAGAUCUACAAAAAAGUCAGUGCGGGCGUAUCUGUCAAAUGUACGGUUAAAGGGUUAUUCCGCAUUUUUUGCCGAUCCGCACACAUUGGAAUUUCGCUAACUCCUCCGAAGGCUUUCUUUCCACCGGCACCACAUUUGCUCAGGCCAAUCCUCACCCCAUGGCCAUUAAAAGUUAUUCAAAUCAUGACGCUGCACCCCACGGUUUAGGUUCUAGGGGGCGCCAAAGAUAACCCUAAAAUCCACAUAUUUAAAAGUCUUAUAACUUUUUAUUUUUGCCCUCACUGGCCUCCAAGUUUUCUAGGAUGAUGCAAUGUCCAGCCAUCAACACAUUUGUGAAGGAAUUUUUACUCCCCAAAAGAGCGCCCCCCCAUGGCCGGAGAAAAAAGUCAAUUUUUUCUUGUCCCCUAAGGUGAAAAUACACAUUGUUGAGUGUCACGCCUGUACGCUUUGUCAUAUUGACACAAAAUUUGACACACACAUGUAUCUCAAUAAGAUCUACAAAAAAGUCCAUGCGCGCGUAUCUGUCAAAUGUACAAUUAAAGGGUUAUUCCGCAUUUUUUGCUGAUCCGCACACAUUGGAAUUUCGCUAACUCCUCCUAAGGCUGGCGUUCCACCGGCACCACAUUUGCUCAGCCCAAUCUACACCCCAUGGCCAUUAAAAGUUAUUCAAAUCAUGACGCUGCACCCCACGGUUUAGGUUCUAGGGGGCGCCAAAGAUAACCCUAAAAUCCACAUAUUUCAAAGUCUUAUAACUUUUUAUUUUUGUCCUCACUGGCCUCCAAGUUUUCUAGGAUGAUGCAAUGUCCAGCCAUCAACACAUUUGUGAAGGAAUUUUUACUCCUCAAAAGAGCGCCCCCCCCCAUGGCAGGAGAAAAAAGUCAAUUUUUUCUUGUCCCGUAAGGUGAAAAUUCACAUUGUUGAGUGUGACACCUGUACGCUUUGUCAUAUUGACACAAAAUUUGACAAUCACGUGUAUCUCAAUAAGAUCUACGAAAAAGUCAAUGGGUGCGUAUCUGUCAAAGGUACGGUUAGAGGGCUAUUUUGCAUUUUUUGCCGAUUCGCACACAUUGGAAUGUGGCUAACUCCUCCUAAGGCUUUCGUCCCACUGAAACCAAAUUUGCUCAGGCCAAUCUACACCCCAUGGCCAUUCAAAGUUGUAAAAAUCAUGACGCUGCACCCCACGGUUUACGUUCUAGGGGGCGCCAAAGAUGACCAAAAAAUCCACAUUCUUAAAAGAAUCCACAUUCUCCCCCCCCCCAUGGCAGGAGAAAAAGUCAAGUUUUUCCUGCCCAUCGCUCAAUGGCUCAAUCGCAUCGCUCUCCAGGCAACACCGUAACGAGGAGCAACCUGCCAUUUGGAUAUAUCCCAGCUGUGUUUGUGCCCUCACUCAUGGUCCAGACUUUUUUCAAAUAGGACAUGAAGUUUGUCUGCAGCGAGUGUUUUGGUAGAAACUGCGCCUCCCAUUCAUUAUAAUGGGAAAUGACCACAGACAAGUGCGCACACCAUCUUUGGACCUUGAGUGUGACGCGAUCGGGAGGGGGAGGCGGUCACGCUGGGGGCGGCACGACGCGGCUCGGGCCCGACAGUGCCCCACCGGGGCCCUAGUUAUCACUAGCUCCUCCACAGUCGUCAUGUUUCUUUAGGGCCCGAGCGUAGCUGCUAAGCAGCUGCGAGAGCCCUCUUGUUCCUGCAUGUUUCCUUCUUUUGUUAGGGCCCGAGCGUAGCUGCUAAGCAGCUGCGAGAGCCCUAUUAUUCCCCAAGUGGUUUUUCUUUGUUUCUUUCUUUUUCUAGCAGCUGCGAGAGCCCUCUUGUUCUGUAGUUUCCUUCUUUUGUUAUUAUUAUUUUUCCUCCCCUUUGAACUGGAAAAUGGCCCACUUCCCACUGGCGAAAACUCAUGAAAUUUGGCAGGACGACCGGGCCUGGUGAAAAAUUUGAUAUUCCGAAGUUGCCCAAACAAGAAAAUGCAAAAUGGCUCCAUAGCGCCCCCUAAGGUGAAAAUUCACACUAUUGACUGUCACGCCUGUACGCUUUGUCAAAAUGACACAAAAAUUGACACACAUAUGUAUCUCAGUAAGAUCUACAAAAAAGUCAGUGCGGGCGUAUCUGUCAAAUGUACGGUUAAAGGGUUAUUCCGCAUUUUUUGCCGAUCCGCACACAUUGGAAUUUCGCUAACUCCUCCGAAGGCUUUCGUUCCACCGGCACCACAUUUGCUCAGGCCAAUCUACACCCCAUGGCCAUUAAAAGUUAUUCAAAUCAUGACGCUGCACCCCAAGGUUUAGGUUCUAGGGGGCGCCAAAGAUAACCCUAAGAUCCACAUAUUUAAAAGUCUUAUAACUUUUUAUUUUUGCCCUCACUGGCCUCCAAGUUUUCUAGGAUGAUGCAAUGUCCAGCCAUCAACACAUUUGUGAAGGAAUUUUUACUCCCCAAAAGAGCGCCCCCCCAUGGCAGGAGAAAAAAGUCAAUUUUUUCUUGUCCCCUAAGGUGAAAAUACACAUUGUUGAGUAUAACGCCUGUACGCUUUGGCAAAAUGACACAAAAAUUUGACACACACAUGUAUCUCAAUAAGAUCUACGAAAAAGUCAAUGCGCGCGUAUCUGUCAAAUGUACGGUUAAAGGGUUAUUCCGCAUUUUUUGCCGAUCCGCACACAUUGGAAUUUCGCUAACUCCUCCUAAGGCUUUCGUUCCACCGGCACCACAUUUGCUCAGGCCAAUCUACACCCCAUGGCCAUUAAAAGUUAUUCAAAUCAUGACGCUGCAUCCCACGGUUUAGGUUCUAGGGGGCGCCAAAGAUAACCCUAAAAUCCACAUAUUUAAAAGUCUUAUAACUUUUUAUUUUUGUCCUCACUGGCCUCCAAGUUUUCUAGGAUGAUGCAAUGUCCAGCCAUCAACACAUUUGUGAAGGAAUUUUUACUCCCCAAAAGAGCGCCCCCCCAUGGCAGGAGAAAAAAGUCAAUUUUUUCUUGUCCCCUAAGGUGGAAAUUCACACUAUUGACUGUCACGCCUGUACGCUUUAUCAUAUUGACACAAAAAUUGACACACAUAUGUAUCUCAAUAAGAUCUACAAAAAAGUCAAUUCGCGCGUAUCUGUCAAAUGUACGGUUAAAGGGCUAUUUUGCAUUUUUUGCCGAUUCGCACACAUUGGAAUGUGGCUAACUCCUCCUAAGGCUUUCGUCCCACUGACACCAAAUUUGCUCAGGCCAAUCUACACCCCAUGGCCAUUCAAAGUUGUAAAAAUCAUGACGCUGCACCCCACGGUUUACGUUCUAGGGGGCGCCAAAGAUGACCCAAAAAUCCACAUUCUUAAAAGAAUCCACAUCCCCCCCUAUGGCAGGAGAAAAAGUCAAGUUUUUCCUGCCCAUCGCUCAAUGGCUCAAUCGCAUCGCUCUCCAGGCAACACCGUAAGGAGGAGCAACCUGGCAUUUCGAUAUAUCAUAGCUGUGUUUGUGCCCUCACUCAUGGUCCAGACUUUUUUCAAAUAGGACAUGAAGUUUGUCUGCAGCGAGUGUUUUGGUAGAAACUGCGCCUCCCAUUCAUUAUAAUGGGAAAUGACCACAGACAAGUGCGCACACCAUCUUUGGUUCUUGAGUGUGACUCGAUCGGGACGGGGAGGCGGUCGCACUGGGGGCGGCGCGACGCGGCUCGGGCCCGACAGUGCCCCACCGGGGCCCUAGUUCUUCUUUUUCCUCCCCUUUGAACUGGAAAAUGGCCCACUUCCCACUGGCGAAAACUCAUGAAAUUUGGCAGGACGACCGGGCCUGGUGAAAAAUUCGAUAUUCUGAAGUCGCCCAAACAAUAAAAUGCAAAAUGGCUCCAUAGCGCCCCCUAAGGUGGAAAUUCACACUAUUGACUGUCACGCCUGUACGCUUUGUCAUAUUGACACAAAAAUUGACACACAUAUGUAUCUCAAUAAGAUCUACAAAAAAGUCAGUGCGGGCGUAUCUGUCAAAUGUACGGUUAAAGGGUUAUUGCGCAUUUUUUGCCGAUCCGCACACAUUGGAAUUUCGCUAACUCCUCCGAAGGCUUUCGUUCCACCGGCACCACAUUUGCUCAGGCCAAUCUACACCCCAUGGCCAUUAAAAGUUAUUCAAAUCAUGACGCUGCACCCCACGGUUUAGGUUCUAGGGGGCGCCAAAGAUAACCCUAAAAUCCACAUAUUUAAAAGUCUUAUAACUUUUUAUUUUUGCCCUCACUGGCCUCCAAGUUUUCUAGGAUAAUGCAAUGUCCAGCCAUCAACACAUUUGUGAAGGCAUUUUUACUCCCCAAAAGAGCGCCCCCCCAUGGCAGGAGAAAAAAGUCAAUUUUUUCUUGUCCCCUAAGGUGAAAAUACACAUUGUAGAGUGUCACGCCUGUACGCUUUGUCAAAAUGACACAAAAUUUGACAUACACGUGUAUUUCAAUAAGAUCUUCGAAAAAGUCAAUGGCCACGUAUCUGUAAAAUGUACGGUUAAAGGGUUAUUUUGCAUUUUUUGCAGAUCCGCACACAUUGGAAUGUGGCUAACUCCUCCUAAGGCUUUUGUUCCACUAGCACCACAUUUGCUCAGGCCAAUCUACACCCCGUGGCCAUUAAAAGUUAUUAAAAUCAUGACGCUGCACCCCACGGUUAAGGUUCUAGGGGGCGCCAAAGAUAACCCUAAAAUCCACAUAUUUAUAAAGUCUUAUAACUUUUUAUUUUUGUCCUCACUGUCCUCCAAGUUUUCUAGGAUGAUGCAAUGUCCAGCCAUCAACACAAUUGUGAAGGAAUUUUUACUCCCCAAAAGAACGCCCCCCCAUGGCAGGAGAAAAAAGUCCAUUUUUUCUUGUCCCAUAAGGUGAAAAUACACAUUGUUGACUGUCAUACCUGUACGCUUUGUCAUAUUGACACAAAAUUUGACAAUCACGUGUAUCUCAAUAAGAUCUACGAAAAAGUCAAUGCGCGCGUAUCUGUAAAAUGUACGGUUAAAGGGUUAUUCCGCAUUUUUUGCCGAUCCGCACACAUUGGAAUGUGGCUAACUCCUCCUAAGGCUUUCGUUCCACCGGCACCACAUUUGCUCAGGCCAAUCUACACCCCAUGGCCAUUAAAAGUUAUUCAAAUCAUGACGCUGCACCCCACGGUUUAGGUUCUAGGGGGCGCCAAAGACAACCCUAAAAUCCACAUAUUUAAAAGUCUUAUAACUUUUUAUAUUUGUCCUCACUGGCCUCCAAGUUUUCUAGGAUGAUGCAAUGUCCAGCCAUCAACACAUUUUUGAAGGAAUUUUUACUCCCCAAAAGAGCGCCCCCCAUGGCAGGAGAAAAAAGUCCAUUUUUUCUUGUCCCCUAAGGUGAAAAUACAUAUUGUUGAGAUUCACGCCUAUACGCUUUGUCAUAUUGACACAAAAUUUGACAAUCACGUGCCUUGCCUGGUAUCAUUUUUUUUCAGCACAACCUCACCUGUGCGAAUUUACAGUUAUUUUAUCAUGUUGACAUACUGAAUUUACACAAUGGACCCAAAUUCACACACAAAACAUAAAAUCCGAAGUGGAAAAAAGUAACAUUUUUACUGUGAAAACCACAAAUAUGUGUGAUGAACUGUUUUUAAAACUUAAACUUCAAAUAAAAAUUGUAAACUUCAAAACAUAUGCAAAUUUUUAACAAAGAACAUAGUGAUUUACCUCUAUUUACAUCAAAAUGCAGGCAAUGGCCCAGGCGUUCUUUGUAAAAUUAUUUACAAAACACUGUAUAGUCUCACAAAUGUCACUUUUUAUUUAUGCCACUACAAAAAAACAUGAUGUAAAUGAUGCAUGAUGUAAAACAUGAUGUAAAAAACUUGUGUAGAUCCUCCUCUAUGUCAGUCCAUGUGUAAUUUUUCCAUAAUUCUUUGUUUUUUGCAGCAUUUUUGUUAGUGUAACUGCAGAUUGUGCUGACAGUGUCUAUGGCACAAAAAAAAAAAAAAAUUAAAAUGCCUCAACAUGAACCCCUGGUGGUCUCUGAGGGUGAAACCUGCUAACUGCUGCAGCUCUGUCAGCUUCAGUCUCCCAUGCAGAGCUCUGAGCGCAUGUGUGGCUCUGCACCCUUAGCAGCGUUGCUAACUCCUCAGUAAGGAAAGCCUGCUUCAUGUCAGAGUUUCUAAACUCCAGAAGAAGUCGAUAAAAGUCCCUUUCUUUCUAAAAAAAAGUCGUUAGGGGGUCUGAAAAGUCAUUGAAUCUAACAACAAAGUCGCUAGGUUUGCAACUACGUGUCCCAGACUGCAUCCCUGCUGAGAGUCCCUCCCUCCCUUCUCAUGUUGCAGGAAGAACGUAAGCGCCCGCCCCUUGUCAAUCAGUCACCAUAUAAUUUUGGAUUGGUUGUUGUGGUGAAGUUUUCCACCAAUAGGAGAGAUGUUGUGGUGUGUUUUUUUUUUCUUUUGGCAAGCCUUUUCCGCCUGUAAGACCUGUCGCUAAUGUCUGCAUGCUAUGUUUUCCUGUCUCAUACAGCGCGAUCGAGCGCCGAACGUGAUCAAAAUAAGCAGAAAAAAAGUAUCGCGGACAUAAUUUAUCAUAACUCUGGUUUUAUUUGGCCUAUCAACACAAUUUAAAAACUGGUAUAUAGGUUGAGGUCCUCACUUUUGAGAUAAGUUGAAACGGAGAGUCAACGAGGCUCCGUCUUGCAGCUACAUCCGGUUAAAUAUGUCAUGUGACUUGAACGCACACACACACACACACACAGACACACACACACGCACACACACACACACACACACACACACACACACACACACACACACACACACUCAGAGUCUGUUUUUUAGCACCUGCAAAAACAUGCUAUUUACAUAUUUGACAAGAAUGCAGAGGCUCCUUUUGCCCCUGAAAAAAAUCAAAUUUCAAACACAGCUUGACUGGUCAUUUCUCCAAAAGACAACCAUGAAGCUCCAUCCAAACCUGAAGCAGGCAGUUGGUGCAUGUGUACAGUAACCUGAGGGGAGUGAGGUGACUGCUUCUGAGGAGAACAUGAGCAGUGAAGAUUCACCUUGGAGCUAGAACAGAGACGUGCACAUGAUUGUACAGGGGCAGGGCCUCAAGUUUUUUCCAGUCGUUUAUACAAUAUGGAAAUUAAUGUGAAAUUAAAAAACAAAGUAUUAAUAGAAAGGUAAUGACUGUCCUGUGUACGUGACAGUGAUAUCCAAUAGGCUAGGCACUCACGAGGCUGGCUGUGGCAAGUGUAAGUGAAAGCAACACGCACUGGCAGGAAGAACAGCAAACGCCGAUGAAGGAAAAGGGUCUUUGCAGUGAUGGGCGUUACCAGAGAGGGCGAUGACCAGAGGACACAAAUGGGACGGGGAGGCAGCGCGUUGGGGGCGACACGGCUCGGGCCCGCCAGUGCCCCAACGGGGUCCUAGUUAUUAGGGCCCGAGCGUAGCUGCUAAGCAGCUGCGAGAGCCCUAUUAUUCCCCAAGUGGUUUUUCUUUGUUUCUUUCUUUCUUCUUUUUCCUCCCCUUUGAACUGGAAAAUGGCCCACUUCCCACUGGCGAAAACUCAUGAAAUUUGGCAGGAUGACCGGGCCUGGUGAAAAAUUUGAUAUUCCGAAGUCGCCCAAACAAGAAAAUGCAAAAUGGCUCCAUAGCGCCCCCUAAGGUGAAAAUUCACACUAUUGACUGUCACGCCUUUACGCUUUGUCAUAUUGACACAAAAAUUGACACACACAUGUAUCUCAAUAAGAUCUACAAAAAAGUCAGUGCGGGCGUAUCUGUCAAAUGUACGGUUAAAGGGUUAUUGCGCAUUUUUUGCCGAUCCGCACACAUUGGAAUUUCGCUAACUCCUCCGAAGGCUUUCGUUCCACCGGCACCACAUUUGCUCAGGCCAAUCUACAACCCAUGGCCAUUAAAAGUUAUUCAAAUCAUGACGCUGCACCCCACGGUUUAGGUUCUAGGGGGCGCCAAAGAUAACCCUAAAAUCCACAUAUUUAAAAGUCUUAUAACUUUUUAUUUUUGCCCUCACUGGCCUCCAAGUUUUCUAGGAUAAUGCAAUGUCCAGCCAUCAACACAUUUGUGAAGGCAUUUUUACUCCCCAAAAGAGCGCCCCCCCAUGGCAGGAGAAAAAAGUCAAUUUUUUCUUGUCCCCUAAGGUGAAAAUACACAUUGUAGAGUGUCACGCCUGUACGCUUUGUCAAAAUGACACAAAAUUUGACAUACACGUGUAUUUCAAUAAGAUCUUCGAAAAAGUCAAUGGCCACGUAUCUGUAAAAUGUACGGUUAAAGGGUUAUUUUGCAUUUUUUGCAGAUCCGCACACAUUGGAAUGUGGCUAACUCCUCCUAAGGCUUUUGUUCCACUAGCACCACAUUUGCUCAGGCCAAUCUACACCCCGUGGCCAUUAAAAGUUAUUAAAAUCAUGACGCUGCACCCCACGGUUAAGGUUCUAGGGGGCGCCAAAGAUAACCCUAAAAUCCACAUAUUUAUAAAGUCUUAUAACUUUUUAUUUUUGUCCUCACUGUCCUCCAAGUUUUCUAGGAUGAUGCAAUGUCCAGCCAUCAACACAAUUGUGAAGGAAUUUUUACUCCCCAAAAGAACGCCCCCCCAUGGCAGGAGAAAAAAGUCCAUUUUUUCUUGUCCCAUAAGGUGAAAAUACACAUUGUUGACUGUCAUACCUGUACGCUUUGUCAUAUUGACACAAAAUUUGACAAUCACGUGUAUCUCAAUAAGAUCUACGAAAAAGUCAAUGCGCGCGUAUCUGUAAAAUGUACGGUUAAAGGGUUAUUCCGCAUUUUUUGCCGAUCCGCACACAUUGGAAUGUGGCUAACUCCUCCUAAGGCUUUCGUUCCACCGGCACCACAUUUGCUCAGGCCAAUCUACACCCCAUGGCCAUUAAAAGUUAUUCAAAUCAUGACGCUGCACCCCACGGUUUAGGUUCUAGGGGGCGCCAAAGACAACCCUAAAAUCCACAUAUUUAAAAGUCUUAUAACUUUUUAUAUUUGUCCUCACUGGCCUCCAAGUUUUCUAGGAUGAUGCAAUGUCCAGCCAUCAACACAUUUUUGAAGGAAUUUUUACUCCCCAAAAGAGCGCCCCCCCAUGGCAGGAGAAAAAAGUCCAUUUUUUCUUGUCCCCUAAGGUGAAAAUACAUAUUGUUGAGAUUCACGCCUAUACGCUUUGUCAUAUUGACACAAAAUUUGACAAUCACGUGCCUUGCCUGGUAUCAUUUUUUUUCAGCACAACCUCACCUGUGCGAAUUUACAGUUAUUUUAUCAUGUUGACAUACUGAAUUUACACAAUGGACCCAAAUUCACACACAAAACAUAAAAUCCGAGUGGAAAAAAGUAACAUUUUUACUGUGAAAACCACAAAUAUGUGUGAUGAACUGUUUUUAAAACUUAAACUUCAAAUAAAAAUUGUAAACUUCAAAACAUAUGCAAAUUUUUAACAAAGAACAUAGUGAUUUACCUCUAUUUACAUCAAAAUGCAGGCAAUGGCCCAGGCGUUCUUUGUAAAAUUAUUUACAAAACACUGUAUAGUCUCACAAAUGUCACUUUUUAUUUAUGCCACUACAAAAAAACAUGAUGUAAAUGAUGCAUGAUGUAAAACAUGAUGUAAAAAACUUGUGUAGAUCCUCCUCUAUGUCAGUCCAUGUGUAAUUUUUCCAUAAUUCUUUGUUUUUUGCAGCAUUUUUGUUAGUGUAACUGCAGAUUGUGCUGACAGUGUCUAUGGCACAAAAAAAAAAAAAAAUUAAAAUGCCUCAACAUGAACCCCUGGUGGUCUCUGAGGGUGAAACCUGCUAACUGCUGCAGCUCUGUCAGCUUCAGUCUCCCAUGCAGAGCUCUGAGCGCAUGUGUGGCUCUGCACCCUUAGCAGCGUUGCUAACUCCUCAGUAAGGAAAGCCUGCUUCAUGUCAGAGUCUCUAAACUCCAGAAGAAGUCGAUAAAAGUCCCUUUCUUUCUAAAAAAAAGUCGUUAGGGGGUCUGAAAAGUCAUUGAAUCUAACAACAAAGUCGCUAGGUUUGCAACUACGUGUCCCAGACUGCAUCCCUGCUGAGAGUCCCUCCCUCCCUUCUCAUGUUGCAGGAAGAACGUAAGCGCCCGCCCCUUGUCAAUCAGUCACCAUAUAAUUUUGGAUUGGUUGUUGUGGUGAAGUUUUCCACCAAUAGGAGAGAUGUUGUGGUGUGUUUUUUUUUUCUUUUGGCAAGCCUUUUCCGCCUGUAAGACCUGUCGCUAAUGUCUGCAUGCUAUGUUUUCCUGUCUCAUACAGCGCGAUCGAGCGCCGAACGUGAUCAAAAUAAGCAGAAAAAAAGUAUCGCGGACAUAAUUUAUCAUAACUCUGGUUUUAUUUGGCCUAUCAACACAAUUUAAAAACUGGUAUAUAGGUUGAGGUCCUCACUUUUGAGAUAAGUUGAAACGGAGAGUCAACGAGGCUCCGUCUUGCAGCUACAUCCGGUUAAAUAUGUCAUGUGACUUGAACGCACACACACACACACACAGACACACACACACGCACACACACACACACACACACACACACACACACUCAGAGUCUGUUUUUUAGCACCUGCAAAAACAUGCUAUUUACAUAUUUGACAAGAAUGCAGAGGCUCCUUUUGCCCCUGAAAAAAAUCAAAUUUCAAACACAACUUGACUGGUCAUUUCUCCAAAAGACAACCAUGAAGCUCCAUCCAAACCUGAAGCAGGCAGUUGGUGCAUGUGUACAGUAACCUGAGGGGAGUGAGGUGACUGCUUCUGAGGAGAACAUGAGCAGUGAAGAUUCACCUUGGAGCUAGAACAGAGACGUGCACAUGAUUGUACAGGGGCAGGGCCUCAAGUUUUUUCCAGUCGUUUAUACAAUAUGGAAAUUAAUGUGAAAUUAAAAAACAAAGUAUUAAUAGAAAGGUAAUGACUGUCCUGUGUACGUGACAGUGAUAUCCAAUAGGCUAGGCACUCACGAGGCUGGCUGUGGCAAGUGUAAGUGAAAGCAACACGCACUGGCAGGAAGAACAGCAAACGCCGAUGAAGGAAAAGGGUCUUUGCAGUGAUGGGCGUUACCAGAGAGGGCGAUGGCCAGAGGACACAAAUGGGACGGGGAGGCAGCACGUUGGGGGGGGGGGGCGACACGGCUCGGGCCCGCCAGUGCCCCAACGGGGUCCUAGUUAUUAGGGCCCGAGCGUAGCUGCUAAGCAGCUGCGAGAGCCCUAUUAUUCCCCAAGUGGUUUUUCUUUGUUUCUUUCUUUCUUCUUUUUCCUCCCCUUUGAACUGGAAAAUGGCCCACUUCCCACUGGCGAAAACUCAUGAAAUUUGGCAGGAUGACCGGGCCUGGUGAAAAAUUUGAUAUUCCGAAGUCGCCCAAACAAGAAAAUGCAAAAUGGCUCCAUAGCGCCCCCUAAGGUGAAAAUUCACACUAUUGACUGUCACGCCUUUACGCUUUGUCAUAUUGACACAAAAAUUGACACACACAUGUAUCUCAAUAAGAUCUACAAAAAAGUCAGUGCGGGCGUAUCUGUCAAAUGUACGGUUAAAGGGUUAUUCCGCAUUUUUUGCCGAUCCGCACACAUUGGAAUUUCGCUAACUCCUCCGAAGGCUUUCGUUCCACCGGCACCACAUUUGCUCAGGCCAAUCUACACCCCAUGGCCAUUAAAAGUUAUUCAAAUCAUGACGCUGCACCCCACGGUUUAGGUUCUAGGGGGCGCCAAAGAUAACCCUAAAAUCCACAUAUUUAAAAGUCUUAUAACUUUUUAUUUUUGACCUCACUGGCCUCCAAGUUUUCUAGGAUGAUGCAAUGUCCAGCCAUCAACACAUUUGUGAAGGAAUUUUUAAUCCCCAAAAGAGCGCCCCCCCAUGGCAGGAGAAAAAAGUCCAUUUUUUCUUGUCCCCUAAGGUGAAAAUACACAUUGUUGAGUGUCACGCCUGUACGCUUUGUCAUAUUUACACAAAAUUUGACACACACAUGUAUCUCAAUAAGAUCUACGAAAAAGUCAAUGCGCGCGUAUCUGUCAAAUGUACAGUUAAAGGGUUAUUCCGCAUUUUUUGCUGAUCCGCACACAUUGGAAUUUCGCUAACUCCUCCUAAGGCUGGCGUUCCACCGGCACCACAUUUGCUCAGGCCAAUCUACACCCCAUGGCCAUUAAAAGUUAUUCAAAUCAUGACGCUGCACCCCACGGUUUAGGUUCUAGGGGGCGCCAAAGAUAACCCUAAAAUCCACAUAUUUCAAAGUCUUAUAACUUUUUAUUUUUGUCCUCACUGGCCUCCAAGUUUUCUAGGAUGAUGCAAUGUCCAGCCAUCAACACAUUUGUGAAGGAAUUUUUACUCCCCAAAAGAGCGCCCCCCCAUGGCAGGAGAAAAAAGUCCAUUUUUUCUUGUCCCAUAAGGUGAAAAAACACAUUGUUGACUGUCAUACCUGUACGUUUUUUCAUAUUGACACAAAAUUUGACAAUCACAUGUAUCUCAAUAAGAUCUACAAAAAAGUCAGUGCGGGCGUAUCUGUCAAAUGUACGGUUAAAGGGUUAUUCCGCAUUUUUUGCCGAUCCGCACACAUUGGAAUUUCACUAACUCCUCCUAAGGCUGGCGUUCCACCGGCACCACAUUUGCCCAGGCCAAUCUACACCCCAUGGCCAUUAAAAGUUAUUCAAAUCAUGACGCUGCACCCCACGGUUUAGGUUCUAGGGGGCGCCAAAGAUAACCCUAAAAUCCACAUAUUUCAAAGUCUUAUAACUUUUUAGGGCCCGAGCGUAGCUGCUAAGCAGCUGCGAGAGCCCUAUUAUUCCCCAAGGGGUUUUUCUUUGUUUCUUUCUUUCUUCUUUUUCCUCCCCUUUGAACUGGAAAAUGGCCCACUUCCCACUGGCGAAAACUCAUGAAAUUUGGCAGGAUGACCGGGCCUGGUGAAAAAUUUGAGAUUCCGAAGUCGCCCAAACAAGAAAAUGCAAAAUGGCUCCAUAGCGCCCCCUAAGGUGAAAAUUCACACUAUUGACUGUCACGCCUUUACGCUUUGUCAUAUUGACACAAAAAUUGACACACACAUGUAUCUCAAUAAGAUCUACAAAAAAGUCAGUGCGGGCGUAUCUGUCAAAUGUACGGUUAAAGGGUUAUUGCGCAUUUUUUGCCGACCCGCACACAUUGGAAUUUCGCUAACUCCUCCGAAGGCUUUCGUUCCACCGGCACCACAUUUGCUCAGGCCAAUCUACACCCCAUGGCCAUUAAAAGUUAUUCAAAUCAUGACGCUGCACCCCACGGUUUAGGUUCUAGGGGGCGCCAAAGAUUACCCUAAAAUCCACAUAUUUAAAAGUCUUAUAACUUUUUAUUUUUGACCUCACUGGCCUCCAAGUUUUCUAGGAUGAUGCAAUGUCCAGCCAUCAACACAUUUGUGAAGGAAUUUUUAAUCCCCAAAAGAGCGCCCCCCCAUGGCAGGAGAAAAAAGUCCAUUUUUUCUUGUCCCCUAAGGUGAAAAUACACAUUGUUGAGUGUCACGCCUGUACGCUUUGUCAUAUUGACACAAAAUUUGACACACACAUGUAUCUCAAUAAGAUCUACGAAAAAGUCAAUGCGCGCGUAUCUGUCAAAUGUACGGUUAAAGGGUUAUUCCGCAUUUUUUGCUGAUCCGCACACAUUGGAAUUUCGCUAACUCCUCCUAAGGCUGGCGUUCCACCGGCACCACAUUUGCUCAGGCCAAUCUACACCCCAUGGCCAUUAAAAGUUAUUCAAAUCAUGACGCUGCACCCCACGGUUUAGGUUCUAGGGGGCGCCAAAGAUAACCCUAAAAUCCACAUAUUUCAAAGUCUUAUAACUUUUUAUUUUUGUCCUCACUGGCCUCCAAGUUUUCUAGGAUGAUGCAAUGUCCAGCCAUCAACACAUUUGUGAAGGAAUUUUUACUCCCCAAAAGAGCGCCCCCCAUGGCAGGAGAAAAAAGUCCAUUUUUUCUUGUCCCAUAAGGUGAAAAAACACAUUGUUGACUGUCAUACCUGUACGCUUUGUCAUAUUGACACAAAAUUUGACAAUCACAUGUAUCUCAAUAAGAUCUACGAAAAAGUCAAUGCGCGCGUAUCUGUAAAAUGUACGGUUAAAGGGCUAUUUUGCAUUUUUUGCCGAUUCGCACACAUUGGAAUGUGGCUAACUCCUCCUAAGGCUUUCGUCCCACUGACACCAAAUUUGCUCAGGCCAAUCUACACCCCAUGGCCAUUCAAAGUUGUAAAAAUCAUGACGCUGCACCCCACGGUUUACGUUCUAGGGGGCGCCAAAGAUGACCCAAAUAUCCACAUUCUUAAAAGAAUCCACAUCCCCCCCCCCCCAUCCCCCAUCCCCCAUGGCAGGAGAAACAGUCAAGUUUUUCCUGCCCAUCACUCAAUGGCUCAAUCGCAUCACUCUCCCGGCAACACCGUAACAAGGAGCAACUUGCCGUUUGGAUAUAUCCUAGCUGUGUUUGUGCCCUCACUCAUGGUCCAGACUUUUUUCAAAUAGGACAUGUAGUUUGUCUGCAGCGAGUGUUUUGGUAGAAACUGCGCCUCCCAUUCAUUAUAAUGGGAAAUGACCACAGACAAGUGCGCACACCAUCUUUGGACCUUGAGUGUGACGCGAUCGGGAGGGGGAGGCGGUCGCGCUGGGGGCGGCGCAACGCGGCUCGGGCCCGACAGUGCCCCACCGGGGCCCUAGUUAUUUUUGUCCUCACUGGCCUCCAAGUUUUCUAGGAUGAUGCAAUGUCCAGCCAUCAACACAUUUGUGAAGGAAUUUUUACUCCCCAAAAGAGCGCCCCCCCAUGGCAGGAGAAAAAAGUCCAUUUUUUCUUGUCCCAUAAGGUGAAAAAACACAUUGUUGACUGUCAUACCUGUACGCUUUGUCAUAUUGACACAAAAUUUGACAAUCACAUGUAUCUCAAUAAGAUCUACGAAAAAGUCAAUGCGCGCGUAUCUGUAAAAUGUACGGUUAAAGGGCUAUUUUGCAUUUUUUGCCGAUUCGCACACAUUGGAAUGUGGCUAACUCCUCCUAAGGCUUUCGUCCCACUGACACCAAAUUUGCUCAGGCCAAUCUACACCCCAUGGCCAUUCAAAGUUGUAAAAAUCAUGACGCUGCACCCCACGGUUUACGUUCUAGGGGGCGCCAAAGAUGACCCAAAUAUCCACAUUCUUAAAAGAAUCCACAUCCCCCCCCCCCACCCCAUCCCCCAACCCCCAUCCCCCAUGGCAGGAGAAACAGUCAAGUUUUUCCUGCCCAUCACUCAAUGGCUCAAUCGCAUCACUCUCCCGGCAACACCGUAACAAGGAGCAACUUGCCGUUUGGAUAUAUCCUAGCUGUGUUUGUGCCCUCACUCAUGGUCCAGACUUUUUUCAAAUAGGACAUGUAGUUUGUCUGCAGCAAGUGUUUUGGUAGAAACUGCGCCUCCCAUUCAUUAUAAUGGGAAAUGACCACAGACAAGUGCGCACACCAUCUUUUGACCUUGAGUGUGACGCGAUCGGGAGGGGGAGGCGGUCGCGCUGGGGGCGGCGCAACGCGGCUCGGGCCCGACAGUGCCCCACCGGGGCCCUAGUUAGGGCCCGAGCGUAGCUGCUAAGCAGCUGCGAGAGCCCUAUUAUUCCCCAAGUGGUUUUUCUUUGUUUCUUUUUUCUUUUUCCUCCCCUUUGAACUGGAAAAUGGCCCACUUCCCACUGGCAAAAACUCAUGAAAUUUGGCAGGACGACCGGGCCUGGUGAAAAAUUUGAUAUUCUGAAGUCGCCCAAACAAUACAAUGCAAAAUGGCUCCAUAGCGCCCCCUAAGGUGAAAAAUUCACCUGACGCCUGUACGCUUUGUCAAAAUGACACAAAAAUUGACACACACAUGUAUCUCAAUAAGAUCUACAAAAAAGUCAGUGCGGGCGUAUCUGUCAAAUGUACGGUUAAAGGGUUAUUGCGCAUUUUUUGCCGAUCCGCACACAUUGGAAUUUCGCUAACUCCUCCGAAGGCUUUUGUUCCACCGGCACCACAUUUGCUCAGGCCAAUCUACACCCCAUGGCCAUUAAAAGUUAUUCAAAUCAUUAUGCUGCACCCCACGGUUUAGGUUCUAGGGGGCGCCAAAGAUAACCCUAAAAUCCACAUAUUUCAAAGUCUUAUAACUUUUUAUUUUUGCCCUCACUGGCCUCCAAGUUUUCUAGGAUGAUGCAAUGUCCAGCCAUCAACACAUUUGUGAAGGAAUUUUUACUCCCCAAAAGAGCGCCCCCCAUGGCAGGAGAAAAAAGUCAAUUUUUUCUUGUCCCGUAAGGUGAAAAUUCACAUUGUUGAGUGUGACACCUGUACGCUUUGUCAUAUUGACACAAAAUUUGACUAUCACGUGUAUCUCAAUAAGAUCUACGAAAAGGUCAAUGUGCGCGUAUCUGUCAAAUGUACGGUUAAAGGGUUAUUCCGCAUUUUUUGCCGAUCCGCACACAUUGGAAUUUCGCUAACUCCUCCGAAGGCUUUCGUUCCACCGGCACCACAUUUGCUCAGGCCAAAUUACACCCCAUGGCCAUUAAAAGUUAUUCAAAUCAUGACGCUGCACCCCACGGUUUAUGUUCUAGGGGGCGCCAAAGAUAACCCAAAAAUCCACAUUUUUAAAAGUCUUAUAACUUUUUAUUUUUGUCCUCACUGGCCUCCAAGUUUUCUAGGAUGAUGCAAUGUCCAGCCAUCAACACAUUUGUGAAGGAAUUUUUACUCCCUAAAAGAGCGCCCCCCCAUGGCAGGAGAAAAAAGUCCAUUUUUUCUUGUCCCCUAAGGUGAAAAUACACAUUGUUGACUGUCACGCCUUUACGCUUUGGCAAAAUGACACAAAAAUUGACAAUCAUGUGUAUCUCAAUUAGAUCUAUGAAAAAGUCAAAGAGCGCGUAUCUGUAUAAUGUACGGUAAAAGGGCUAUUUUGCAUUUUUUGCCGAUUCGCACACAUUGGAAUUUCGCUAACUCCUCCUAAGGCUUUCGUCCCAAUGACACCAAAUUUGCUCAGGCCAAUCUACACUCCAUGGCCAUUCAAAGUUGUAAAAAUCAUGACGCUGCACCCCACGGUUUACGUUUUAGGGGGCGCCAAAGAUGACCCAAAUAUACAUUACAGUAGACAAAGUAGUUUUGCCCACUGAGUGGCGCCAAAGGGACUUGUCUGUGGAGUCUGUGAGUCACUAUUGGCCGUUUUUGACUCCUUUAGAUUUUACCUUUAUAUUUCCUCUUACAAAAUUUUUACCUUGCCUUGCCUGGUAUCAUUUUUUUCAGCACAACCUCACCUGUGUCAAUUUACAGUUAUUUUAUCAUUUUGACAUACUAUAUUUACACAUUGGACCCAAAUUCACACACAAAACAUAAAAUCCGAGUGGAAAAAAGUAACGUUUUUACUGUGAAAACCACAAAUAUGUGUGAUGAACUGUUUUUAAAACUUAAACUUCAAAUAAAAAUUGUAAACUUCAAAACAUAUGCAAAUUUUUAACAAAGAACAUAGUAAUUUACCUCUAUUUACAUCAAAAUGCAGGCAAUGGCCCAGGUGUUCUUUGUAAAAUUAUUUACAAAACACUGUAUAGUCUUACAAAUGUCACUUUUUAUUUAUGCCACUACAAAAAAACAUGAUGUAAAUGAUGCAUGAUGUAAAACAUGAUGUAAAAAACUUGUGUAGAUCCUCCUCUGUUAGAAUUAUGGAAAAAUUACACAUGGACUUUGUUUUUUGCAGCAUUUUUGUUAGUGUAACUGCAGAUUGUGCUGACAGUGUCUAUGGCAAAAAAAAAAAAAAAACUGAAAAUGCCUCAACAUGAACCCCUGGUGGUCUCUGAGGGUGAAACCUGCUAACUGCUGCAGCUCUGUCAGCUUCAGUCUCCCAUGCAGAGCUCGGAGCGCAUGUGUGGCUCUGCACCCUUAGCAGCGUUGCUAACUCCUCAGUAAGGAAAGCCUGCUUCAUGUCAGAGUCUCUAAACUCCAGAAGAAGUCGAUAAAAGUCACUUUCUUUCUAAAAAAAAGUCGUUAGGGGGUCUGAAAAGUCAUUGAAUCUAACAACAAAGUCGCUAGGUUUGCAACUACGUGUCCCAGACUGCAUCCCUGCUGAGAGUCCCUCCCUCCCUUCUCAUAUUGCAGGAAGAACGUAAGCGCCCGCCCCUUGUCAAUCAGUCACCAUAUAAUUUUGGAUUGGUUGUUGUGGUGAAGUUUUCCACCAAUAGGAGAGAUGUUGUGGUGUGUUUUUUUCCUUUGGCAAGCCUUUUCCGCCUGUAAGACCUGUCGCGAAUGUCUGCAUGCUAUGUUUUCCUGUCUCAUACAGCGCGAUCGAGCGCCGAACGUGAUCAAAAUAAGCAGAAAACAAGUAUCGCGGACAUAAUUUAUCAUAACUCUGGUUUUAUUUGGCCUAUCAACACAAUUUAAAAACUGGUAUAUAGGUUGAGGUCCUCACUUUUGAGAUAAGUUGAAACGGAGAGUCAACGAGGCUCCGUCUUGCAGCUACAUCCGGUUAAAUAUGUCAUGUGACUUGAACGCACACACACACACACACACACACACAGACACACACACACACGCACACACACACACUCAGAGUCUGGUUUUUAGCACCUGCAAAAACAUGCUAUUUACAUAUUUGACAAGAAUGCAGAGGCUCCUUUUGCCCCUGAAAAAAAUCAAAUUUCAAACACAACUUGACUGGUCAUUACUCCAAAAGACAACCAUGAAGCUCCAUCCAAACCUGAAGCAGGCAGUUGGUGCAUGUGUACAGUAACCUGAGGGGAGUGAGGUGACUGCUUCUGAGGAGAACAUGAGCAGUGAAGAUUCACCUUAGAGCUAGAACAGAGACGUGCACAUGAUUAUACAGGGGCAGGGGCUCAAGUUUUUUCCAGUUGUUUAUACAAUAUGGAACUUAAUGUGAAAUUAAAAAACAAAGUACUAGGACCCCGUUGGGGCACUGGCGGGCCCGAGCCGUGUCGCGUCCCCCCCCCAACGUGCUGCCUCCCCGUCCCAUUUGUGUCCUCUGGCCAUCGCCCUCUCUGGUAACGCCCAUCACUGCAAAGACCCUUUUCCUUCAUCGGCGUUUGCUGUUCUUCCUGCCAGUGCGUGUUGCUUUCACUUACACUUGCCACAGCCAGCCUCGUGAGUGCCUAGCCUAUUGGAUAUCACUGUCACCUACACAGGACAGUCAUUACCUUUCUAUUAAUACUUUGUGUUUUAAUUUCACAUUAAUUUCCAUAUUGUAUAAACGACUGGAAAAAACUUGAGCCCCUGCCCCUGUAUAAUCAUGUGCAUGUCUCUGUUCUCGCUCCAAGGUGAAUCUUCACUGCUCAUGUUCUCCUCAGAAGCACUCACCUCACUCCCCUCAGGUUACUGUACACAUGCACCAACUGCCUGCUUCAGGUUUGGAUGGAGCUUCAUGGUUGUCUUUUGGAGAAAUGACCAGUCAAGUUGUGUUUGAAAUUUGAUUUUUUUCAGGGGCAAAAGGAGCCUCUGCAUUCUUGUCAAAUAUGUAAAUAGCAUGUUUUUGCAGGUGCUAAAAACCAGACUCUGAGUGUGUGUGUGUGUGUGUGUGUGUGUGUCUGUGUGUGCGUUCAAGUCACAUGACAUAUUUAACCGGAUGUAGCUGCAAGACGGAGCCUCGUUGACUCUCCGUUUCAACUUAUCUCAAAAGUGAGGACCUCAACCUAUAUACCAGUUUUUAAAUUGUGUUGAUAGGCCAAAUAAAACCAGAGUUAUGAUAAAUUAUGUCCGCGAUACUUUUUUUCUGCUUAUUUUGAUCACGUUCGGCGCUCGAUCGCGCUGUAUGAGACAGGAAAACAUAGCAUGCAGACAUUAGCGACAGGUCUUACAGGCGGAAAAGGCUUGCCAAAAGAAAAAAAAAACACACCACAACAUCUCUCCUAUUGGUGGAAAACUUCACCACAACAACCAAUCCAAAAUUAUAUGGUGACUGAUUGACAAGGGGCGGGCGCUUACGUUCUUCCUGCAACAUGAGAAGCGAGGGAGGGACUCUCAGCAGGGAUGCAGUCUGGGACACGUAGUUGCAAACCUAGCGACUUUGUUGUUAGAUUCAAUGACUUUUCAGACCCCCUAACGACUUUUUUUUAGAAAGAAAGGGACUUUUAUCGACUUCUUCUGGAGUUUAGAGACUCUGACAUGAAGCAGGCUUUCCUUACUGAGGAGUUAGCAACGCUGCUAAGGGUGCAGAGCCACACAUGCGCUCCGAGCUCUGCAUGGGAGACUGAAGCUGACAGAGCUGCAGCAGUUAGCAGGUUUCACCCUCAGAGACCACCAGGGGUUCAUGUUGAGGCAUUUAAAAAAAUUUUUUUUGUGCCAUAGACACUGUCAGCACAAUCUGCAGUUACACUAACAAAAAUGCUGCAAAAAACAAAGAAUUAUGGAAAAAUUACACAUGGACUGACAUAGAGGAGGAUCUACACAAGUUUUUUACAUCAUGUUUUACAUCAUGCAUCAUUUACAUCAUGUUUUUUUGUAGUGGCAUAAAUAAAAAGUGACAUUUGUGAGACUAUACAGUGUUUUGUAAAUAAUUUUACAAAGAACGCCUGGGCCAUUGCCUGCAUUUUGAUGUAAAUAGAGGUAAAUCACUAUGUUCUUUGUUAAAAAUUUGCAUAUGUUUUGAAGUUUACAAUUUUUAUUUGAAGUUUAAGUUUUAAAAACAGUUCAUCACACAUAUUUGUGGUUUUCACAGUAAAAAUGUUACUUUUUUCCACUCGGAUUUUAUGUUUUGUGUGUGAAUUUGGGUCCAUUGUGUAAAUUCAGUAUGUCAACAUGAUAAAAUAACUGUAAAUUCGCACAGGUGAGGUUGUGCUGAAAAAAAUGAUACCAGGCAAGGCACGUGAUUGUCAAAUCUUGUGUCAAUAUGACAAAGCGUAUAGGCGUGAAUCUCAACAAUAUGUAUUUUCACCUUAGGGGACAAGAAAAAAUGGACUUUUUUCUCCUGCUAUGGGGGGGCGCUCUUUUGGGGAGUAAAAAUUCCUUCACAAAUGUGUUGAUGGCUGGACAUUGCAUCAUCCUAGAAAACUUGGAGGCCAGUGAGGACAAAAAUAAAAAGUUAUAAGACUUUGAAAUAUGUGGAUUUUAGGGUUAUUUUUGGCGCCCCCUAGAACCUAAACCGUGGGGUGCAGCGUCAUGAUUUGAAUAACUUUUAAUGGCCAUGGGGUGUAGAUUGGCCUGAGCAAAUGUGGUGCCGGUGGAACGAAAGCCUUCGGAGGAGUUAGCCACAUUCCAAUGUGUGCGUAUCGGCAAAAAAUGCGGAAUAACCCUUUAACCGUACAUUUGACAGAUACGCGCUCAUAGACUUUUUUGUAGAUCUUAUUGAGAUACAUGUGUGUGUCAAUUUUUGUGUCAUUUUGCCAAAGCGUAAAGGCGUGACACUCAACAAUGUGUAUUUUCACCUUAGGGGACAAGAAAAAAUGGACUUUUUUCUCCUGCCAUGGGGGGGCGCUCUUUUGGGGAGUAAAAAUUCCUUCACAAAUGUGUUGAUGGCUGGACAUUGCAUCAUCCUAGAAAACUUGGAGGCCAGUGAGGACAAAAAUAAAAAGUUAUAAGACUUUUAAAUAUGUGGAUUUUAGGGUUAUUUUUGGCGCCCCCUAGAACCUAAACCGUGGGGUGCAGCGUCAUGAUUUGAAUAACUUUUAAUGGCCAUGGGGUGUAGAUUGGCCUGAGCAAAUGUGGUGCCGGUGGAACGAAAGCCUUCGGAGGAGUUAGCGAAAUUCCAAUGUGUGCAGAUCUGCAAAAAAUGCAAAAUAACCCAUUAACCGUACAUUUGACAGAUACGCCCACACUGACUUUUUUGAAGAUCUUAUUGAGAUACAUGUGUGUGUCAAUUUUUGUGUCAAUAUGACAAAGCGUACAGCCGUCAUGUGAAUUUUCACCUUAGGGGGCGCUAUGGAGCCAUUUUGCAUUUUAUUGUUUGGGCGACUUCGGAAUAUCAAAUUUUUCACCAGGCCCGGUCGUCCUGCCAAAUUUCAUGAGUUUUCGCCAGUGGGAAGUGGGCCAUUUUCCAGUUCAAAGGGGAGGAAAAAGAAACUAGGGCCCCGUUGGGGCACUGGCGGGCCCGAGCCGUGUCACGCCGCCCCCAGUGGACCGCCUCCCCCACCCGAUCGCGUCACACUCAAGGUCCAAAGAUGGUGUGCGCACUUGUUUGUGGUCAUUUACCAUUAUAAUGAACGGGAGGCGCAGUUUCUACCAAAACGCUCGCUGCAGAAAAACUCCAUGUCCUAUUUGAAAAAAGUCUGGACCAUGAGUGAGGGCACAAACACAGCUAAGAUAUAUCCAAAUGGCAAGUUGCUCCUCCUUUCGCUUUUGCCGAGAGAGCAGUGCGUUUGAGCCAUUGAAUGAUGAACAGGAAAAACUUGACUUUAUUCUCCUGCCAUGGGGGGGCGCUCUUUUAAAGAGAAAAAACUCCUUCACAAAUGUGUUGAUGGCUGGACAUUGCAUCAUCCUAUAAAACAUGGAGGCCAGUGAGGACAAAAAUAAAAAGUUAUAAGACUUUUAAAUAUGUGGAUUUUAGGGUUUUAUUUGGCGCCCCCUAGAACCUAAACCGUGGGGUGCAGCGUCAUGAUUUGAAUAACUUUUAAUGGCCAUGGGGUGUAGAUUGGCCUGAGCAAAUGUGGUGCCGGUGGAACGAAAGCCUUCGGAGGAAUUAGCGAAAUUCCAAUGUGUGCGAAUCUGCAAAAAAUGCGAAAUAACCCUUUAACUGUACAUUUUACAGAUACGUGGCCAUUGACUUUUUCGAAGAUCUUAUUGAAAUACACGUGUAUGUAAAAUUUUGUGUCAAUACGACAAAACAUACAGGCGUAGCACUCAACAAUGUGUAUUUUCACCUUAGUGGACAAGAAAAAAUUGACUUUUUUCUCCUGCCAUGGGGGGGCGCUCUUUUGCCGAGUAAAAAUUCCUUCACAAAUGUGUUGAUGGCUGGACAUUGCAUCAUCCUAGAAAACUUGGAGGCCAGUGGGGACAAAAAUAAAAAGUUAUAAGACUUUUAAAUAUGUGGAUUUUAGGGUUAUCUUUGGCGCCCCCUAGAACCUAAACCGUGGGGUGCAGCGUCAUGAUUUGAAUAACUUUUAAUGGCCAUGGGGUGUAGAUUGGCCUGAGCAAAUGUGGUGCCGGUGGAACGAAAGCCUUCGGAGGAGUUAGCGAAAUUCCAAUGUGUGCGAAUCGGCAAAAAAUGCGGAAUAACCCUUUAACCGUACAUUUGACAGAUACGCGCGCAUGGACUUUUUUGUAGAUCUUAUUGAGAUACAUGUGUGUGUCAAUUUUUGUGUCAUUUUGACGAAGCGUACAGGCGUGACACUCAACAAUGUGUAUUUUCACCUUAGGGGACAAGAAAAAAUGGACUUUUUUCUCCUGCCAUGGGGGGGCGCUCUUUUGGGGAGUAAAAAUUCCUUCACAAAUGUGUUGAUGGCUGGACAUUGCAUCAUCCUAGAAAACUUGGAGGCCAGUGAGGGCAAAAAUAAAAAGUUAUAAGACUUUUAAAUAUGUGGAUUUUAGGGUUAUCUUUGGCGCCCCCUAGAACCUAAACCGUGGGGUGCAGCGUCAUGAUUUGAAUAACUUUUAAUGGCCAUGGGGUGUAGAUUGGCCUGAGCAAAUGUGGUGCCGGUGGAACGAAAGCCUUCGGAGGAGUUAGCGAAAUUCCAAUGUGUGCGGAUCGGCAAAAAAUGCGAAAUAACCCUUUAACCGUACAUUUGACAGAUACGCCCGCACUGACUUUUUUGUAGAUCUUAUUGAGAUACAUGUGUGUGUCAAAUUUUGUGUCAUUUUGACAAAGCGUACAGGCGUGACACUCAAUAGUGUGAAUUUUCACCUUAGGGGGCGCUAUGGAGCCAUUUUGCAUUUUCUUGUUUGGGCGACUUCGGAAUAUCAAAUUUUUCACCAGGCCCGGUCGUCCUGCCAAAUUUCAUGAGUUUUCGCCAGUGGGAAGUGGGCCAUUUUCCAGUUCAAAGGGGAGGAAAAAGAAACUAGGACCCCGUUGGGACACUGGAGGGCCCGAGCCGUGUCGCGUCCCCCCCCCCCCCAACGUGCUGCCUCCCCGUCCCAUUUGUGUCCUCUGGCCAUCGCCCUCUCUGGUAACGCCCAUCACUGCAAAGACCCUUUUCCUUCAUCGGCGUUUGCUGUUCUUCCUGCCAGUGCGUGUUGCUUUCACUUACACUUGCCACAGCCAGCCUCGUGAGUGCCUAGCCUAUUGGAUAUCACUGUCACCUACACAGGACAGUCAUUACCUUUCUAUUAAUACUUUGUGUUUUAAUUUCACAUUAAUUUCCAUAUUGUAUAAACGACUGGAAAAAACUUGAGCCCCUGCCCCUGUAUAAUCAUGUGCAUGUCUCUGUUCUAGCUCCAAGGUGAAUCUUCACUGCUCAUGUUCUCCUCAGAAGCACUCACCUCACUCCCCUCAGGUUACUGUACACAUGCACCAACUGCCUGCUUCAGGUUUGGAUGGAGCUUCAUGGUUGUCUUUUGGAGAAAUGACCAGUCAAGUUGUGUUUGAAAUUUGAUUUUUUUCAGGGGCAAAAGGAGCCUCUGCAUUCUUGUCAAAUAUGUAAAUAGCAUGUUUUUGCAGGUGCUAAAAACCAGACUCUGAGUGUGUGUGUGUGUGUGUGUGUGUGUGUGUGUGUGUGCGUGUGUGUGUGUCUGUGUGUGCGUUCAAGUCACAUGACAUAUUUAACCGGAUGUAGCUGCAAGACGGAGCCUCGUUGACUCUCCGUUUCAACUUAUCUCAAAAGUGAGGACCUCAACCUAUAUACCAGUUUUUAAAUUGUGUUGAUAGGCCAAAUAAAACCAGAGUUAUGAUAAAUUAUGUCCGCGAUACUUUUUUUCUGCUUAUUUUGAUCACGUUCGGCGCUCGAUCGCGCUGUAUGAGACAGGAAAACAUAGCAUGCAGACAUUAGCGACAGGUCUUACAGGCGGAAAAGGCUUGCCAAAAGAAAAAAAAAACACACCACAACAUCUCUCCUAUUGGUGGAAAACUUCACCACAACAACCAAUCCAAAAUUAUAUGGUGACUGAUUGACAAGGGGCGGGCGCUUACGUUCUUCCUGCAACAUGAGAAGGGAGGGAGGGACUCUCAGCAGGGAUGCAGUCUGGGACACGUAGUUGCAAACCUAGCGACUUUGUUGUUAGAUUCAAUGACUUUUCAGACCCCCUAACGACUUUUUUUUAGAAAGAAAGGGACUUUUAUCGACUUCUUCUGGAGUUUAGAGACUCUGACAUGAAGCAGGCUUUCCUUACUGAGGAGUUAGCAACGCUGCUAAGGGUGCAGAGCCACACAUGCGCUCAGAGCUCUGCAUGGGAGACUGAAGCUGACAGAGCUGCAGCAGUUAGCAGGUUUCACCCUCAGAGAACACCAGGGGUUCAUGUUGAGGCAUUUUCAGUUUUUGUUUUUUUUGCCAUAGACUGUCAGCACAAUCUGCAGUUACACUAACAAAAAUGCUGCAAAAAACAAAGAAUUAUGGAAAAAUUACACAUGGACUGACAUAGAGGAGGAUCUACACAAGUUUUUUACAUCAUGUUUUACAUCAUGCAUCAUUUACAUCAUGUUUUUUUGUAGUGGCAUAAAUAAAAAGUGACAUUUGUGAGACUAUACAGUGUUUUGUAAAUAAUUUUACAAAGAACGCCUGGGCCAUUGCCUGCAUUUUGAUGUAAAUAGAGGUAAAUUACUAUGUUCUUUGUUAAAAAUUUGCAUAUGUUUUGAAGUUUACAAUUUUUAUUUGAAGUUUAAGUUUUAAAAACAGUUCAUCACACAUAUUUGUGUUUUAAUUUCACAUUAAUUUCCAUAUUGUAUAAAUGACUGGAAAAAACUUGAGCCCCUGCCCCUGUAUAAUCAUGUGCACGUCCCUGUUCUAGCUCCAAGGUGAAUCUUCACUGCUCAUGUUCUCCUCAGAAAUAGUCACCUCACUCCCCUCAGGUUACUGUACACAUGCACCAACUAUCUGCUUCAGGUUUGGAUGGAGCUUCAUGGUUGUCUUUUGGAGAAAUGAACAGUCAAGUUGUGUUUGAAAUCUGAUUUUUUUCAGGGGCAAAAGGAAGCCUCUGCAUUCUUGUCAAAUAUGUAAACAGCAUGUUUUUGCAGGUGCUAAAAAACAGACUCUGAGUGUGUGUGUGUGUGUGUGUGUGUGUGUGUAUGUGUGUGUAUCCUGCAGUACUCUGUACUCCUGCAGUGGCCAAAAAGACUUUUAAGAAUGUGGAUUUUUGGGUCAUCUUUGGCGCCCCCUAGAACUGCAGUACUCUGUACUCCUGCAGUGUCCAAAAUGACUUUUAAGAAUGUGGAUUUUUGGGUCAUCUUUGGUGCCCCCUAAAACGUAAACCGUGGGGUGCAGCGUCAUGAUUUUUACAACUUUGAAUGGGCAUGGGGUGUAGAUUGCCCUGAGCAAAUUUGGUAUCGGUGGGACGAAAGCCUUAGGAGGAGAUAGCCACAUUCCAAUGUGUGCGAAUCGGCAAAAAAUGCGAAAUAGCCCUUUAAACGUACAUUAUACAGAUACGCGCUUUUUGACUUUUUCGUAGAUCUAAUUGAGAUACACGUGAUUGUCAAUUUUUGUGUCAAUAUGACAAAGCGUUCAGGCAUGACACUCAACAAUGUGUAUUUUGAUGUAAGGGGACAAGAAAAAAUUGACUUUUUUCUCCUGCCAUGGGGGGGCGCUCUUUUGGGGAGUAAAAAUUCCUUCACAAAUGUGUUGAUGGCUGGACAUUGCAUCAUCCUAGAAAACUUGGAGGCCAGUGAGGGCAAAAAUAAAAAGUUAUAAGACUUUUAAAUAUGUGGAUUUUAGGGUUAUCUUUGGCGCCCCCUAGAACCUAAACCGUGGGGUGCAGCGUCAUGAUUUGAAUAACUUUUAAUGGCCAUGGGGUGUAGAUUGGCCUGAGCAAAUGUGGUGCCGGUGGAACGAAAGCCUUCGGAGGAGUUAGCGAAAUUCCAAUGUGUGCGGAUCGGCAAAAAAUGCGAAAUAACCCUUUAACCGUACAUUUGACAGAUACGCCCGCACUGACUUUUUUGUAGAUCUUAUUGAGAUACAUGUGUGUGUCAAAUUUUGUGUCAUUUUGACAAAGCGUACAGGCGUCAGGUGAAUUUUUCACCUUAGGGGGCGCUAUGGAGCCAUUUUGCAUUGUAUUGUUUGGGCGACUUCAGAAUAUCAAAUUUUUCACCAGGCCCGGUCGUCCUGCCAAAUUUCAUGAGUUUUCGCCAGUGGGAAGUGGGCCAUUUUCCAGUUCAAAGGGGAGGAAAAAGAAAAAAGAAACAAAGAAAAACCACUUGGGGAAUAAUAGGGCUCUCGCAGCUGCUUAGCAGCUACGCUCGGGCCCUAAAAAGAAACAAAGAAAAACCCCUUGGGGAAUAAUAGGGCUCUCGCAGCUGCUUAGCAGCUACGCUCGGGCCCUAAAAAGAAACAAAGAAAAACCACUUGGGGAAUAAUAGGGCUCUCGCAGCUGCUUAGCAGCUACGCUCGGGCCCUAAUUAAUAGAAAGGUAAUGACUGUCCUGUGUAGGUGACAGUGAUAUCCAAUAGGCUAGGCACUCACGAGGCUGGCUGUGGCAAGUGUAAGUGAAAGCAACACGCACUGGCAGGAAGAACAGCAAACGCCGAUGAAGGAAAAGGGUCUUUGCAGUGAUGGGCGUUACCAGAGAGGACGAUGGCCAGAGGACACAAAUGGGACGGGGAGGCAGCGCGUUGGGGGGGGGACGCGACACAGCUCGGGCCCGCCAGUGCCCCAACGGGGUCCUAGUUAGGGCCCGAGCGUAGCUGCUAAGCAGCUGCGAGAGCCCUCUUGUUCCUGCAUGUUUCCUUCUUUUGUUAUUAUUAGGGCCCGAGCGUAGCUGCUAAGCAGCUGCGAGAGCCCUAUUAUUACCCAAGGGGUUUUUCUUUGUUUCUUUCUUUCUUCUUUUUCCUCCCCUUUGAACUGGAAAAUGGCCCACUUCCCACUGGCGAAAACUCAUGAAAUUUGGCAGGAUGACCGGGCCUGGUGAAAAAUUUGAGAUUCCGAAGUCGCCCAAACAAGAAAAUGCAAAAUGGCUCCAUAGCGCCCCCUAAGGUGAAAAUUCACACUAUUGACUGUCACGCCUUUACGCUUUGUCAUAUUGACACAAAAAUUGACACACACAUGUAUCUCAAUAAGAUCUACAAAAAAGUCAGUGCGGGCGUAUCUGUCAAAUGUACGGUUAAAGGGUUAUUGCGCAUUUUUUGCCGACCCGCACACAUUGGAAUUUCGCUAACUCCUCCGAAGGCUUUCGUUCCACCGGCACCACAUUUGCUCAGGCCAAUCUACACCCCAUGGCCAUUAAAAGUUAUUCAAAUCAUGACGCUGCACCCCACGGUUUAGGUUCUAGGGGGCGCCAAAGAUUACCCUAAAAUCCACAUAUUUAAAAGUCUUAUAACUUUUUAUUUUUGACCUCACUGGCCUCCAAGUUUUCUAGGAUGAUGCAAUGUCCAGCCAUCAACACAUUUGUGAAGGAAUUUUUAAUCCCCAAAAGAGCGCCCCCCCAUGGCAGGAGAAAAAAGUCCAUUUUUUCUUGUCCCCUAAGGUGAAAAUACACAUUGUUGAGUGUCACGCCUGUACGCUUUGUCAUAUUGACACAAAAUUUGACACACACAUGUAUCUCAAUAAGAUCUACGAAAAAGUCAAUGCGCGCGUAUCUGUCAAAUGUACGGUUAAAGGGUUAUUCCGCAUUUUUUGCUGAUCCGCACACACAUUGGAAUUUCGCUAACUCCUCCUAAGGCUGGCGUUCCACCGGCACCACAUUUGCUCAGGCCAAUCUACACCCCAUGGCCAUUAAAAGUUAUUCAAAUCAUGACGCUGCACCCCACGGUUUAGGUUCUAGGGGGCGCCAAAGAUAACCCUAAAAUCCACAUAUUUCAAAGUCUUAUAACUUUUUAUUUUUGUCCUCACUGGCCUCCAAGUUUUCUAGGAUGAUGCAAUGUCCAGCCAUCAACACAUUUGUGAAGGAAUUUUUACUCCCCAAAAGAGCGCCCCCCCAUGGCAGGAGAAAAAAGUCCAUUUUUUCUUGUCCCAUAAGGUGAAAAAACACAUUGUUGACUGUCAUACCUGUACGCUUUGUCAUAUUGACACAAAAUUUGACAAUCACAUGUAUCUCAAUAAGAUCUACGAAAAAGUCAAUGCGCGCGUAUCUGUAAAAUGUACGGUUAAAGGGCUAUUUUGCAUUUUUUGCCGAUUCGCACACAUUGGAAUGUGGCUAACUCCUCCUAAGGCUUUCGUCCCACUGACACCAAAUUUGCUCAGGCCAAUCUACACCCCAUGGCCAUUCAAAGUUGUAAAAAUCAUGACGCUGCACCCCACGGUUUACGUUCUAGGGGGCGCCAAAGAUGACCCAAAUAUCCACAUUCUUAAAAGAAUCCACAUCCCCCCCCCCCAUCCCCCAACCCCCAUGGCAGGAGAAACAGUCAAGUUUUUCCUGCCCAUCACUCAAUGGCUCAAUCGCAUCACUCUCCCGGCAACACCGUAACAAGGAGCAACUUGCCGUUUGGAUAUAUCCUAGCUGUGUUUGUGCCCUCACUCAUGGUCCAGACUUUUUUCAAAUAGGACAUGUAGUUUGUCUGCAGCGAGUGUUUUGGUAGAAACUGCGCCUCCCAUUCAUUAUAAUGGGAAAUGACCACAGACAAGUGCGCACACCAUCUUUGGACCUUGAGUGUGACGCGAUCGGGAGGGGGAGGCGGUCGCGCUGGGGGCGGCGCAACGCGGCUCGGGCCCGACAGUGCCCCACCGGGGCCCUAGUUAUUAUUUUUCCUCCCCUUUGAACUGGAAAAUGGCCCACUUCCCACUGGCGAAAACUCAUGAAAUUUGGCAGGACGACCGGGCCUGGUGAAAAAUUUGAUAUUCCGAAGUCGCCCAAACAAGAAAAUGCAAAAUGGCUCCAUAGCGCCCCCUAAGGUGAAAAUUCACACUAUUGACUGUCACGCGUGUACGCUUUGUCAAAAUGACACAAAAAUUGACACACACAUGUAUCUCAAUAAGAUCUACAAAAAAGUCAGUGCGGGCGUAUCUGUCAAAUGUACGGUUAAAGGGUUAUUUUGCAUUUUUUGCCGAUCCGCACACAUUGGAAUUUCGCUAACUCCUCCGAAGGCUUUCGUUCCACCGGCACCACAUUUGCUCAGGCCAAUCUACACCCCAUGGCCAUUAAAAGUUAUUCAAAUCAUGACGCUGCACCCCACGGUUUAGGUUCUAGGGGGCGCCAAAGAUAACCCUAAGAUCCACAUAUUUAAAAGUCUUAUAACUUUUUAUUUUUGCCCUCACUGGCCUCCAAGUUUUCUAGGAUGAUGCAAUGUCCAGCCAUCAACACAUUUGUGAAGGAAUUUUUACUCCCCAAAAGAGCACCCCCCCAUGGCAGGAGAAAAAAGUCAAUUUUUUCUUGUCCCCUAAGGUGAAAAUACACAUUGUUGAGUGUAACACCUGUACGCUUUGGUAAAAUGACACAAAAAUUGACACACACAUGUAUCUCAAUAAGAUCUACGAAAAAGUCAAUGCGCGCGUAUCUGUCAAAUGUACGGUUAAAGGGUUAUUCCGCAUUUUUUGCCGAUCCGCACACAUUGGAAUUUCGCUAACUCCUCCGAAGGCUUUCGUUCCACCGGCACCACAUUUGCUCAGGCCAAUCUACACCCCAUGGCCAUUAAAAUUAUUCAAAUCAUGACGCUGCACCCCACGGUUUAGGUUCUAGGGGGCGCCAAAGAUAACCCUAAAAUCCACAUAUUUAAAAGUCUUAUAACUUUUUAUUUUUGUCCUCACUGGCCUCCAAGUUUUCUAGGAUGAUGCAAUGUCCAGCCAUCAACACAUUUGUGAAGGAAUUUUUACUCCCCAAAAAAGCGCCCCCCCAUGGCAGGAGAAAAAAGUCAAUUUUUUCUUGUCCCCUAAGGUGGAAAUUCACACUAUUGACUGUCACGCCUGUACGCUUUGUCAUAUUGAAACAAACUUUAACAAUCACGUGUUUCUCAAUAAGAUCUACAAAAUAGUCAAAGAGCGCGUAUCUGUAAAAUGUACGGUUAAAGGGCUAUUUCGCAUUUUUGGUCGAUUCGCACACAUUGGAAUGUGGCUAACUCCUCCUAAAGCUUUCGUUCCACUGACACCAAAUUUACUCAGGCCAAUCUACACCCCAUGGCCAUUCAAAGUUGUAAAAAUCAUGACGCUGCACCCCACGGUUUAUGUUCUAGGGGGCGCCAAAGAUAACCCAAAAAUCCACAUUCUUAAAUGUCUUAUAACUUUUUAUUUUUGUCCUCACUGGCCUCCAAGUUUUCUAGGAUGAUGCAAUGUCUAGCCAUCAACACAUUUGUGAAGGAAUUUUUACUCCCUAAAAGAGCGCCCCCCCAUGGCAGGAGAAAAAGUCAAGUUUUUCCUGCCCAUCGCUCAAUGACUCAAACACAUCGCUCUCUCGGCAAAACCGAAAGGAGGAGCAACUUGCCAUUUGGAUAUAUCUUAGCUGUGUUUGUGCCCUCACUCAUGGUCCAGACUUUUUUCAAAUAGGACAUGGAGUUUUUCUGCAGCGAGCGUUUUGGUAGAAACUGCGCCUCCCGUUCAUUAUAAUGGUAAAUGACCACAAACAAGUGCGCACACCAUCUUUGGACCUUGAGUGUGACGCGAUCGGGUGGGGGAGGCGGUCGCGCUGGGGGCGGCGUGACACGGCUCGGGCCCGCCAGUGCCCCAACGGGGCCCUAGUUAUUAUUUUUCCUCCCCUUUGAACUGGAAAAUGGCCCACUUCCCACUGGCGAAAACUCAUGAAAUUUGGCAGGACGACCGGGCCUGGUGAAAAAUUUGAUAUUCUGAAGUCGCCCAAACAAUACAAUGCAAAAUGGCUCCAUAGCGCCCCCUAAGGUGAAAAAUUCACCUGACGCCUGUACGCUUUGUCAAAAUGACACAAAAAUUGACACACACAUGUAUCUCAAUAAGAUCUACAAAAAAGUCAGUGCGGGCGUAUCUGUCAAAUGUACGGUUAAAGGGUUAUUUCGCAUUUUUUGCCGAUCCGCACACAUUGGAAUUUCGCUAACUCCUCCGAAGGCUUUCGUUCCACCGGCACCACAUUUGCUCAGGCCAAUCUACACCCCAUGGCCAUUAAAAGUUAUUCAAAUCAUGACGCUGCACCCCACGGUUUAUGUUCUAGGGGGCGCCAAAGAUAACCCUAAAAUCCACAUAUUUAAAAGUCUUAUAACUUUUUAUUUUUGUCCUCACUGGCCUCCAAGUUUUCUAGGAUGAUGCAAUGUCCAGCCAUCAACACAUUUGUGAAGGAAUUUUUCCUCCCCAAAAGAGCGCCCCCCCAUGGCAGGAGAAAAAAGUCCAUUUUUUCUUGUUCCAUAAGGUGAAAAUUCACACUAUUGACUGUCACGCCUGUACGCUUUGUCAAAAUUACACAAAAAUUGACACACACAUGUAUCUCAAUAAGAUCUACAAAAAAGUCAGUGCGGGCGUAUCUGUCAAAUGUACGGUUAAAGGGUUAUUGCGCAUUUUUUUCCGAUCCGCACACAUUGGAAUUUCGCUAACUCCUCCGAAGGCUUUCGUUCCACCGGCACCACAUUUGCUCAGGCCAAUCUACACCCCAUGGCCAUUAAAAGUUAUUCAAAUCAUGACGCUGCACCCCACGGUUUAGGUUCUAGGGGGCGCCAAAGAUAACCCUAAAAUCCACAUAUUUAAAAGUCUUAUAACUUUUUAUUUUUGUCCUCUCUGGCCUCCAAGUUUUCUAGGAUGAUGCAAUGUCCAGCCAUCAACACAUUUGUGAAGGAAUUUUUACUCCCUAAAAGAGCGCCCCCCCAUGGCAGGAGAAAAAAGUCCAUUUUUUCUUGUCCCAUAAGGUGAAAAUACACAUUGUUGACUGUCAUACCUGUAUGCUUUGUCAUAUUGACACAAAAUUUGACACACACAUGUAUCUCAAUAAGAUCUACGAAAAAGUCAAUGCGCGCGUAUCUGUAAAAUGUACGGUUAAAGGGCUAUUUUGCAUUUUUUGCUGAUUAGCACACAUUGGAAUGUGGCUAACUCCUCCUAAGGCUUUCGUCCCACUGACACCAAAUUUGCUCAGGCCAAUCUACACCCCAUGGCCAUUCAAAGUUUUAAAAAUCAUGACGCUGCACCCCAAGGUUUAGGUUCUAGGGGGCGCCAAAGAUGACCCAAAUAUCCACAUUCUUAAAAGAAUCCACAUCCCUUUCCCCCCCCCCCCUCCCAUCCCCCAUCCCCCAUGGCAGGAGAAACAGUCAAGUUUUUCCUGCCCAUCACUCAAUGGCUCAAUCGCAUCGCUCUCCCGGCAACACCGUAACGAGGAGCAACUUGCCGUUUGGAUAUAUCCUAGCUGUGUUUGUGCCCUCACUCAUGGUCCAGACUUUUUUCAAAUAGGACAUGUAGUUUGUCUGCAGCGAGUGUUUUGGUAGAAACUGCGCCUCCCAUUCAUUAUAAUGGGAAAUGACCACAGACAAGUGCGCACACCAUCUUUGGACCUUGAGUGUGACGCGAUCGGGAGGGGGAGGCGGUCGCACUGGGGGCGGCGCAACGCGGCUCGGGCCCGCCAGUGCCCCAACGGGGCCCUAGUUUUGUUUGUUUUUGUUGUCAGAAACUUUUGACUCCGGCCUGCCCCCGAUGGAUGUUAUGGUUAACAUCCAUGGCAACAUUAAGGAUGCAUGGAAGUGUGUGGGCAGUGACGGAACCAUUGUUUGAAACAGACACGUACAUUUUCAUACAUACGGAUAGCAUAAAUAAGCCUUAAGACAGACAAAAAAGGCAGACAGACAAGUGAGACAGAAGAACAGUUGAGACAGACAGGUAAGGCAGACAGGCAAGUGAGGCAGACAGACAGGUGAGACAGACAGGCAGAUAGACAGGUAAGGCAGACAUGCAGAUAGACUGGUGAGGCAGACAGACAGGUACGACAGACACACGUCAGUCAGACACACAGGUGAGGCAGAUGUGUGUGUGUUCUUAUAAUAGUUUAUUUUCGCAAACUUGGAGAAGUUUAUGUUUACGUGGAAAAGGUCUGGAAAGGUCAAGAGAGUGGAAACAAGAACUCAUGUAUCAGCUUGUCCUGGGUAUUGCCAUUGAUUUCCUAUAUCGAAUAGAUUUCUAUUCAUAGAGUCCCAUUUUCCAUCCGGUUCAAUUCAAAUGGAUUCAAUAUUUAUUCAUUAAGGGACAUUUCAUAUACAGUUCCUGUUUUGCUUGAAUAUGAAAGGGAGUCUAACAGGGAUUAUCAGUCUGUCUUACUCAAAGUCACUUCCCCCUCUACUGUGCAUGUCGCUUUCAGAAAGUGAGCAGCAAGAGCAGCAAUCAUGUCUUGUUGUGCUGUUGGUUGCACAAACCGUUUUGAUAAGAAGAACAAAAUGCGCAAGUUGUCUUGCACUAUCUCGGAGUGAUGCGUUCAGGGCUGCCUCAGAUAAUAGAGAGCUGUAUUGCACUCACACAUGUUCAGAGAACCUCAUGGGGGAGAGCAUGUAAAACAAUUGAGGACUUUAACACUAAUAUUAGUGGACUAAAUAAGUUCAAGGCAUAUUGUAGCUUUUAUUGUAUAAUUACCAUUUUUAUUGUUCAAACAAAACAUUAACUUGUGCAGCUUCACUUAUACGUAUUUGGAUGAGCAAUCUAAUUACAAAUACUCCCAUAAUUAGCUCAUAUCCACCAUACAAGGUUACCCCAAAACUGCCCAGCGCACGCCGCAAAAGUUUCACGGAUUUUAUAACCCAAAUGUUGGUAUGAAACGUGUGAAUAUGAGUGCGUGUAUGGAUACCGAGUCACCAGACAUCUAAAAAAACUUGGUUGAAAGGUGAAACAACGUAAUUUUUAGGUUGUUGAAAUACGCCUGUUAGAGCCAGAUAUGUAACAAUGACCCAAAAUUUAGGCUCAACAUUUUGUAACAUUAUUGAUGAAUUAUUACAUGUUGUGCUUACAUUUAUUACAUCUAUUUCAGGUAAUUGUUACAUAUCAGGCUCUAACAUAAGGUCUCCAUCAGGACUUAUUGCAAAAAACCUAUAUGUGCAUAAAAUAAUGUUUCCGUCUAUGCUAUUGCCAAUUUCUCACCUUGUCUUGGAUACAUUUUUAAUUUUCUCUCCCCCACUAACCCUCCUUAUAUUACAAGACCCCUAGAUUUACAAAGUCGGCACUGGCCAACAUCCUCAAUAAGCCAAAGGUGGUGGGUCAAAGGCAUACUGCAGAUAAAAACCUGAAACAGUUGUUACGACCCUGGCUCAGGGGAAGCAACAUAAGGGAACUGAAACAACUCAAAGAUUUCACCAAAGCAUUUAUUUACAAGAACUCAAAAACAAUGGACGGUAUGGGAGCUGGGACAGCAUGUCUGGUCUGGCUGCAGGCUGAGAGAGAGCGUGGAAGAGUCUCCCUUGGCUUUUAUGGACUGCCCACAGGUGCAGGUGAUCAGCUCAAUUAUCUGGUGGAGCCAGCAUAUGGAGGCCAGAAAGUGCCACAAAGGAGUCCUCAGGAGUGCCUCAAACAAAACGCAUAUUAGUGUGGCAUAUUCUAUAGAUGCACAUGUAACACCUCCUCCCAUAAAUAUGUUGCCAUGGGCAACAUUUUUUUUUUUUUUUCAAAACAAACACAGUAUGCUAACAUGUUCAAAUUCAAUCUGGAAAAACUACGACCUUGAAAGGGCAUCAGCAAUGACGUUGUCCUUCCCCCGGAUGUGCUGGAUCGUCAAAUUGAAGUCUUGCAGGAAGAGACUCCAUCUCAUCAGGCGCUUGUUUGGGUUUUUCAUCCUGCUCAGAGACACCAGCGGGUUGUGGUCUGUAUAGACCACUAGGGGUUGAUUGGAGGACACGUAUACUUCAAAAUGGUGAAGAGCCAAAAUAAGAGCCAAAGCCUCUUUUUCAAUUGUUGAGUAUCUUCUCUGAUGGACAUUGAAUUUCUUGGAGAAGUAUCCCAACGGAUGCUCAACACCAGAGGAAUCCUCUUGCAGGAGGACAGCCCCAGCACCUACAUCACUAGCAUCCACAGCUAGCUUAAAAGGAAGGUGGAAGUUGGGGGCUGCAAGAACAGGGGCACUAGCUAGCAGAGCCUUCAGCCCUUCAAACGCUAGCUGACAAACAUCUGUCCAAUCAAACGGGACAUUUGGACUCAACAAGUUAGUCAGUGGGGCAGCAACAGUUGCAAAGUUCCUACAAAAACUGCGCUAGUAACCCGCCAUACCAAGGAAACGUUUCAAGUCACGCCUAGACUGAGGGACAGAAAAACUCACAAUGGCUUCGACUUUGGCAUCAAUGGGACAGACCUUGCCACAACCAACAACUUUGCCCAAGUAAGUGACUGUGGCCUGCCCAAAUUCACACUUGGUAAGGUUCAAGGUCAAAUUAGCUGAAGCUAGCAGACUAAACACUUCUUUUAACUGGGCUACAUGCUGAGACCAAUCUGAGCUAUAGAUGACCACAUCAUCCAAGUAAGCUUCACAGUUUGAAACACCUCUCAACACUGUGUUCACCAACCGCUGAAAAGUAGCUGGAGCAUUCCGCAUUCCAAAAGCCAUAACAGUGUACUGGCAAAAGUCAUCUGGUGUCACAAAAGCAGAGAUUUCGCGUGCCCUCUCUGUUAGAGGGACUUGCCAGUAUCCCUUCAGGAGGUCUAACUUGGUUACAUAAGAUGCAGAACCAACAUUGUCAAUACAGUCUUCUAAACGAGGAAGUGGGAAACAGUCUGGCUUAGUAAGUGAAUUUACCUUACGAAAAUCAGUACAAAAUUGAGGUGUCUGAUCAGACUUGUCAACGAGCAAACAAGGGGAACUCCAUGCGCUUACACUGGGCUCAGCAAUGCCAUGCUUUAACAUAUAAUCAACCUCUUUUCUCAAGAUUUCGCGCUUCUCAGGGUUGACACGAUAAGGAUGCUGCUUGACAGGAGUUGCAUCACCAACAUCAAUAUCAUGCUGGAGGACAUUGGUGCAUGUGGGUACAUCAGAAGAAACAUCUUUAACUGUCUCCUCAUCAACAGCCUCUUCAAAGAGGGAGGACAGAGUUUUGUCACUACUCUGUGCAACCUCUAGCUCUUCACGUGAGGGGAAAACAUUGUUGAACCCAAACGUCACAUCUUUAGCUAAAGUGGUGUCAGAAAGGUCAAGAUCAGCGUCACAUCCUUUGUCUUUUUCUCUCUUUGACAUGGCACGGGUACUCACACAAACAGAGAAGGUAUCUGGAUAACGCUUUUCUAGAUCAUCUGGAAUUUCAGUCACCACAGGAACCGGAGUCACUUCAGGAACAGCUCCUACUUUAUCACCAGCAAGAUCAUUUCCCAAAAUAAAGGACACACCAUUAAUUGGAAUACGGGAACACAAUGCAACAGCGACUUCACCUGAUGCUGUGGAGGUCUGGAGGUUAAGACGAUGCAUGGGCAAUGACAAAUAACCACCAAAACCUUCAAUCAGAGCAUUAGAGCCUAAAGAGGACUCAUCAUUAAACUCCAAAAAGUCCUGAAGAAUCAAGGACUGGAAAGCUCCAGUGUCUCUCCAGAUUUUAAUGGGUUUCUUACUUUCUGGAUCAGAACAGAGGGACACAUAACCAUCCAUAAGGAAAGAUGAGGAACCAGCCAACUGAACCUUUUCAGACGAAUGCUGAACAGUGGAAAAUGAAGAGGGCUCUUUUUUAGCUUUUAUGAAGGCUACAGGUUUGAAAGACUUUUGCUUCUUGCUCAGAACAGGGCACUCAGCAAUAAGAUGACCAGGUUUCUUGCAAUAGAAGCAAGCUUUUUCUGCAAAAGCACUUCCAGAAGCCUUUUUGGAUGUAGAAACUACAGGGGAAACUUGCGUUGAGGAACGAGAUCUGUAAAAAACAGGUUUUUCUUUCCGUUUAUUCUGUUCUUUGUCAAAGUUAAGCUUGUGUGUCAAAAUAAACUCAUCUGCAAGGACUGCAGCUUGGUUGAGAGUCGUUACUUUUUGUUCAUUAAGGUAAACACAAACAGCUUCAGGAAGACAGUUUUUAAAUUCUUCCAGCAACACGAGUUGUCUAAGGUCUUCCUUGUUUUCCACAUUUUGGGAUUUGCACCACCUAUCAAAUAGCGUCUCUUUUUCUUUAGCAAACUUAACAUAAGUUUGCUGAUCAAGCUUGUUGAGACUCCUGAAACGUUGACGAUAAGCUUCAGGAACAAGUUCAUACAUUUUUAAUAUUGCAUCUCUAACUUUGUCAUAGUCCACACUAUCAUCAAUACUCAGAGGAGUAAGCCUCUUGUGCUUUUCCUACCAACACACUUUGUAAAAGUAGAGUCCAGGCAUGUUUCGGCCAUUUUGAGAUGGUAGCUACACGUUCGAAAUGUGAAAAAUACUUCUCAACAUCUUUCUCAACAAAAGGAGGAACCAGUCUAAUGUGUUUGACUACAUCAAAACUAGAUUGUUCAACCUGGACAGAGUGUAGAAGUGAGGCAUGUUUAAAUUCCAUUUCUUUAAGAAAUUGUUCAUGUUCCAGGUGCAUUUGCUCUUGUUUUAGCAAUCUAUCUUUCUGUCUCUCCUGCAACUCUAGCUCUUUUAUAGCCAAUUCUCUAAGUCUUAAUUCAAUAGCAGGAUCUGAUAAUUCAGGAGGUGGACUUCUAGAUGGAGACAAAGGUGUAGAUUUAAGGAUGCCAUUUUCAAUCAAAGCAGCCUUAAGGGCAUCUCUGGUGCUCUUCUUUAAGCUUUUGUCACUACUACAAAUUGUGACUUCAUAAUAUUCAGCAAGUUUUAAAAGCUGAUCUUUGGUUAAGUUGUCAAGCAACUCUUCAGAGGGUGCACUAAUAAAGUCAUCAGGGGUUGCCAUCCUAGAUAACUGUACAAAAAACUAAAGUCAAGCUAAACAAAAAGGUUAGCUACAACAAGUCACCCACAAACAAGACAAAUAGACUCAAGGUCUCAAAAGUGUCCAACACAGCAGAAGCAGUUAUAGAUCAAAAUCUCUCUCUACAAAAUGGCUACCAGAGCCACAACCACAAAAGUAGGCCUACAAACCCUGUCACAACACAAAUUUGCACAGUAUAUUAACCAAAAUAGGAAACAUUGGUAAUAUAAAGUACACAAAGGCAACUCUAAAGUCAGGUAAACUAGCCUACACGAAGUCAAGAACACUUGACUAAACAAAACUGCACAAAACACAAGUUAGGAUCAUGGACACACCACUACUAUGGCCUCCAACUCAAAAAAAGGAGCACCAAUUUAAACUCACCUAACUUAUCAAAACCUUCACUGGGGAGCAUGACAAGCAAGCAAGCCCCAAGUAUAUUAACAAAGUAAACCCCCACUGGUUCCCUACCUAUUUUAAGCUUAAUCCUGACUAUCUUCAAUGGCUUGCCGAGCUCGAACCAUCACCAGAAAUGUCUGAUGCAGUCCCUCCUCAGAGUUUGCCACCAAAAAUAAAAAAGAAAAAUAACAAAUGAGAGGCUGAAGGAAGGACGAUAUAAAUCAGCCCAGCUAGCCCCUCCUAACCCAACCAGGGAAGAUUACAUAUGCAUAAUGUUAAUAUACUCAAACUAUACUCACCACAUGCUCACCAGAAGAGAGGAACAAAGCAGCACAUGACCACAUGAUUUGAACAGCUCAACAAUGAAAUAAGAAAAAUUACCAAUCUAGGGGAAAUACAACAAACUCAACUAAUCUGGAAUCAAUCCCUAAUCGAUCCGGGACGAGCCCCCAAUAUGUUACGACCCUGGCUCAGGGGAAGCAACAUAAGGGAACUGAAACAACUCAAAGUUUUCACCAAAGCAUUUAUUUACAAGAACUCAAAAACAAUGGACGGUAUGGGAGCUGGGACAGCAUGUCUGGUCUGGCUGCAGGCUGAGAGAGAGCGUGGAAGAGUCUCCCUUGGCUUUUAUGGACUGCCCACAGGUGCAGGUGAUCAGCUCAAUUAUCUGGUGGAGCCAGCAUAUGGAGGCCAGAAAGUGCCACAAAGGAGUCCUCAGGAGUGCCUCAAACAAAACGCAUAUUAGUGUGGCAUAUUCUAUAGAUGCACAUGUAACACAGUCAACAAGAUUUGCCAAGAAAUUCUUUAAAUUUAUUAACUUACAGCAGCUGGACGGAGUUUUCAUUUUCUGUUGAUAGUGUUAUAGCGCGUAGUCAUAAAGACACUUGCACAUCAGGGCUCAAGAAACUAACUUUUAUGAGAGCAGUUUGAGGCAGCUUACUUUGUUAAUGUAUUUAAAAUGGGAAGCGAGUCUGGGUCAGCCUGCCGCGGCAUGUGAGACAGAUAUGGAGCAGCAGGACUACUGAGGUUCGUGACACAGAGCUGCUCUGCCUGUCUGUCUCCGGUGUGGUGGGGCUUCUCACUCAGUGGCUGCAGCUGUAGCAUGACACAGUGUCUGCAGGAGUUUUAUGCUGCAAGACUGUGUCAUUUUUUGAGUAGCGACAGUAAUAUGCACAUUUUCAGUGUAAAAUAAAGAGAAAAAAUGCCCAUCUCUGGUCUGAGUGCCGUAAAUCAUUUCGUCCAUGGUCCCGACCCGACCACUGGCUCCAGUUUUUCUUGUUUUCAUUAUUUAGAAAUAGCUUAUCUUCACACAGAUGGGCUCAUUCGCUGAGAUUCUUUCAAAUGUAGUUAAAAGUUCCCUACAGGAAGUUUAAACACAUUAUUGUGAAAAUAUCAAUGACACUGAAAAGGAACAAUUUCAAAAUAAAAAAUGUACACCAAUUCAGCAGGGCUGAACAAACACGUGGGGGAACACUGAAUAAAUUAAUAUUGAUAAACUUAUCUGAUUAAAUGCCAACAACCAACUAUAUACGAUACAAACAACUUGUAACUAAACAAAAAUAGAAAAAAGAAUAAAAGUAUUAGUGGGGAUAUCCCUAAUCAUUUACAUCCCUAAACAGUCUCCACCACCAGACCACCCAAGGGUAUGUUUGAGAUGCUUUGCCAAGGCAUGUGUAAUGUCAUGUUCUGUUGCCUUUGGUUCCCAUGUCUUGACGGAGGCUGCACCAACAAAGACAAAACAUAAUUAAUCACUUUUGUUUUUUAAACAUGUUUUUAUUGGAAGAAAUGAACAUUGAUCACAGAUAUUCAACAUACAUCAUAUUUCUUACCCCCCACCCAUCCCCACCAUGCUGCCAUGAACCCUCCCCUGUGACUCCAAAUAUAGCCAUUUCAGCACUAGGUCAGAUAGCUCUGCUAAAAGCUUCAGACAAAGUUUAAAAUAUUGUAGUCCAAAAAUUAUACAGUUUAUUACAAGACCACAGCAUAUGAGCCAGAUCAGCUAUACGACAGCUUUCACAUGUUUAACUCAUAGAAUAGAUCCUGAAGAGCCUGGCUCCACAAUAAUGGAUUUGGCGGAGAACCUUGAACUGAACACAAGCAAAGGCAAGCAUAUGAGGUUAUCCCAUUUACUCUAUAUAAUGCAUCAUCCUAGGUUGUAUCAGAGAUAUUUAUUCCAAGUUCCUGUUGUUGUGUACGCAACAUGUGUCUAAAUAAAUGACUUGCCCUUUCAAAUCAAAAUUUUAGAAGUUAAGAAAGCACAUUUUUAUUUACCCACAAAAUUAACUUGUAAAAGUAACUGCAGUGGUGGAAACGUGCCGAAAAAAAGGACAAAAUACAGAAUCCGCUUCCUCUCUUUUCUGUGUCUCUUCUCUGCAUGUGUAUCUUCCCAGGCUCACUCACACACAUGCCCCUCCCCCUCAGUAAACUUCCAAUCACUGGUAGUAUGCAAAUGAGCCAGGAAGUAACCAGACUAUGGUGUCAGGUUUCAGCAUGUAGCGGUAGGUUUUAAAAGAGGCAGCAGAGGCCGUUGGGGUCGGACGCCGGCUGGACGGGACUGUCAGAGAGCGAACGCAAGUCGAAUCCUUACACAAACAGAGUCUGGGCCGUUUAUCAAAACGUACCUCUAUCUGAUUGUGGAAUAUCAGCAUUGUUAGAGGAGGACAAGUAAAAAACUGUCUAUGGCUACGGCCAGGGGAGGGGAAGGGGGGGUAAAAGCAGGAUUUAAACGAGUGGCUUCAGGAGGAGAGCCAAACGGUGGGAAGAUGAGGAAAACUGAGAGCACCGAGUUUAAAGUAGUGUUUAAAAUGAAGGACCCAAAAGGAAUAGGGGGGUUUAGAGCAGUCAGUCCUGCAGAAACACUCAAGGGAGUUGGCGAAGUGGAGGCAAGAAUCCUAGCUAAUGGAAUGCUCAUGGUUUUAUGCAAGAAUGCAGAAAUACAAAAGAAAGCAGCUGCGGUUAAAAAGAUCGCUGGGCAAAGCGUGGAAUUGCAUGUAUCAAACAGAGUUGAGGGAAUCAAAGGAGUUAUUUAUGGUGUUUCUGCUGACAUAACAGAGAAUGAAAUGAUGGAGCAAAUCAGGGGAGGAGAAGUGAAAGAAGUGAAGAGGUUUAAAGCGCGGAGUGGGGGAAACCCGAACGCUCCCGUUCUGUUAACGUUUGAUGGUUAUAGAGUCUAGAGUCUAGAGUCUUCUUUGGAUGCUUGUCAUUUCAAGUGAAAAAAUAUGAGACACCUCCGCUUAGAUGUUUCAAGUGUCAGAGAUUUGGCCAUAUUGCUGCGACAUGCCGCGGCAGCCAAAGAUGUUCCAAGUGUGGGGGGGAACAUGAUUUGUUAGAAUGUGAUAAGACUGACUUGAAAUGUUGCAAUUAUGGGGGCACUCAUAUGGCGUCUUCCCGAGGAUGUCUGCCCUUGAAAAGGCAAAGCGUGUCCAAGAUGUGAUGGAGCAGCAUACGAUUUCCUAUGCAGAGGCGUUAAAGAAAGUCGAGGGAAGAGGUGACAAUAUGUCUGUGUACGUGGGUUCCCACUCUCAUAUGCCCACUCCAGUUGUCCCUCACCACCCACAACCUACGGUGCCAGCUGAUUCAAUAGUGGUGAAAAAAGAAAGUUUACUGGCAUUUAUGGUAGAUGGGGUGUACGCUACCAGGGCUGCUAAGGGCAAAGACAAGGAGCUAAGCAGGUUUGACAUCAUGAGGGCGGUGGUUGAGGCAGCGGGAAGGUUCCUAGGAACAGGAGCGUGUGACCCUUUAGAACUGCAUAAAUUUAUGACAGACUGUCAAAAGAAGGCUACUAAGACACAGGGGAAAGAGGUAGAGGAAAUUGUGGUUGAUACAUGGGAAGGAAAUGAUGAUUAAGCUAAUUAUCAUGGUCUGCAUUUUGCAAUGGAAUGCAAGGAGCUUAAUAGCAAAUGGACAAGAACUUAAAAAAUUUGUUGAUAUCGGUGAGAGUAAACUUGAUCUGAUAUGUGUUCAAGAGACAUGGCUAAAGCCAUGCCUAGAAUUUGUAAUACCAGACUAUGAAAGUUUAAGAAAAGAUCGUAAAGAAGGAACAGGAGGGGGAUGUGCAAUAUUUGUCCGGGCAGGGGUGCAAUACCAACAGGUGGCACUAACAACCUCCCUGGAGUGUAUGGCAGUUAGGGUGUGGGGGGACCAUGGUAAGAUAAACAUUGUUAACUUAUACACUCACCGGCCACUUUAUUAGGUACACCAUGCUAGUAACGGGUUGGACCCCUUUUUGCCUUCAGAACUGCCUCAAUUCUUCGUGGCAUAGAUUCAACAAGGUGCUGGAAGCAUUCCUCAGAGAGCUUGGUCCAUAUUGACAUGAUGGCAUCACACAGUUGCCGCAGAUUUGUCGGCUGCACAUCCAUGAUGCGAAUCUCCCGUUCCACCACAUCCCAAAGAUGCUCUAUUGGAUUGAGAUCUGGUGACUGUGGAGGCCAUUUGAGUACAGUGAACUCAUUGUCAUGUUCAAGAAACCAGUCUGAGAUGAUUCCAGCUUUAUGACAUGGCGCAUUAUCCUGCUGAAAGUAGCCAUCAGAAGUUGGCUACAUUGUGGUCAUAAAGGGAUGAACAUGGUCAGCAACAAUACUCAGGUAGGCUGUGGCAUUGCAACGAUGCUCAAUUGGUACCAAGGGGCCCAAAGAGUGCCAAGAAAAUAUUCCCCACACCAUGACACCACCACCACCAGCCUGAACCGUUGAUACAAGGCAGGAUGGAUCCAUGCUUUCAUGUUGUUGACGCCAAAUUCUGACCCUACCAUCCGAAUGUCGCAGCAGAAAUCAAGACUCAUCAGACCAGGCAACGUUUUUCCAAUCUUCUAUUGUCCAAUUUCGAUGAGCUUGUGCAAAUUGUAGCCUCAGUUUCCUGUUCUUAGCUGAAAGGAGUGGCACCCGGUGUGGUCUUCUGCUGCUGUAGCCCAUCUGCCUCAAAGUUCGACGUACUGUGCGUUCCGAGAUGCUCUUCUGCCUACCUUGGUUGUAACGGGUGGUUAUUUGAGUCACUGUUGCCUUUCUAUCAGCUCGAACCAGUCUGGCCAUUCUCCUCUGACCUCUGGCAUCAACAAGGCAUUUCCGCCCACAGAACUGCCGCUCACUGGAUAUUUUUUCUUUUUCAGACCAUUCUCUGUAAACCCUAGAGAUGGUUGUGCGUGAAAAUCCCAGUAGAUCAGCAGUUUCUGAAAUACUCAGACCAGCCCUUCUGGCACCAACAACCAUGCCACGUUCAAAGUCACUCAAAUCACCUUUCUUCCCCAUACUGAUGCUCGGCUUGAACUGCAGGAGAUUGUCUUGACCAUGUCUACAUGCCUAAAUGCACUAAGUUGCCGCCAUGUGAUUGGCUGAUUAGAAAUUAAGUGUUAACGAGCAGUUGGACAGGUGUACCUAAUAAAGUGGCCGGUGAGUGUAUAACCCGUGUAUGCAACUUAAAGUGGUGGAGUUGGAAAAGGUAGUAGAUGAGGUGGGUGCCCCUUUGAUAUGGGUGGGGGAUUUUAAUGCACAUAACCCACUAUGGGGGAGCAAAGACAGAGAUAAGAACGGGGAAGUAGUAGAAGAACUAAUGGAAAGGUGGGGGCUGGUAUUUUUGAAUGAUGGAAGACCAACUAGGAUUGACGUUAGAACGGGGAGGGUAUCAUGCAUUGACUUAGCUAUAGCGUCACCACAGUUAGCAGGAAAAGGGGUGUGGGAAACCAUAGAAGAGAACACCUUAGGAAGUGACCACUUCCCAAUAGUGGUGGGAUUUGGCCAGUCCUUGAGAGUGGAGGAAGAUUCAAGACCAAGACCUCUAAACUACAGUAAAGCUAAAUGGGAUGAAUUUGCUGAGGGGUGUAGAAAGGGGUUGGAUAGUGUUAAAGGAGACGGUUCAAUUGAUGAAUGGAAUAACAGUUUAUAUGAAAUGAUAAAAGAUAACGUUAACCAUUGCAUCCCCAGGAAAAAAGCUUUAAAACGUGAGAGUGUUCUAUGGUGGAAUAAAAAGUGUGAUGAGGCAGUGAGGGAAAGAAAUAGAGCCUAUAAAAUAUUAAGAAAGUAUCCAGUGCAGGAAAAUGCCAUAGUGUACAAGCAUUUAAGAGCAAAGGCCAGGAAAGUUAUAAAAUCUUCUAAGAGAGAGUGCUGGAGGAGAUACUGUCGAGAACUAGGAGAGGACACAUCAGUAGAGGAGGUAUGGGCAGUGAUCAGACGUAUGUCAGGGAUUGUUAAGGGGAAAAGCGUCCCAGUCCUAGAAGAAGGGGAAGUAGUAGCCACAAGCGAUAUUCAGAAAGCCAACAUAUGUGUUAAAAAGUUCCAGGAGGUUCAUAGUGGGGUGAAUAUUGGGGAGGAGGGUAUUAGGACAAGGAAUGAGGUAAUGAAAAAUCAAAUGUACAAACUUGAGGUUAACCAGGAAAACUCUGACCCCAGUAAUAUAUUUCUCAUUAGAGGCGCUACAAAGAGCAAUUCAAAGAGGAGGUAAAACAGCUCCUGGGAAAGAUGGCCUAGGGUAUGAGGUAUAUAAAAAAUUAGAUGAUGUUGUGUUGGAUGAGAUUCUAGCGCUCAUAAAUACAGUAUGGUGUGAAGGUGUUAUUCCUGUGGCAUAGAGACAUGCAGUUGUUAUCCCUAUCCUAAAGCCAGCAAAGGACACCUCAAAACCAGGGUCCUACAGGCCGAUUGCGCUCACAGUGAUACUAUGUAAAAUCAUGGAGAGGAUGGUUACAGAGCGACUUACAUAUAAGCUAGAGAGGCAAGGGUGGUUCACACCAAUACAGAGUGGGUUCAGAGUAGGGAGGGGUACAAUGGACUCUGUGCUUGCACUUGACCUGGACAUAAGAAAAGCUAAGGCUAACAAGGAAGGAGUGGUAGCAGUUUUCCUGGACAUCGAAAAGGCAUAUGACAUGCUGUGGAAAGAGGGGUUAGGGGUUAAGCUAUUUAAUGCUGGAAUAUGAGGGCGGAUGUUGAACUGGAUUAGGGCGUUCCUGCAAAACAGGACCAUACAGGUCAGAGUUGGAGGAGCAUACUCAGAAACAGCAGGGAUAGACAACGGUACUCCUCAAGGGAGUGUUAUAAGCCCUGUCCUGUUUAACAUUAUGAUCAACGAUAUGUUCCAAGAGGUAGGGGCAGACUUUGGGCUAUCAUUGUUCGCCGAUGAUGGGGCAAUCUGGAAAAGAGGAAGGAAUUACAAGUUUUUAACAGAAAAGAUACAAGAAGCACUGAAUAAGAUGGAAGACUGAGCUAACAGGUGGGGUUUAAAAUAUCAGUGGAAAAGUUUGUUAUAUUAAAUAUUCUUAUAUUAAAUUCGUUAUAUUUACUAAUAAAGGAAGACUGGAAAUCUGGGGCUGAAUAUCUAUGGCAAGCCGUUAGAGAGAGUUAAGGAGUUUAAGUUCCUGGGAGUCGUCUUUGAAGAAAGAAUGACAUGGAAAACGAAAAAACAGUGAAGAAAUGUGAGAAAGUUAUAAAUAUGAUGCAGUGCCUUUCUGGGAGCACAUGGGGAGCAAACAGAGACACUCAGAUACUAAUAUACAGAGCUAUGAUUCGCUCCACCCUAGAUUAUGGGUGCUUGGCAUAUGGAGCGGCAGCCAAAACCAACCUGGCAGUACUAGAUAGGGUGCAGGCAAAAGCACUGAGAGUGUGUAAUGGGGCAUUUCGCUCGACCCCAAUCCCAGCUUUGCUGGUGGAGAUGGGAGAGACACCUCUAGCGUUACGAAGGAGGAAGCUAGCAUUAAAUUAUAGCUAAACUAAAUGGUCAUGACCGAGCUCAUCCAGGUAGGCAAUUGUUGGAGGAGUGCUGGGAAUGGGGAGGUGGGGAAAGCGGGAGCUUUGUUUACAGGAUAAGAGCGGAGGAGGAGGAGUUGGGGUUGAGUGGGGUGUGCGGGCAUACUGCGGUGACCUGGCCUUCUGUUCCUCCUUGGUUGCUGCCAGAAGUGGAGGUAGAUUUUAUGGUAGCUGAGAGGAUGAGGGAGAAGGGUGGAGGAGAACCAGAGGACUUGGUGAGGGAGAGGAUACAUGAGAAAUGGGCAGACCACCUACAGAUUUAUACAGAUGGGUCUAUGGACGCGAAUAGUAAAAGGGUGGGGUUCGCAGUCCACAUCCCCUCCUUGCGGAUCACCCAGAGCAGACGACUUUCGGAUGGGGUGUCAGUCUUCACAUCAGAAUUAGUGGCCUUAUUAUGGGCGCUAAAUUGGGUUGAAGAAGUGAGACCGCAGCAGGUGAUUAUCUGCUCGGACUCAGCGGCUGCGUUGAUGGCUCUGCAGGGAGGGAAGUAACGGGUCAGACCAGAUCUCAUUUGUGAACUGCUAACUACACUUUAUAGACUUGAGAAAGCUGGAACUGGAGUGGGGUUCAUGUGGGUACCGGCUCAUGAGGGGGUGGAGGGUAAUGAGGGUGCUGAUUUGGCAGCCAAAGAGGCCCUGGGGAGGGAGGAGGUUGAUGUGGGUAUAGCCUUGGGGAUUUCCGAGUACCGCAGCAUAAUAAAGGAGGAGAUACUUGCAAGGUGGCAGUGUGAAUGGGAGGAGGAAAUAAGGGGAAGGUUUUAUUACAGCAUACAAAACAGUGUUAGAGGAAGGAACACCACUCUAGGGGACAAUAGAAGAGAACAGGACAUCCUGACAACAUUGAGACUAGGUCACUGUGGACUAGCAGGGGGACUCGCCCGAACUGGGAAACAUGCAAAUGGACUAUGUGAAUGUGGGAAAGAAGAAGCUGUUAAACAUGUAAUCAUGGAGUGCUCAAAAUACACAGCGGAGAGGAGGGUACUGUUUUCUGCAGUACUUGAUGCAGGACUGUCCUGUAUCUCACUGAGGAAUCUUCUCAGGCCUGGGGAACAACAAAGUACAGUAGUGAACGCCCUAAUGGAGUAUUUGCGGGACACAGGCCUGUACCACAAGGUUUAAGGCCACAGUAUAAACUGAGUAAUACCUAGCACAACCUGUGGGAGGCAGCAAUACGCCGAUGGGCGUCUAGUCUGCGGCAAAGCAAAAAGAAGAAGAAGAAGAAGAGGCAGCAGAGCUUUCCAAAUUCGUCUUAAUGACUCGUAAGAUGAUUAAUAAUAAACAAAAACAAAGUAACAUUAAAUAAAACAGUGGUGUGGAGAGGAAAAGAGAGAGGAGUGAGACAAAUGAGAGAGGAGAUUUUUGAGCUGUUUAGUUAUGAACAAGAAACAAAAGAACCAGCCAAAAAAAAAGUAAGGAGAAAAAGGUAUGGAAUGUUCUGCUCAUUAUCUGUUGUGUUUUAUGAAUUAGUUUGAGAAGGAAUUUUAUUUUUCAUAAGACUACCUUUCAUUUUUGUAAAUAUUGACUUUUGUUUGUGAAGUUGUAACCUGCGACUCAAUCUACCAGGACUUGGUCCUCAGGAACUGUCUGAGCCUCUGUCUGGUCUGAAGUCUAGUAAUCAGCCGAUAGCGUAGAGUAAUCAGAUAAUAUCCUUGGGUAUAAAAGACGCCCCAAAGAGACUUAUCCACACACUCUGACACCACCCUUUCUCUUUCUCUUGUCAUCAGAUUCGCGUGGAAGCCAUACUGCAGGCAGCGAUCAGAGAGGCAGGCCGUCAGAUCUACAGAGUGUUCAGAGAGUUGUACAGUGGCAUGCUGAAAGAAAACACUCACCUGAGAGCCAAAGUGAAACACCUGGAGACCGAACUGAGGUCAAAGGUCAAGAUAACUGCACAGACACUGUACAGGUUUGAACCACCGGGUGAGUUUCAAACAUCUUGAACUUAAACACACCAUAGCAUCACACCUGAUUAGAAAUUGAUAUUCAGUGACUCAUCACUCACUCAUGUUCAGUACACCUGAGGUCACAGGUAUCUUGUCACAGAUACCUGUAUGACAGGUAUCACCACAGAGAGAAACACAGAAAAAAGCUUGGGUAAGACACAUUCAACACAGGUAGACUUAACACAGGUUACAGUUGCAGUUCAUGGUUUGAUUCUGUGGUACAAAGGGUUACAGUGGGGGUUCAUGGUUUGAUUGUGUACUACAAUCAAUCAAUCAAUUGAUCAGAUUUUAUUUAGCACCAAUUGACAACAGUCAUCAUCCCAAGAUGCUUUCCAAAGAAGAAGAGCAGGUCUAGACCUCGCUCAUUAACCUAAAGAUAGGACAGAUUUGGCCCAUCUCAUCUUACAUGAGUGACAAUGGCAAGGAAAAACUUCCUUUUAACAGGCAGAAACCUUGGGAAGGACCAGACUAAUGGUAGACAGCCACCAAGCUGUUGCUGGGUUGGGGAGAAAUACAGAGAGAUAGGGAAGGAGAGAAAAAGGAGUAGGAGAGAGGGCAACCGCUCGUGAAGCGGUUGUUUAGUUUCCCCAAUGUACAGGUCCGAGCAUUCCUUGCUGCACUGGACAGCAUAUACCACAUUACUCUGUUUAUGUGUCAGUGGCCCUGUUUACAUGGGUCCAAAAAUCCUAUUUACAAUCAGUUUGAAAGGUCAAUCAGAUUCAAAAUGUCUCAUAUAAACACCUUAGCCAAUCUGAUUCACCCGGAUCUGAUUGUAUUUCGGGUCGGAUUGUAAGAGGUAGUCUAUACCGAUUGAUAAUCCGCUCCAUGCUCCAUAUAUACGGCUGAGUGGAGCGGAUUGGGUUUACAGAGAGGCUUGUUCGGUCUGCGCAGGCGCUCGGUAGUACGUAAGAGGCACGUAGUGACGUACGCAGAGCGUGCCCAAACGAAAACAAACAUGGCGAACAAACAGAAAAACUGGAUGGUGGAGUGUUAAAGUGUGUUGUUUCGUGCGACUGACGAAGCGCACACUUCUUGCUGUGUAACCCGGCUGGAUUAUACUUUUAUUAAACUUCAACACAUAAUGUUCCUUACUGCUAGACUGAUUCUAGCUUGAUUGAUUCUGUGGUAAGAUAUCUGUGGUACAGAUAGUUACAGUUGGGUGUUCAUGGUUAGAUUCUGUAGUACAGAGAGUUGCAGUUGGGGUUAAUUGUCUGAUGUGAGGUUCAGAGGGUUACAGUUAGGGUUCAUGGUAUAAUUCUGUGGCCUGGAUCGUUAUAUUUGGGAUUCAUUGUUUGAUUCUGUAGUACAGACAGUAACAGUGGUCUUUCAUGGUUUGAUUCUGUAGUACAGACGGUUACAGUGGGUGUUCAUGGUUUGAUUCUGUAGUUAGGACAGUUAGUGUUUAGAUAAUUGUGCUACAAAUUAUUGCUGAUUAAUGAUAUUAUUGUCAAUAUUCUUUUGAGAGCGUUUUUUCCAUUAAUGUUUAUUAAUAUACGGCAUAAUAAUCAGAGUAGAGACUAUGUCAAAAGCAAUAAACUUUCAUUUCUCAAAAUUGGAGUUUCCAAAGUUCUGAAAUAAGAUAAAUUAAACAAACUUAAUUAAUUAAACAAAUACGACAAAGCUAAAAAACAGUGAAAAUAACAUGGACUCACACUCUCUUUUAGCAAAAAUUGCACUUUUAACAAUCACAAUCACAACCAAAGAAAUAAAUAAUAGAAGCUAUCUCUGUUAAGAAAAAAAAAAACUAUACUCUCACAUAACUAUUAAAACAAUAAAUAAAAUGAAGUAUCAAAUCUCUGUAAACAAAAUUGCACUUCAAUAAGUAAUGAACAUUGGGUGGUGUUCCUUAACUAAACAAAGAACAGCAGGUAAACGAAAAGUGCAGGCUAGCCACAGGCCAUAUGCAAAUCUCUAGCCACUUUAGUUUGGCAGAUUCUGAACAAGGAAUACCAACAUGUUGACGUUGUGUGGUUUAAGGCAGGAUCUCUCUGGAGUAGCAAUGUUGCCAGCUGUGCUAAACAUUCUCUCAGAGCUGGUGCUUGUAGCACAAAUGCACAUGUAUUUUUGUGCAAACUUGGCCAUCAACAGAUACCUUCUCUGAUUGUCAUGCCACCACAUUAAGGGAUCAGAGGACGCAUCAAGUACAUCCUCCUGGAGGAACUUGGUCAGCACUGCAUCAGCCUGCACUCUUUUUGGAACUGCAGCCUGGGCCUGUUCUGUGAGGUGAGCUCUUAUAUUUUAAAGAAAGCCUCUUUUUUUUGUGGGUGCAGGAAGUUCAUCCUCACUUCUUUCAGCAGCAGCAGCUCUGCUGCAGCUUACACCACUGGUACCUUCUUUACUUCCUUCGGGUUCUUUUAAGUCCAGCAGCUCUUGCACAAGCUGAUGUUUGACAUCAUCCAGUGCCCCUUCCUCUUCCAUGGUGCCACGAUAGCUUGGAUCCAAGAUGGUGGCCUUUCUUAGGAGGACUUGUAUUGCUGGUGAGCUGUAUUUUUCAGCCAAUACCCUGCAUAUGUUCUCUUUAACAUUAGCUGUCAGUCCACUGUCAUCGGGGCUUGGAGAGAGAAGGUCACCUUUCAUCAGUUCCAGCACAGGCUUAACUGAGGACACAGUGACAUAUUUUUCUCCUGAGAGGAUGUCUGUGAAAUUGACCAGUGACUUUAUAGCUGCGUUGAAGGAUUCCAACACGGAAACAUCCUGCCAGGUUGGGUUGAGGUGGCCAUGUUUUCUGUCCUCAACUAGGACAUGUCUUAUGGCUGGCAGCUGUUCCAGCACCCUGUCUACCAUCUUCUGUUAAGUACCCCAACAUGUUGCAAAAUCCUGAGGAAAAGAUAAUAUAUAUAUAUUUUUUUUUCAGUAGGCUAUAUAAAGUUUUAAACAAACAAUUUCUUUUUCCAUUCCCACUAUUCAGGCUGCACAAUAUUGGAAAAAACUAACAUUGCGAUUUUUUUCAACCCUGCGAUAUAUAUUGCGAUAUUAAAAAAAACAGGAAUUUUCACCAGAUGACCUGUAUAGCACUUAAUGUUAUGCUGCACUGCUGAAAUCUUGAGGACAGUUAACCUGCACUGAUCUUACCUCUUUUUGUGAGUGUUAGUAGAAUGGCUUCUGUCUGUCUCAGGGAUAUUUUUAGCUUUUAUUGUGCUGGGACGUUAUUGUGGCAACAGAUGAACACAGAACACGUGUUUUGGUCGACAUCAUCCUUCUUUUAGCCGAAAUAAUUCCAGAUAACUGACUUUCCUUUUCUUAUUGGCAAGUCUUCAUCUUCUGUGGUUUUCUCUGUUUGUUGCUCAGUUUGCGAUCGUUGUUGUUGUAUUUACCGGGGUUGAGCUGAGAAACGCAUGUCCUCUGAGAAUUGCAUGCACCUCACAAAACGCACACUGCUUAUGGUAGAGUGGUCCACGGAAAUGUACAAUUUAAAACCCAUACAGUUCUUAUUUGUUGGGCUAAACAGUGAUGAGUUAUGUUUGGAAAGUACUUCUCAGCGGACAGCAAGUGACUCACUCCAUGUGCAGAACAUGUGCAGGGGUGGGUUUCCUCCUCUCUGAUUUUGAUUGACUGCUGGCAGGGUAGUCUGAUUGGCAACUGAGUAAAGAACGAAGGUGAUUGGUGGAUCCCUGCACAGCACAUGCAGAGUCACAUGCAGUGUAUCUCAGUCAGUUACCCUUGAAAUUAACUGAGUUCAUUCACCUCCGACAUCGCAGGCUCUGUGAUGUGACUAUUACACACGCGUACAUCGCGAUGACGAUGUUCAAACGAUAUAUCGUGCAGGCCUACUCACUAUUUACCAUAAUCUACACACACACACACACACACACACACACACACACACACACACACACACACACACACACACAGGCUGUCUGGUCUUUGUCGCUGUCCAGGCCAUGGGACACAGCAAGAUGGAGGUUGUGCCCAAAGCAAUUAAGCCAUGUCUAGCCAAGAUUCUUUAUUGCUGCCACAAUGUUUGGACCAUUGUCUGUAGUGUUCAGACAAGUUUGUCCUCAUCCAGUCCCCACUCUGCUAAAGCAGACUUAAGGUUUUCUCCCAGGGUGUCAGCAGUGUGGUUCUCUGGCACAUACCCGGUUUCUAAACACUUGGAGGACAGUGUCCAGUCAGCAGUAUUGUAGUGUAUGGUUAAACUCAUGUAGAGGGUCAUGUUUGAGUUGGACCACAUAUCUGUGGUAGUGGAGUAAAAUACAAUGUUUUUGAUGUCGUCCAUUAUGUUUCCUUUCACUUGCAGGAACUGCCAUUUGUGACAUGUACCUUCUUCUAGGCAAUUCGCACUGUCUGUCAAAUGUUUGUAGGUGUCAAGACAAAUGCACAGAGUAAGUGCUCUCUCUCAUCCAGCAUGUUUGGUAGAGAGAGGAGGGAAAUGAACAUGCACAUGUCAAUUUAUUGAGGCCAGAAAGUUCUCACGUUCAUUUUAUUUAUUGAUUUAUUGAUUAUCGUGACAGGCAUAUGAUCAUGGUUUGAUUGUGUGGUACAAAGUGUAGCAAUGAGGAGUACAUGGUUCUAUUCUGUGGUACAAAGUGUAACAGUGGUGGUUCAUGGUUCUAGUCUGUGAUACCUAUGGUAACAGUGGCAGUUCAUGGUUUGAUUCUGUAGUACAGAGGGUAACAGUAGGGGUUCAAGGUCUGAUUCUAUAGUACAGAGAGUUACAGUGGGUGUUCAUUGUUAGAUUCUUUAGAAGAGACAGUCACAGUUGGUGUUCGUGGUUAGAUUCUGUAAUACAGACAGUCACAGUUGGAGUUCAUGGUUUGAUUCUGUAGUACAGAGAGUCACAGUGGUAGUUCAUGGUGUGAUUCUUUAGUACAGUGGGUUACAGUUGGGGUUAAUGAUUUAAAUCUGUGGGAAAAAGUGUAGCAGUGAUGGUUUAGGGUUUUAUUCUCUGGUACAUAGUGUUACAGUUGGGGUUCAUGGUUAGAUUCUGUGGUACAGGAGGUUACAGUGGGGGUUUAUGGUUUAUUCAGUAGUAGAGGGUGACAGUGGUGGUUCAUGGUAAGAUUUUGUAGUACAGACAGUAACAGUUGGGGUUCAUUUUUUGGUCUGUAGACAUUUACAGUGGGGGUUCAAGGCUUAAUUCUGUAGUAGAGAGAGUUACAGUGGUUGUUCAUGGUUAGAUUCUGUAGUCCAGCGGAUGACAGUAGGGGUUCAUGGUUUGAUUUUGUCGUACAGACUGUAGCUGCAUUUCCAUUACAUUUUGUUCGCAAUAUAAAAGCGAUGUUUAUCAAAUUUCGACAAAGUACAAUUGCGAUUUGCGGGUGUUUCCAUUGAAUGGUGUUCAGUGCAUAACCGAGCCGCUAUUUACUGCUGUUGCCGCUGCUGUCAUCAGAAGACGAAGGCAGCGGGUGAUAAUUCAAAGGCAAAGCCCGUAUGUAUGGGAGCGGACACGGAUGAGGGAUUUCUGGGAGAGGAUCGUUAAUGAGGAAUUCACAGACGAAUUGUGGAUUCAAAACUUCAGAAAAAUACAAAUACAAUUCAAAACUUCAGAAAUAACUCCGUCUCCUCCCCCGUCCACAUACACCGUGCCAUGUUUGCUUGAAAUGAACUGGUCACAUGACCCGCUACGUCACGUCCGGUUACAGAGAAUUGCGAGAAUAGUGUUUCCAUUACACUUUUGCGAUAUACUUCUAUAUCGAAACGUCUGAAAAACCACCUCAUGAGAGCGUAAAAACUUUUUAGCGAUAUUUGAGAGGUUUUUCGAAAUUUAGUUGUUUCCAUUACCAGUUUUCUAUUGCGAUAUUAAGGUUUUGCGCAAUUCAGUGGGUAAUGGAAACGCAGCUAGUUACAUUGGGCAUUCAUGGUUUUAUUUUUUAGUACAGAUAGUUACAUUGGGUGUUCAUUGUUUAAUCUAUGGCAAAGAUAUUUACAUUGGGUGGUGUGGUUUUAUUCUGUAGUACAGACAGUUACAGUGGGUGUCCUUGGUUGGAUUCUGUAUUAGGGACAGUUACAGUGGGUUCAUGGUUCUAUCCUGCAGUACAGAGAGUUAUAUCUGGGAUUCAUUGUUUGAUUCUGUAGUACAGACAGUUACAGUGGGUGAUCAUGGUUUAAUUUUGUGUUACAGUUACAGUGGGUGUUAAUGGUUUGAUUCUGUGGUACAAUGUAGUGGUGCACUGAUCACAAGUCUGUGGCCGAUUACCGAUCUUUAAAAAAAUGGACCUGCUUAUACUGAUUUUGGCUGAUACUGAUUAUGUUUUAUAUAACUGACAGCAUUCACCUUCGAUGUUUCAGUCUUAUUUGAAUGAAAAACAUUGAACAAUACCUGUUUUACAAUACAAACUUUUUGUGUUUGUUGUAACUGCACAUGAAAUAAUAACCUACAGGACAAACGAACAACUUCAACCACCAAUAAACUGUCCUGAGUUUUUGGUUUCCUUGUAGUCCAAAAAGAAAAAAAUGCCCAAAUGCAGCAGCUUUGUGGUUAUUUGAAUGUAAAAAUAUAGAUCUAGAAAAACUUGCAACAGCUUACAGGACAAGAGCUCUAAAAGUCAAACACUCUACAAAAAGUGCAGCAUGUGUAAUGUUUUCAAAAAUCAGCAGUAAUAAGAGUUGACAUGGCCCUGGUAAAUUGUUUUUACAGACUUAUUGUAGUCACUUUUACAUUAGUGGCAGAUUUUUCUUGAUAACAAAAGCAUUUUUGCUUUUGCACCAGACAGGCGACUUCCUUUCUAAUUAGCUAAAUGUCCAGCCAAGCUAAACAGGCGCUCGCUCUCAGUGCUUGUGCAUUGGGCAGAGAGAUAGGCUCGUGUAUCAAUUUAAAUUUAUGAUAAAUGUCUGAAGAUUAAUAAUCUUUAUUUAUGACAUUUAUGCACUCGUUUAAAGGGGCACCACCAUAGACCAUAUACUAUGGACAACCUGGUUCCACCUUCCGCCUGUAUACGGAUUUGAAGCCAAAAAGCUCUCGGUAUUUCCGGGUUUUUCUCCACUUCCUUGAAACCAGAGCUGCGCAGUAGCGAUGCGCGCAUUCGGCCGUGCAGUCGCCGAGAGUCCCUGUGAUGACGCUCGGCUCAAACAGCGUAUCCCCCCCGGGUGAGCUACGCAAUCCCUGAACGCCCAUAGGCUGUACCAGGUGUCAAUCACAGAAAACAUGAACCCCCUCAUAACUUUUAAAAAUGGAGCUGUACAGAAAAAGGAGGACUUGGGCACAAACCAGUCUUACAAUAACUACAUGUCAACAUCACAAGCAGGGGGGAGAAAAAUUUAUGUUCUGUGUAAUAAAUUUAUAAAGUUUGUCCACAGUCCCAUAAGCUUUGCUGGCGGAGGCGGGAUUUAUGACCCAGCGAGGAGGCAGACUCUGUCCAUUCUUUAUACACUCUAUGGGCACCACCCACCCUUUUGGGAAAAUAAAGAAAAACAAAAAACAACAAAUUUUAAUUCAGAAAUCAAACAUUAAGUCAAUCUUAAAUUAAUCAAUCUCAUAUCUUAAGCCGAAAUUCUCAUUUCAGGGACUCCACUUCAGGAAGAACACUAACAGACAGGAACUUAGAAAAAUAAUGAUCUGUUUAUUACAGGAUAAAUGAUGGUACAACAUAUAUGCAAUAAAUGAUAAGAUAAUGAGGAUAAAUAAUGAUAGGUGAAUAAUAAAAGAUUCUUAGUCAGGCUAGGAGCACUAAAGUUAAUGAUAGUGAGUGAAUAUGCCCUAACAUAUUAACCUACACUAACUUUGGUGUCAAGAUAAAUUUGGAUGUCGAUUUGGAUGAAUCUAGGAUUACUGGAAUAAGUGAAUGUCUGAGUAAUGACCAGCUCUGGAGGUUUGCAUACUUAAGUGAGACUGGUCCUUGGAGAAGAUGGAGCAGGUACCGCAGGUACAGGGCUACCAGCUGUUCGAGCGGUUCCGCUCAGAUGACGACCAAAGUCAGCCGAAAGAUGGGCCAGGAGUUGCAGCACUCGGGCCCGCAGCAAAAGCCUGCACCUGUGGAUCCUGUGGAUGCUAGUUUAGUCCCACUCAAAACUCUGGCACAGAGGAUGACUUUGGGCCUGCCAGGUGGUGUUCAGAGGUGACUUUGAAAUCACGCAGAUAACUCAAAAAAAAAUAAAAUAAAAGGCUAAAUCUUAAACUGCUAUGCUCACAAAAAGUUGAAAUUUCACAACUUGAACUAAGAAAAUGGUCAAGAAAAAUCAACAUGAAUGAACACGUGGCGUAAAACUUAGAAGGCUAAGAAAAAGUAAGACGUAGUAAAAAUAAUAAGAGCUAAAAGAAAAUAAAGAGGAGGGCCAAGAGAAGACCCGGGAAGACAAGUGGGAGGAAAAACAGUGACAGCAACCCUAACUUUACUAAUUUUUUUCAUUGUGCUUUGUAUACAUAAUCAAUUUUUAUGACUUGCAUGUACAUAAAGAAGUAUACUUCAGUAAAAACGAUUUUCUAUUUUUAAUUUGGUUUUGUCAAUGUAGCUGUAGGCUAAUAUUAAUUAUGGCUAGAAUAUACACUAUUCAUAGUAACUUGCCUUGGAUCAAGAACAGUGGCCAAUCUAGGACUGGGCGAUUAUAUGAUCGAUGAUCGUGAUAAAUUUCAGUUCGAUCACAUUGAUCAGCGGUAAGCCUAUUUACUUGAUCAGACAUAGCGGAAAUGUGCGUCACAACAUUUAAUCAGAGUCGAGCUUUCCUGCCCACUUCUGUACGUUACCGGAAAAAUAAACAGGAGAAGUAAACGUCAACACAACAAAUCUGUUUAAUCAUUUGAGGAAGUACUUCCCGAGUGAUUAUGCGGAAAGCAUGAAAAUGCAAGUGGAGUCUGCACAGCCUGUCACUGCUGACGGCACAAGUAGCAUUAGCGGUUUAGCUACAAGUAGUGGUGCAGCCACCAGACCAAAGCAGCAAUCAAUCAUAUAAUACCGGCCAACACUCCUGCUUUUCCCAGGACAAAAUGAACAUUUCAAGGAAAGGGAAAAAGAAACGCGAGAUACGCGAAAGUGAUGCGUUCAGGGCAGCCUCAGAUAAAACAGUUCUGUAUUGCAUGCACAGAUGUUCAGAGAGCCUCAUACAGGAGAGCAUGUAAAACAUAUGAGGACUUUAACACUAACAUUCGUGGACUAAAUAAGUUCAAGGCAUAUUGUAGCUAUUAUGUUUUUUAAUUACCAUUUGUUAUUGUUAAAACACAAAAGUGAGCAGCUUUAAUUAUACUUAUUUGGAUGAGCAAUCUAAUUACAAAUACUCUCAUAAUUAGCUAAUAUCCACCAUACAAGGUAACCCCAAAACUGCCUGGCGCACGCCACAAAAAUCUCCCGGAUUUUAUUACCCAAAUGUUGGCAGAUAUGCAUAUCAUUUACGUUUACAUCAUCUAAUGUUUACAUUUUAAAGCAUCUUCAUUAUCUCCGAGGGGGCGAUUUGUUUAUUUUGGGUCUUGCAUACCUGCAAAAGCACUCAGGACUGUAAACUAGUUCAUUGUAUUACUUAGUAUUUAUUAUCUACAUUUGUUGUACUGUUGAGUUCAAAUGUUUUUUAGAUUUUUCUGAGUGUAUCUUAUCCAAUUUGCUUUAACGUUGUAUGUUGAUAAUAUGUUGAACUAAUCUCUAGUUUUUAUAGUUUUUAGUACAGCUGCUUUAAAACUGGCAGUUUAAAAAAAAAAUCGUGAUAAUAAUCGAGAUCGGACGAUAUGACAAAAUAUAUCAUGAUCGUUUUUUUUGCCAAAUUGCCCAGGCCUAGGCCAAGCUGUACAGGGGCUUAGGCUCAAUGUUGCUGAAUCUUCUCACAACAGCUUCCAAUAUUUGUGGCUUUAGCUGUACCCACACCAUGGUCUGUGUCUGCUUGCCUCUCCAUAAGCCGUUUUAGUGCAGUGAUGGCUGGGAUGACAUCUGCGGCUGUAGCUGCUGAUGAGCUGAUCUCCUUUGUGAGUUCCUCAAAAGGUGCGAGGAUGGUCAGCACAUUGUCCGUAAGUUUCCACUGGUGUGCAGUGAGUGUGGCUGGUAACUCGUGCUCAUCUGCAUACACGCCAAUAGCAUGUCUCUGCUUCAUCAGCGACUGCAACAUGUAGACCGUGCUGUUCCAUCUUGUUGUAACAUCUUGUUGCAGUCGCUUCCUGGGCUGACCUAACUGUGUCUGUAUCUCGUAGAGGCUGGAAAAGCGAGGGAUGAAUGCUUAAAAUGCCUGACAAUUCUCCUUCCCGUUGCCACAACAUCUGCAAUGCUGCGUUGCGCAAAUUGUCCCUUGUUUAUGAGUUGCAGUGUGUGUGCCAGACAAGGCAAACUUUUUAAGUUGGCAUCAUCCAGUGCUUUGGCCAUAUUAGGAGUGUUGUCCCGCAAGACAACGUGAACUCUUGUUUGAUCAAUUCCCCACUGAUCCAACAUUGCCUUAAACUCUGCUGAUAAGUUGGCAGCAGUGUGAAACACCUGCUACUGACUUUGUCAGUUUUGGUUAUUUGGGGCUAUCUUUGUUGUUUAAAUUGUUGGGGUGAUAAAGAUUGAUCCAAUAAAAAUGGUGUUCCUUCUUAUUCAUUAAUAGUAAUAUUAAUGUGAACUGUUACUUAUGUCAUUGAAAUCCAGACCAAAUAAGAAAAGCACUAAUGUAAAUGAAAAUAUCCCUAACGUAUUGUGAGUAGUGUAUGAAUUUAACGUUGGGAAUAUUAGACAUUUGGAGAGGGACCCAGCCACACGAGAGAGAGUAUGCGUUUUACUCUGCUCAACACUCCACCUAACACAUGAAUCGACUACUUUUUUGUCUAGAAGAUAGAUUUAGAGUGAUGAAAUGUGAGAUUGGAACCUCUGAUCUCACAGAUCAUUGUACCCUUUAUUUAAAGCUACAUUUAAGCCAAAGUUAGAAAAGCACAACAUGAAGAUUGGAUCUUAGCAUGCUUAAUGACAAAACAAUGCUAAGGAAAAUAAAUUGUGAUAUCAACACAUCGAGAAAAGAGAACAAUAAUGGAGAAAUAGACCCCACUAUCCUGUGGGAUGCCCUGAAAGUGGUGAUUAGGGGAAAAUAAUAUCCUAUACAGCUCCUCUUUUUAAAAAAAAAAGGAAAAAAAAAUAGAAUAGAAGAAUACACUAAAAAAAAGGUAGAGCUUAAAAAACUAGAGAGCCAACAUAAAAUCACGAAUAACCCAGAUCAACGCAGUCUCCCUCCAAAAUGUAAAAUACUAAUGUUGGUCAUGUCGCUCGAAUGACUGCAGUAUUUCUCCCUGCUUCAACAAAAAACAUGGAGGACUUCCCCUCAGCUGAAGUCUGUCCGCAGAAAAGACUGGGCAGAUGAAACGUACCCGUGUCACAAUUUCAGAUCCGUGUUUGUGAAAUGACUACAUUUUGUGCAGUGGACCAAUGUAGGUAUUUCACGUUAUUGAGUGAGACUGCUUUGCCCAGAUACUAUAAAAAACAACUCAUAACCUGCCUCAGGUGACUUAGAGUUAAAUAGAACUUUUUUAGAUACAUUAGGUCUACUAGCACUAGGGAAAUCCCAGGAUACAAUUUUUGGUUCAGUGAUUACUGAUAGAGAAUUGUAAAAUGCAGUUAAGAAACUAAAACCAAGUAAGGGACCUGGAAAGGAUGGCUUCCUGCCUGAAUGGUAUAAAUAGUUAAAAAUAACUAAACCCAAUUGUACUUACUUCACUUACUAUACAGUUAAAACCAGAAGUUUACAUACAUUAUAUAAAAAGGCACGUAACCUUUUUUUCCUCACUAACAUUAAAUCAGAUAAAACUUUUCCUGUUUUUGGUCAAUUAAGAUUACCAAAAAAAUUGUAUUUGCUAAAUGCCAGAAUAAUGAGAGAGUUAAUUUUUUAGACAUUUUUUAUUACUUUCUCAAGGUUUACAUACAUUUCAUUAGUUUUUGGUAGUUGCCUUUAAAUUGUAUAACUUGGGUCAAAUGUUUUGGAUAUGCUUCCACAAGCCUUUCACCAUAGUGUGUAGAAAUUUUGGCCCAUUUCUCCUGACAGAACUGGUGUAACUGAGCCAAGUUUGUAGGCCGCCUUGCUUGCACAUUCCUUUUCAGUUCUGCCCAUAAAUUUUCAAUAGGAUUGAGAUCAGGGCUGUGUGAUGGCCACUUCAAAACUCUGACCUUGUUAUUCUUACGCCACUUUGUAACCAGUUUGGUAGUAUGCUUAGGAUCACUAUCCAUUUGGAAAACCCAUUUGCGCCCAAGCUUUAACUUCCUGGCUGAUGUCUUGAGAUGUUGCUUCAGUAUUUCCACAUAAUGUUCUUUCCUCACGAUGCCAUCUAUUUUGUGAAGUAUACCAGUCCCUCCUGCUGCAAAACAACCCCACAACAUGAUGCUGCCACCACCAUAUUUCACAGUUGGGAUGGUGUUUUCAGGCUUGCAAACUUCCCCUUUUUUCCUCCAAAUGUAACAAUGGUCAUUAUGGCCAAAAAGUGCCAUUUCAGUUUCAUCAGACCACAGGAGAUGUCUUCAAAAAAUAAGGUCUUUGUCCCUGUGUGCAUUUGAAAACUAAUCUGGCUUUCUAGGUUUCUUUUGGAGUCAUGGCUUCUUCCUGGAAGAGUGGCCUUUCAGCCCAUGUUGGUACAGGACUUGUUUCACUGUUGAUAAUGACACUCUUACCAGCUUCAGCCAGCAUCUUCACAAGGGCUUUUGCUGUUGUUUUUGGGUUGAUAUUCACAUUUCGGACCAAAGCACGUUCAUCUCUAGGACACAAAACCCAUCUUCUACCUGACCGGUAUGAUGUCUGGACAUUCCCAUGGUGUUUAUACUUACGUACAAUUGUUUGAACUGAUGAAAGUGGCACCUUCAGGCAUCUAGAAAUUGCACCCAAGGAUGAACCAGACUUGUGUAGGUCUACAAUUCUCUUCCUGAUAUCUUGGCAGAUUUCUUUUGAUUUUUCCCCAUGAUGUUACACAAAGAAGCAGUGUGUUUCAGGUGUGCCCUGAAAUACAUCCACAGGUGUGCCUCUAAUUAACUCAAAUGUUGUCAAUAAACCUAUCAGAGGCUUCCAAAGGCAUGAUAUCUUCAUCUGGACUUUCCCAAAUUGUUUAAAGGCAUAGUCAUCUUUGAGUAUGUCAACUUUUGACUCUCGAGAAAGUAAUAAAAAUUGUCUAAAAAAUACUCUCUCUCAUUAUUCUGGCAUUUAGCAUAUAAAAAUAAUUUUGGUAAUCCUAAUUUACCAAAAACAGGAAAAGUUUAAUCUGAUUUAAUGUUAGACGAUGAGAAAAAAAGGUUUGUGCCUUUUUAUACAGUGUAUGUAAAAUUCUUGUUUGAACUGUACAUCAAAAACUGUGCCCCCUCAUCAAAUGAAUGAAUGAAUGACGCUUUAAUAACAGUGAUCCCCAAUGUAGGCAAGAACAAAGAGCUAUGUGAAAAUUACAGACCUAUAUUGAUACUUGAUUGGGAUUAUAAGAUAUAUACAACCAUUUAAUGUAAUAGAUUAGAAAACUUAAUACAAGAAUUAAUUCACAGACAAAUCCGGCUUUAUAAAGGGAAGACAGACACAUAUCAUAUAGCUGCCAUAUCAUAUGGCUACCAUAUGAUGAAAAUAUUAAACCAGGGGCUUUAAAUCAGAGGUUCAAACAAUGGGCUAAGAGAGGCACAACAAUAAUUAAUACAAUAAUUGAAAAGGGAGAAAUCAGAACCUUUCUAAAACUAAGAGGAGAAAAUGAGUUGGAUAAACAAUUUUUUUUAUGUAUCUAGAGAUCAGAGAUUAUUUUCGUAAAGAGAUUAAGCCAGAUCUCCAAAAAGAGCAAAACAGGCAUAUUGUUGCAAUGUGUAACACUUACAAAAACUUAGUUAAAGACCAAUAUUGGUGCUUUAUCAAAGUCUGGUGAGCAGUAAAACACCAUCAACUCUUUAUAUAAGGGACAAAUGGGAAAGGGAAAUAAAGAGGUAAAUAACGGAAAAGGAAUGACACAUUAUGUGCAGGACUUUGAUAAAGACAUCUACCCCUAGAUACUGGAGAAAAUUCUGUGGGAAGAACAUUGUCAGAUUUUCUUUUCACUUGUAGUAUGAAGAAAAGCGUUUUGCAGGUCUCACAGCCCUGUUGGAGAAAGUGUGGAGAGCAGGAAUGUUGAUCAUACCCACAUCUGGGGAAAGUGGGAAAAAUAGAACAAAUAUUCUGUUGACAGCACAUAAAAAAAUUGACAACUUUAAUGGAGGCUUCAUGGACAACUUUUUUUCUCUUUGUAGCACAAUGAUUUUUCUAUUUGACUGUAUGUCUUGUUUUUGUUGUUAUUGUUAAAAAAUGCUUAUAAAAUUUAAGUUAAAAAAAGAAAGUUGACCCCUUUUUUACUGGCUUAGCCAGUUUCUUCCACCUGCACUUUGUUUGGUUAUGCGGAUAGAUAUGCACAUCAGACACAAAGGACUGACAGAACUUCACAGCAAGUGUUUUGCUAUUUUCACAAAUUAAGCAGGCAUUACGGCUUUUACGAGUAAGUUUGACAGCCCUAAUUUAUAUAUGGAUAUGAAAGAAUUGCAUUACAUAUAGAUAGAGUGCCUUAACCAGGGUUGCUACACAGAUGGAAUUUCCAUACCAUAAUUUUUAGAAUUAUUUUUGGAAAUACCUAUUUUUCUAUUAUAAAAAAAACGUGUUUUUGAACUGUGGUAAUAGUCUGGAAACAAAUAUUUUUCCAUACUUUAUUUUUCAUUUUUCAUGCUUUUUAAGACCUGGAAAUUGAUCAAAGUACUUCCAUACUUUCCAUACUUGUGUAGGAACCCUGCUUAGCCUAUUUUUCAAUUUUUUUCCAGUUUGAAUUUCACCCUUAUUUGGUGUUUUUGAUGGUUUGAUUCCCAGCCUUUGCCUGUAACUGAAUAUUUGAGCUCACUCUCUGUUCCACACUUCCUGUCUCUAUUUCUGAAUCAGUUCCCCCUUUAGAUGUGAUGAGUAACCUUUAAUUUGAAAAUUUAUCAUAAUGACUAGUUUACAUCCAUUUUUUCAGAUAACUCAGCCCACUUCCAAGACAUCAACCAACAAGUUGCUGACCCUGCUUCUCUCGCUGCUGCCAUCUUAAGCUCCACCAAAACCAGGCAAAGCAGAGCCUGCAGAAACCUUCAGGUCCCUCUGGUCAACAUGGGCCAGCCACUCCGUGGGCCACUUACAGGCCAGAGCAGCCAGAGAGGCCCCACCUACUCAAAGGAAAACCCAAAUCAAUUCAAUGCUAAUGAAAACGCUAAUGCUAACCUUUCUGCUGCUUCCUCAGUUAUAAAAACAAGCCAGAUCUCCACAAAUCCAGCAUCAGAUGUAACCCAGUCCCCCAUGACAUCACUUCCUGCGGCUUAUUAUCAGACAAUAAAAGAGCCAGUAUGCGGGGAAGACACACCCACAGCUGAGGAAGGACAGGUGAGUGAGUGAUUGCAGGUGUAAUCGUAAAGGGGUUGUAGAUUCAGUGAUGUUGAUUGAUUCUGGGAGAAAACAAGAAAAAGACAAGUGAUAAUUAAGAGAGAAGCAAACUGAUAACAUUAAAAAAUUAAAAAAGCAUUAAAAAAACGAGUCGCAAAGUUCACAGAAAAAAAAAAACUUGCAACAUAUUUUAAAAAAUCUAUUUAAUUCAUGUAAGAAGACAGUAUUUCAGCAGAUUAUAUACUGUCGGUAGGCCUGUCAUGAUAACAAUUUUUGCUGGACGAUAAUUGUGCUACAAAUUAUUGCCGAUAAACGAUAUUAUUGACACAGUUUUUUAAAUUAUAGAUAAUGAUAAUAUAAGGCAUAAUAAUGCGAGUACACCAUGUCAAAAGCAAUAAACUUUAAUUGCUCAAGAUUAAGAACUUUGAACUAGGAUGAACAAAUAUAAUAAUAAUAUAUGGUGGUAUAUGGUAUAAUAUAAUAAACAGACCUUGUCUCUGGUACGGAACAAAAACUUCACUCCACACUUAACUAUUAAAACAAUAAAUAAAGUGGAGUCUCGAGUCUGUAAACAAAAUUGCACUGAAUAAUUAGCUUUGGGUGCUAUUCCUCAACAGGUCAACAAAGAACAUGCAUGCGCACCUCAAACACAUUUUUCAGUUAAUGGCCUCUAACUUUUUCUUUAUUGAUGGAAUACAGCUUAGAAUCGUUCAGGACAUACCUGACGGGCUACAAGAUAAACUAGAAAAUCAGCAUCUUGUUUCGUUAAACUGCGCCUAGGUGGUGCUGUGUAAUGUCUACAAAAAAAAUGUCAAUCUGUGAUUUUGCUAUAGAUGUAUACAGCCACAUGAAAUCUGGUACACAAAUCAAAAGGGGUGCCUGCUUGAAGGGCUCCAAUGUCAAAAUUUACACUUUUGUUGGACCCCAAGAUGAGCAAAAAGUGCUCAAAUUUCAAAAUGAAGAUCCCAACUAAAAAUGGCUCUCUAGCACCCCGUACUACAUUUCAAAAUGUGACCCUCACUCCUGUGUGUGACCCAAACCUGUUGAAUCAAUGACACUUAUGUUGGACCCCAAGAUAAACACAAUGGCAGCCAACUAAAAAGGGCUUCAUAGUGCCCCCUACAAAAUUUGAAAAUGUGACCUUCGCUGCUGUGUGUGACCGAAACCUGUUGAAUCAAUGACACUUAUGUUGGACCCCAAGACAAACAAAAAGGGGAGGUGGUCCUCAGAGGCGCCACACAUCUCAGGCCCAUUGAUUCCCUGCGGGGCGCUUGUUUAUUAGGCACGCAAGGCAUGCACAUAUUGUUAUCAUUCGGGCAGGUACAGUAACAGCCCCAAAAUGCAGAGCCAUUUUUAGUAUGCCCUGCAACUAAAAUGGCUUAUGCCCUGGUGUUGCAGGGCAUACGCCCCUGAAAUGGGGAGGGGGUGAUGAAAAAAAAAAAAAAAAAAAAAAGCCCCCCAAAAUUCCCCAUUAGUGUGUAUUGCGUGCCAAGGUGUAUAUUAGUAUCCUAGAUGGCUGGUUAAUUUUUUUUAUUAUUAUAGAUGCACCUUUAAAAUGUUCAACUACAUCAAAACAUCGACAAGGGACCUAUGAUUUCAUAAGUGUAGAAGGCUUGUCGAUAUCUGGUAUGGUUUGGCCACAGUAACUGAUCAAGCAAGGGGUGCAAACAAGGAUUUUCCGUUUUUUUCAGAGUGAUGACUCAUCAUUUUAGAGUGAAGAGAAGUGAACAUGUAAUCUAAAUUUUUGAUUUCUAAAUCGCUGCCACAGCCACAAUUUUCACUCAAAACACGCAAAUUAUACAUCAAAACAUAGGAAAUCAUCGUCGCACCAGUAACAUCGUCAAAUGCACCUGAGGUGACUGCGUCCCUGAACAAAGACUUGGAAAACCUCCGGGAGUGGGCCGAUGCCUGGAAGUUUCACUUUUGAGCACAGCAAGUGCAAGGCGAUAAUCCUGUCCAGAAAGAGGAAUCCCUCUCGACCCGACCUGUACUUUGGGACCACCAAGAUCACACUUAGUGAGCAGAUGGAGGUGUUGGGUCUUUCUAUAGACAGCAAGCUCACAUGGACCAGCCAUCUGUCCAACAUCUGCAGACGUGCUGGACAACGUCUUGGUGCACUGCGUAAGCUGGCCAACAAGCUUGAUGCCAAGGGCAGGGCCAACAUUUAUAAGACCCAGGUCAGGAGCAUCAUGGAGUACUCCUGCCUGGCCUGGAUGAACGCUUCUCCGACCACUCUUAGGCAGCUAGACCUCAUCCAGAAGAAGGCUCUAAAAAUCAUCGGGGUGGAUGAGGACCUUGCCCUUCAGCAGUACGCCAUCAGCAAGCUGGAUCACCGGCGAACAGUUGCAGCAACAACCGUUCUCUAUAAAAUGCACACCCCCAACUGUCCAGUGGACCUCAAAGCUCUGCUACCCCAAGCCCACACUGUGGGAAGAAUCACCCGGAGAGUACUGCCAAGUCACGCCCUGAAAAAUUACAAAAAAAUACAAAAUUCGUUUGUAUAUUAUGAAAAAAAUAUAACUGCAAAAGCUUUGCAAUUUUGUACAGGAAUAAAAAACACUUUCAAAAUUAUGCCGAAUAUUGCAGAAACUAAAUUGUAAUAGAUUUAGAGUAAUUUCAAAGAAGUUUUCAAAACAGAAGUCAUGGCCGGACGGUCGCACCACAUGAUAUUUUGACCCUUUGAAGUUCAGAAAAAUUACAAAAAACUCCUGAUUUUUGAAAAGUUGAAGUGGCUCCAUAUAUUAGAGAGAUACUACAAAUAGAUAGUAUAUAUUUUUCACAUUUAAAACUCUUUGUAACAUAAAGAAAAUACAGCCGGACAGAAUAUUGAGGCGUCACGUCAUUGACCCAUGUAUGUGUAUGUAUGUAUGUAUGUAUUUAUGUAUGUAUGUGUAUGUAUUUAUGUAUGUAUAUAUGUAUGUGUAUAUAUAUAUAUAUAUAUAUAUAUAUAUAUGUGUGUGUGUGUGUAUGUAUGUUUGUAUGUAUGUAUAUAAAAGUCUCUUGGAGAGAUUCCUGUAUGACUUUCUUUACACGGGUUACACCUUCACUCGAUUUUAGUCAUGUGAUUCGGUCUCACAGCGGUCAAUUGGACACCAAACAUGCAUCUGUAAUGUAAAAGCAGCAAAAACCAACAUUUUUUUCAGUUUAUGGCCUGUAAGUCCUUCAUCGAUGAGAUGCAGCUGUGAUUUCCUCAGGACACACCUGGCACAGCAACAAAGCCACAAGAAAAAUCUGCGCCUUGCUUUGUUUAGUGGUGUGCAAUGGUGGCAGUGCACACAGGGGUUGCAGUACACUGCUUGGGCCUGCCAGUGCCCAGCAGGGCGCUUGUGAACAGGUGUCUUUAUUAAAAUCACAGAAGGCUGUGUUCAUAUUCUGAUGGGUUUUUUUACAUUUCAAAUCAAUAAUUCUGAUUUUAUAUUGAUGUCAAUUUAAAAAAAUCAUGAAAGAAAGAAGAGCUUGUUAUCGUUGUCUAGUUAGAAACUGAAAUCAGAGAAACAGGAAUUACCAGGUGUUACAGAAAAUAAUUUUCAUUCUGAUACAUGAGCUCUUCCCCUUACUGUCAGUCUUCAUUAUUAAAAAAAUAGCACAAAGUCCAUUUUAGCCAAUAACAAAAUGAUCAUCAUUCUUCAACACUAAAAAAAUUAUAAAAACAAAUAUUGACUAUUUUAUUAAAAUAUUGCUCUAAAGGACACUUAGUGAAACCUGUUUCUGCUUACCUUUCAGAGCACUACACACAGGACAAGCUGUGGGGAAAGGACAACACCUAUGAAGCAACUAGGUGAGACAAGAAACAACCAGGUUAGAUACAAAACAACCUGGUUGGAUACAAAACAACCAGGUAAGUGACAAAACAACCAAAUCAGAUAAAUGACAACCGGAUGACACACAAAACAACCAGGUCAGAUACACAACAACCAGGUGAUAUGCAAAACAACCAGGUGAGACACAAACAUUAAGAGUGGUCUCCCCUCUUUCAACAUUACAUUUUUUGUAAUGUUAGACAUUAAACACAGUUUGUUACUUCAGAGGGUUUUCCUUCUGUGUUGUGAACUUCAACCUUUACAAAUUCACUGAAAAACAAAUUGAAGCCCAUUUUGGGGAUAGUAAAAAUAAAAAACUCCAAAGCUUUGAAUCUGGACUGCGUGCACAGAAAAUACAUGAUCUUAAAGCUAAGUUUGCGCGAUCUACCACCAUCCUCACUCAUUCAUUCACUGCCCAAUAAUGUGCAAAUGAGUGUUCGCUCCGAGUUGCAUGGGCUGGUCAGUGACUUAUAUGGGACAUAAAGAUCUAAAGAGGAGAUAGAGACAGACUCUAGCUCAGUGUGCCAGAUAGCCCCGGCAGUCUAGACCUAUAGCAGCAUAACUAAGAGCUGGUUCAAAUCAGCCCUGACUAUAGGCUUUAUCAAAGAGGAACGUUUUAAGUCUACUCUGGAAAGUUGAGAGUGUGUCUGCCCCCCGAACCUCGAGCGGUAAAUGAUUCCAGAGGAGAGGUGCCUGGUAGCUGAAAGCUCUUCCUCCAAUACUACUUUUAGAGACAUUUGGUACAACGAGCAGGCCUGCAGACUGUGAGCGUAACGGUCUAGAUGGAAAGUACGGUAUAACUAGCUCGUCGAGAUAUGAUGGAGCCUGGCCGUUAAGCGCUUUAUAUGUCACAAGGAGGAUUUUAAACUCAAUUCUAUAUUUAAUAGGGAGCCAGUGAAGAGAGGCUAAACAGGAGAGAUGUGCUCCCGUCUUCUGGUUCUAGUCAGUACCCGAGCUGCUGCAUUUUGGACCAGCUGAAGAGUCCUUAAUGACUUACUAGAGCAGCCUGAUAGGAGAGAAUUACAGUAAUCCAGCCUAGAGGUAACAAAGGCAUGGACUAGUUUUUCUGCAUCGCUCUGAGACAAUAUGCGUCUAAUUUUUGAGAUAUUGCGCAGGUGGAAAAAGGCUGUCCUGGAAAUUUGUUGAAUGUGGGAGCUAAAAGAUAAAUCCUGAUCAAAUAAAACUCCCAGAUUUCGCACAGUGGGGCUGGAUGCCAGGCUGAUGCCAUCAAAUGUAGCUAAAUUACUAGAGAAUGCCUCUCUAAGGUGUUUAGGACCGAGGACCAGAACUUCAGUUUUGUCUGAGUUGAGCAUUAGAAAGUUAUUGGUCAUCCAGGAUUUUAUAUCUUUGAGGCAGGCUUCUAACCUGGCAACCUGGCCUGCUUCCUCCGGCUUCAUUGAUAGGUAUAGCUGGGUGUCAUCUGCAUAACAGUGGAAAUUAAUCGAGUACUUCCUAAUUAAUUUAAUGACUCAGCAGAAAAGCUCCAGGAUGACUUAAUUAAUGACUUAAUUAAUUCACAGGUCCCCACUCAGCUUUCAGUCAGUCAGCUGUUCUUGACAAGUUGUUAGGGUGAUUUUCUUCAGCGAGUCAUGUCAUCCUUGUGGGGGGUGGAGCUGUGUCACUCAAAUACUUUGGAUACUUUGGUGCUAGAUUUCUGGAGCCAUGGGCCUCUGACAACCAUCCUCAGCAAGGACCUUGUACCCAUGUUUAACAUAGCUCAGGCUCCCAAAAUACGUAAUGCUUUGUUAUUAACCUUCAUGGACUCUCCUUCAGGGCAACAAGAUGCAAGCAGAAUGUUUGGAAACUUGGACGGCUAUACCUGAACAUUCUCAGACCAGUCCUUGUUACACUUGGGGCAUAAAAAAGCUGUAACCCAGAUCUGCGACCAGUAAAGCUUGUCAAAAUGAUCAUUUGUGUGGACCUCCCAUUCUUUAAAGUGUGAACAUGGGCUCAGCAAACCUCUUCUUGUCUCCUUGUGUCUUCUCUUGUCUCUGAGUGUUUUUUAAGCGUCUGAUUUGUUUGUUAUUCAGCAGCGGAACAGACAGAGCAGCAGGUGGAGUGGAGGACAGUGGAGCAGCAUAAGGAGGAGGAGCGGAGGCGGAGGCGGGAGCGGUACAAAGAGAAGCGUUUUUUCUGCGAGCACUGUAGCAAAGGAUUCCAUCAGAAGCACCAGCUGAGAAAGCACGCUGCUAGCCACUCAAAACCCUUCCCCUGCACUUCCUGUGACAAAGGUUUCUUUAAGGCCUCAGGUCUACAGCGCCACCUGCUGGUACACCAGCUAAGUGAUGCCCGCCAAAGUGACCCUGACCACCUGCUGAGCUGCGAUCAGUGUGACAGAAAGUUUGGUAGACUGCGGCAGCUCAGAGCUCACCAGCUGACUCAUCAGCUUCAGAAAAUGCCACUCAGGUGUAAAGUCUGUGAACGCAGCUUUACCUCAGCAAGCUCACUCAGGCACCAUCUGGUGUCACAUGCCAAAGUGAAGCCUUUCAAGUGUGAUGCCUGUGGUAAGGGUUUCACCAGGAAGAAGAGUCUACAGGAGCACCAGACCAUCCACACUGGUGCCCGACCAUACCGCUGCCCCAUCUGCAACAAGACCUUCUCCACCACUGGGAACCUGCGCGUCCACCUGAGGUCUCACUCCGAGGAGCGGCCACAUAAGUGCAGCGAGUGCAACAAAGCCUUCAAGAGCAAGAUGGGACUGCUUCAGCAUCGACUCGUACACUCAGGAGAAAAACCCUAUGUAUGCCAGACUUGUGGACUCAGCUUUAGCCUUAAGUACAACUUCCAGAGACACCUGCGCCUGCACAGCGGGGAGAGGCCCUACAGGUACACACACACUGUAGGUGGUCCAGUUGUUGUUUUUUUUUUGUGGUGUCAUGUUUACCUGUCCUUAGUUAGUAAGACAUCUAGAACACACCUGUAUGAAGAGGUGUUCUCAGUCUUGGACUUGCUUCAAACUCUUUUGGUUAUACAGGAUAUCGAGGAACCUGCCUGGUUUAGGUUUAGCCUCAGCCCGGAUGAUUUAAUGACAGAAUAUCUGUGUGUCCAACCAGAAGCUGGUUUUAAUCAGAGCUGUUUUAUUUAAAUUUAUCUGACCCUGUAUAUAUAUAUAUACACUACAAACACAAAGUUUGGAAGCAAGGCCAUUACAGGCCGAACAGUUGGGAGUAACUUCAAGUUUUUGUUUACAAUGCUUUUUUUUAAAAUCCAGCAUGAGUUGUAUGUAUUUUGGGAUGUAUUUACUCCAUGAUCAGAUGUUGCUUUCAUGGAAAUGCACCAUUUUACUCCAUUUACCUUUAGAUAUAUAUUGAUGUUAACAGACCAUUGCUAAAUACACUCACCGGCCACUUUAUUAGGUACACCAUGCUAGUAACGGGUUGGACCCCCUUUUGCCUUCAGAACUGCCUCAAUUCUUCGUGGCAUAGAUUCAACAAGGUGCUGGAAGCAUUCCUCAGAGAGCUUGGUCCAUAUUGACAUGAUGGCAUCACACAGUUGCCGCAGAUUUGUCGGCUGCACGUCCAUGAUGCGAAUCUCCCAUUCCACCACAUCCCAAAGAUGCUCUAUUGGAUUGAGAUCUGGUGACUGUGGAGGCCAUUUGAGUACAGUGAACUCAUUGUCAUGUUCAAGAAACCAGUCUGAGAUGAUUCCAGCUUUAUGACAUGGCGCAUUAUCCUGCUGAAAGUAGCCAUCAGAAGUUGGGUACAUUGUGGUCAUAAAGGGAUGGACAUGGUCAGCAACAAUACUCAGGUAGGCUGUGGCGUUGCAACGAUGCUCAAUUGGUACCAAGGGGCCCAAAGAGUGCCCAAAAUAUUCCUCACACCAUGACACCACCACCACCAGCCUGAACCGUUGAUACAAGGCAGGAUGGAUCCAUGCUUUCAUGUUGUUGACGCCAAAUUCUGACCCUACCAUCCGAAUGUCGCAGCAGAAAUCAAGACUCAUCAGACCAGGCAACGUUUUUCCAAUCUUCUAUUGUCCAAUUUCGAUGAGCUUGUGCAAAUUGUAGCCUCAGUUUCCUGUUCUUAGCUGAAAGGAGUUGCACCCGGCGUGGUCUUCUGCUGCUGUAGCCCAUCUGCCUCAAAGUUCGACGUACUGUGCGUUCAGAGAUGCUCUUCUGCCUACCUUGGUUGUAACGGGUGGUUAUAUGAGUCACUGUUGCCUUUCUAUCAGCUCGAACCAGUCUGGCCAUUCUCCUCUGACCUCUGGCAUUAACAAGGCAUUUCCGCCCACAUAACUGCCGCUCACUGGAUAUUUUUUCUUUUUCGGACCAUUCUCUGUAAACCCUAGAGAUGGUUGUGCGUGAAAAUCCCAGUAGAUCAGCAGUUUCUGAAAUACUCAGACCAGCCCUUCUGGCACCAACAACCAUGCCACGUUCAAAGUCACUCAAAUCACCUUUCUUCCCCAUACUGAUGCUCGGUUUGAACUGCAGGAGAUUGUCUUGACCAUGUCUACAUGCCUAAAUGCACUAAGUUGCCGCCAUGUGAUUGGCUGAUUAGAAAUUAAGUGUUAACGAGCAGUUGGACAGGUGUACCUAAUAAAGUGGCCGGUGAGUGUAUAUGUCAGCAAAAGAAAAUAAGGGCUUAGUUGCAGGGUCGAAAACAUUUGCAAGAGUCACAACCUAAUGUGCAAAAGCAAAAAAAAAAAAUCACAGUUGGAUUAUUUACUUUAACUUUUUGGCUUUUGAGAGCCUGCAUACAAAAAUCCUUAUAAAUCUCAACUGCAUUCAAAAUACCGCAGAAAUGGCUAGAAAGAAGCAACUGAGUAAAGAAACAAAACAAAGGAGUCCACUGCACUCUAAGGAGACUACAGGAACCUGGAAGUUAUGAUGAUAGAAAAAGGCCUGGACGAAAGAAUUACUACAAAAGCAGAGGAUAAACAUAUCAUUGUCACCAGUAAGACAAAUCGGUGAAAGACAGCACCAAAAAUAAGCAAGGAAAUCAACAUGACAAGGUCGAAACCCAUAUCUCUGACAACUGUGAAAAGAUGUUUGAGAAAGGCUGGUUUGAAGGGUUGUGUAUCUGCAAAAAAACACUUCUUCGUCCACAGAACAAGAAAAAGAGAUAUGAGUGGGCAAAAGCUAAAAAAAAUUGGACUUAUGAUGUCUAGAAACAAGUUCUCUGGACCGAUGAAAGCAAGUUUGAACUAGGCCUGUCGCGAUAAUCAAUUAAUCGCCUUAUCGCUCGAUAAAUAAAAACGAGGUCGGUCAUUUUGCCAGCCUCGAUAAUUGACGUGCGUUUGUUUUCCUCCUCUCUCGCUACCAAAGACGCUGGAUGAGAGAAGAGGUCUCACUCUGCGCAUUUUUCUCGGCACCUGGGGGCGUUGGCUCUAUAGCGGAAUGAACGGAGUUAGUGAACCCUCCUGUCAGUCAUUCAGUGUCUUUGUCACGAGGGGGCUGGCGCGCACAGGCACACAGACACAGACUUUUGGAUACAGUGCUGCAAGUGCGCGUCGUGAGUGAAAAGCAAGCUAACAGAAUGAACACGACAGCUUUGGUGUCUAAACCGAACGCAACAGCCCAAGUGUGGGAAUAUUUCGGCUUUAAACCAGUUUUGUUUUCGUCAGCCACAAAACUCCACGUGUGUGCGUGCGCGUGUGUCUGUGUGUUGGAGGAGCACAGCAGGCUGAUGAGAGCUGUCAGAGCGGACUGAAGCUGCUCCUAUAUGUUUAGUGUUUAACUGACUGAGUUUUGAAACUCUGUUCAUCAUUUUCGUCUCGUCCCAUCAACGUAAACGCACUUUCGUCUCGUCACAUUUUAGUCAUCUCCGACUUAUGUUUAGCUCGUCAACGUUACGUCUUCAUCGUGGAAGAAAAGGGAAAUAUUUUAGUCAAUAUUUCCCUUUUUUGACGCUGGCGUUGACGAAAAUAUCUGACGAAAUAUGACGAAAACAACACUGCUUUAAACCAAAUGAAAGAGGUGAGCCCACAAAUACGGACGAGCCGAUAUGUCGUAUUUGUUCCAAAGUUGUGGUGACAAAGAAGGGGAAUACGACGAACAUGCACGUGCACCUCAAGCACAAUCAUCCCCUCCAUUUUUCUCAACUGAGCAAAAAAAGUACCGCCGGAGGUGCUGCGGAGUCAUCGUCCCGACAGGUACUGAAGCGUUUGGUAAGCAAAGCAAAUAUAAACAAAACCGUGCAAAAUGGUGCGCGCUGACAGACAGUGGAAAUUAAAGUUUAUCACUUUUGACACGGUGUACUCGCAUUAUUAUGCAAUAUAAUGUUAUCUAUAAUUUAAAAAACGGUGUCAAUAAUAUCGUUUAUCGUUUAUUGUUAUCGUGACAGGCCUAGUUUGAACUGUUUGGUGCAAUACGCAGAGUCAAUGUCCGCAGACAAACUGGUGAACGUCUGAAAGCACCAUGUGUUACACCCACAAUCAAGCAAGGAGCUGGUAGUUCCUUGGUAUAGGGAUGUUUUGCAGGUGAUGGAGUAGGAGAUUUGUUUGAAGUAAAGGGUAUAAUGAAAUAGGGACAGUACCACUCCAUCCUCCAGCAACAUGCUGUUUCAUCUGCACUCAGACUUGUGGGUCACAAGUUUGUUUUGCAGCAAGACAAUGACCCUAAGCAUUCUGCCAAGCUCUGUCAGGGUUACCUAGACAAAAAAGAAGAGGAAGAUGUUCUUCAAAAGAUGGUUUGGCCCCCUCAGUCUCCAGACCUUUCUCCAACAGGAAUACAAUCCCUGCAACAUACCUUAGAAAACUUGUGGAACGAAUGCCUCGUAUAUGCCAAGCUGUUGUUAAAGCCAGAGGGGGUUACUUUAAAGAAAGCAGUCUGAGCAACAAUAACUCAAAUACCUAAUAAUUAUAGUCAAAAUGUCUUCUGAUAAGUUACUCUUUACACAAUAGUCAUGUUUAUUGUGUUGCAAAGUAUAUUAAUGAAACUAUGAUCUUUUUUAUACAAAUCUGAUCUUGCUUUCAAACUUUUGGCCUGUAGUGUAUAUAUGAAAAAAAAAAAAGACUGUGUAGCGCAGCCUACAGUUUUCAUGCUUAGGGAGUUUCCUGCAAAACUACCCGUACACUGAUUCCACCUCCACAAAAUUUUAGUCACUUGAUAAGGGUCCAGCACUGGACAAUUUGACACCAAACUUACAUCUGUAUGUUGUAACACUACUUGGUGGAAGAGGUAUAUGCUUUUUCGGUUAAUGGCCUGUAACUUCUUUGUUGAUGGAAAGCAGCUGACAUUUAUUCAGGCCCCACCUGAUGGAGUACGAGAUAAGCUAGAAAAUCAGCACCUUGUUUCAUGAAACUGCGCCUAUGCACUCUGAAAUGUCUCAGAAAAAUGGCAAUCUGUGAUAUUGCAAAGAUAUGCACAGCCACAUGAAAUUUGGUACACAGAUCAGGAGGGGCAUCCUCUUGAGGGCUUUCAAUGUCAAUACGGAGAUCCAACCAAAAAUGUCUUCAUAGCACCCCCUACAAUAUUAAAAAAUUUAAGCCCUGCUCCAUUGUGUGACCCAUCCCCAUGGAAUCAAGGACACUUCUGUUGGACCCCGAGAUGAUCAAAAAGGUUUCCAGUAUCAAAAGUAAAAAGUAAAAAUGGCUCCAUGGUGCCCCCCACAAAAUUUCAAAAUGUAAGCCCCGCUCCUGUCUGUGACCCAAAACUAUGGAAUCAAGGACACUUAUGUUGGACCCCAAGAUGAACAAGAGGGUCUCCAAUGUCAAAAUGGACAUAAAACUAAAAAUAGCUCCAUUGCGCCCCCUACAAACUUUGGCUGAUUGGGCCCGGCUAAAAUCCACAUAUUUUGCCAUGCUCCAUAUGUAUAUGUAUGUAUUAAAAAAGGGGGUCUCUAGCACACCCUACAGUUUUCAUGCUCUGGAAGUUUCCUGUAUAACAUCCCAUACACUGGUUCAACCUCCUCAAGAUUGUAGUCAUCUGGUAAUGGUCCAGCACCGGACAAUUUGACACCAAACUUACGUCCGUAUGCUGUAAGGCCACCUGGUGGCAGAGAGGAAUGUGUUUUUUUGUUAAUGGCCUGUAAGUCCUUUUUUAAUAAUAAAAUGCAGCUGAGAAUUGUUCAGGACACACUUGAAUGUACAAAUUUUCAUAAUGAGGGUUAGUCUGGCAACACCACCCCUCAAAGACAAGUAGGGCUUUUUGCAAGCGAAAAUCUCAGUUUGGCCUCUUCCAAAGCAAAUCAUUUACACAUUCGAUGUUAUUUCUCUUCCAGUCUGUUAGGCAGACCUUGAGGAAGAUCAUAUCAAAAAAUCAUCUGUUUAGGUCAAAGGGCGUGGUCAUGGCGUCCUUCAACUUCUGACGUCUUUUUACAGUAAAUGACCUACAACACUCAAAUGCAGUCACAAGAACCAACCAUCAUAAAGGUUAGGGCUGCUGUGCACCAGGGAUCGCAGGCAGUGUGCUGGGGAGCUGGUUACAGAGCUAGCGGCACAACACUGUUCGGGCCCGUUGGUGCCCCGUGGGGCACUAGUUAUAAAUUCAAAUCGCUACAUCUGUUUAUAUGGGCGUGUGUUUAUUUGUUAGGUUGUUUGUUUGUGUGUUUGUUAUUUCUUCCUAUGUCUUCAAGGUCUACACAUUGUUUUUUGUGUUUGUUUGUUUGUUUUCAACUGUCUUUAGGAGCCUGUUGCACGAAACUAGGAUAAGGGAUUAAACUGGGAUGUCUUAGUUAUCCUGGCUCAACUUAUCUGUGAUCCGGUUGUACAAAAGCAGGCUAGAGGAGAGCAAGAUAUUUGAUGGUAUAAGUUACCAUGGAGAGUGAUCCUGUGGAGCUAGCUUGCUCCAGAUCAGACUAAGUUCCAUGAUCUCUUUAAUCUCAUCCCUCAUCUCAGUCAGCACUCACCACAAUAGUUAUUCCACUGCCCACUACACAAUGUUAUCACAUUUAACUAGACCCACUCUAAUAAUCUAAACAUUUGGGAUAUUAAAUUUUCAUCAUUUUGGAUGAAUGAUUAUUUAUGAUGAUUUUGCAAUCAUUUAAUCAUUUACAAUUUCCUAUAAAUGCCAUAUAAAUAUAAAUACACACCCACAAGAGUAACAUAAAUUUCCUUCAUUGAAUAAGUAUAAAUCAAAGCAAGUAAACCAUCAGCUCCUUUAAAACUGAAGUCACAUAGUGACUCUACAAGAUAGAAAGCACAUAAUCAAAGGGUAUUUUACAACAUAGAAUAAAUACACAUUCUCACAAGCUUGUAUACAUACAGUAUACAACAUAAGAGGCAAGUCAGUUGAAUUAAAGAAAAACACAACUUCCUCUGCCAAUGCAUGUCAUAUUUAACUGAAGUUUACAACAUGUGUCUCUGCCACUGCAAGACAUAUUUAACUUAAAUAUACAGCAUGCAUGUUAUCUUAAAUAAUUUAACACAUAUUGGUCCCUGAACGGUCUUUUCCCAGUUUGUUUGGUGACACACCUAGUUAGAAAAAUUUAAUUGAACUCGAUAUAGAUGUUGGAGAUGCAAAACCAAGAGGUUUUAUUGUGUCAAUCCUGAGAAGCAUAAGCAUCUGGACAGUGAGGUUAAGUAUAUGCUAGACAACGGUAUUGCUGAGCCGUCUUUAUCCAGUUGGGCUUCCCCCUGUUUGUUGGUCCCAAAAUCUGACAAUACUCCGAGAUUUUGUAGUGACUUCCAAAAGGUAAAUGCAGUAUCUAAACCUGACUCAUUUCCUCUUCCAUGCAUGGAGGACUGCAUUGACGGUGUAGGCCAGGCUAGGUAUGUAAGCAAGUUUGAUUCGCUAAAAGGAUACUGGCAGGUCCCUUUGCGCGGAUGAGGGAAAUGGCUGCAUUCAUCACCCCCAAAUGGAUUAAACUCUUACAAGUUGAUGCCUUUUGGGUUGCGAAAUGCUGCUGUCAUGUAUCAGUGACUGAUGAAUAUGGUGUUGGCAGAUUUGGAGGGCUGUUCAGCCUAUCUGGAUGAUGUUGUUGUCUGUUCAGAUUAAUGGUCUUCACAUGUGAAGCACAUCUGGGCCCUUUUCGCUCGCUUGGCUGAGGUGCGUCUUACUGUGAACCUUGGAAAGUGAGGCUGUGUCUCAUUUCAGAGACCGCAUCGAGCUAAGUGCACUUCUGCACCGUCGAACGGUGCAUUUGAAGCGUGCAUGACGUCACGACGGCGCGAACGGUGUCCCAUUUGGCACGAGAUGCUAAGAAAUACUAAGCGCGCUUAGCAUGUUUUCAAGCGUGCAUUUAUGCACGCUUUCGUGCCGUCGGUAUCCCAGAAUGCUUUGCGUGCCGCUGCACAGCUGCGCAUUUCAGGUGAGAGGCUGGACUCGCUUGGAGACACAGCGUGUCUUAAAAGAAAGUACAAGAAAUCCAAAAACAGCAGACAGGUCAGCUUUGUGGUUUCUGAAGAAACAAUCAAACUGAUGAUGAUCAACAUUUGUGAUCCAGAGGGAGUCGAGCUCAGACGAGCACCACGUCUCUGACACCGGCGGUAGCCUACACCUGCAGAGACACCAACACCUUAUUAUGCCAUAUGGAUUCAUAUCAUAAAUUAAAGCUCAGUGUCAUUCACGGAUAUAUACGGCUGCAUUGACAGAUAUAUCAUCAGCAUAUUCAUUUCUGCCUCCACAAAAGCAGCGAUUUCCUUCAAGUACACCAGUUUUUUUCCCCGUGGAAAAGACGUGUUUCUCAUACAUUCUUUUUUUAAGUCUUUAUACUUGACAAUGUGAUGCUGAUGUACCAAAGGAUGAAGUAUCUCCUUGUUUGUGAAACCUAUACUGAAGCAAAGUUCCUUCAAAUGCUUCAUGGUCCUAAUUUUAACAAGUCUCCUCUGAAAUAACAGGUUACAACUUCAUUCUCAUAAAUUAAUGACUUUAUUCUCGUAAAUUCACGACUUAAAUCUCGAAGUCUUUAAAGAAAAUUCUCAAUACGGCCCUCAUACUCCUUCAUACAAAACAAUCAUUGAAUUAAUUUUGUGGGAAUGAUCUCUGCUUGUAUGUAUCUACUAUUUUGUGUCUGUGCGAGGUCGCACAAUUAAAACAAUACAUGCUGCGCUCCGCAGCUUUUUUUCUAGUCAGUCGUGACGUAAGCCUGAGGGCGGGGACUUCCUGGUGGAGUUGCCAAAUGUCCCCGCCCUCAACGACUGACUUAAAGAAAACCCGCGGAGCGCAGCAUUUACUGUUUUAAUUGUGCGACCCUGCACAGACACAAAAUAGUAGAUACAUACCACCACAAUUCAUCCAAUGAUUGUUUUGUAUGAAGGAGUAUGAGGGCCAUAUUGAGAUUUAAGACUUUAAAGACUUCGAGAUUUAAGUCGUGAAUUUACGAGAAUAAAGUCAUUAAUUUAUGAGAAUAAAGUUUUAAAGUUUCCUGUUAUUUCAGAGGAGACUUGUUAAAAUUAGAGCCAUGAAGCAUUUGAAGGAACUUUGCUUCAGUAUAGGUUUCACCAACAAGGAGAUACUUCAUCCUUUGGCACAUCAACAUCACAUUGUCAUAAAUAUAAAGACUUAAAAAAAGAAUGUAUGAGAAAUACGUCUUUUCCACGGGAAAAAAAAAAGGUGUACUUGAAGGAAAUCGCUGCUUUUGUGGAGGCAGAAAUGAAUAUGCUGAGGAUAUAUCCGUUUAUGCAGCCGUAAAUAUCCGUGAAUGACAUUGAGCUUUAAUUUAUGAUAUGAAUCCAUUUGCCAUAAUAAGGUGUUGGUGUCUCUGCAGGUGUAGGUUACCGCCAAUGUCAGAGACGUGGUGCUCGUCGGAGCUUGACUCCCUCUGGAUCUCAAAUGUUGAUCAUCAUCAGUUUGAUUGUUUCUUCAGAAACCACAAAAUCUAUCUGAAUGACCCGCUGAUACAUUCACCAAUAACCCUGCAGAUGACCAGCUUCAUUCAUUUUCCCCGCCACAAAAGCAGCUUUAUGACUUUAUAUACUUUGACUUUAUUCUCCUAAAUUUACAACUUUAAUCUCUAAAUCUUAAAAGAAAAAAAACUCAAUGAUGUCCUGAUCCUCUGCUGUAGUUGUGUCAGCUUUCUAAUUUCUAAUGUUUUUGAUAGUUGAAGCAGAGCGGAUCAGUUGUCUCGAAAUACUAUAAUGUUUGGUUAAUAGAUUUUAGUGAGUUCAGAGAUCAUGCUCUCAUACAGCCUGAGCUGACUGUCUGCUGUUUUUGGAUUUCUUGUAUUUUCUUUAAAGACGCGCUGUGUCUCCAAGCGAGUCCAGCCUCUCACCUGAAAUGCGAAGCUGUGCAGCAGCACGCAAAGAAUUCUGGGAUACCGACGGCACGAAAGCGUGCAUACAUGCACGCUUGAAAAAGGGCCGGGGGUAGUGUGGUUUUGAGACCGAAUUUGAAGCGCGCUUAGUAUUUUGUGCCAAACGGGACACCGUUUGUGCCGUGUGAUGACCUCACGCACGCUUCAGAUGCGCCGUUCAACGGUUGCGGUAUCUGAAAUGGGACACAGGAAGGGUACAUAACGGCGCAAAACGGCACAAAACGGCAAUGCACUCAGCUAAGCGCUGUUAAGCGCGCUUAUCCCGAUGCGGUCUCUGAAAUGAGACACAGCCUGAGUUUGCGAGGGUGACCUACCUCAGUCGGGUGGUAGGGCAGGGUACAGUGAGUCCUGUGCAGGAAUAAAUUAAAGUUGUAGUGUGCUUUCCUGCACCAGCAACUAAGAAAGAGCUUAUGCGUUUUCUCGGACUGGUAGAUUACUCUAGGAGUUUUUGCCAUAACUCUUCCUUGGUGGUACUUACUAACCUGACCUGCUUAAAGCAAGUGCCACUUUUGCUUGGUCUCCGGUGUGCCAAAAGGCUUUUGAGAAUGUUAAAUUAUUGUUGUGCAGGGCACUAGUGUUGUCCACACCCAGGUUUGAUCACCCCUUUGCCCUUCAGGUGGACACCAGUGACAUGGGGGUAGGAGCGGUCUUGUUACAAGCCGAUGACUUUGGGGUUGAAAAACCGGUCAGCUUCUUUUCAGAGAAAUGUAACUUGUAUCAGUUAAACUAUUCAACCAUAGAAAAGGAAGCAUUAGCAUUAGUUUGGGCCCUCAGACAUUUUGACAUGUAAUUUGGUUCCGGUGUUGUGCCUUUGGUUGUCUACAACCACCAUAAUCCUUUAAGAUUUUUCAACUCUUUGCAGUGCCCAAAUCAGAUGUGAAUAAGAUGGUCAUUAUUGCAACAAUCAUACUGGUUUCAAGGGAUCUGACAAUGUAGUUGUCGAGCUCCUUGUCAAUAGCCAUGUUUGAUGGCUAUUGACUGUGUUUUUAAGAAGAGGCUAAGGCUCACUUUCUUUACCAGGGGCAUGCUGAUGCAAAUAUGCAGCAUGCAGUUUUAAGGUCAGUGCCAUCUUUGUCAAUUGCAGAAAAAGAAAAAAAAUUCUGGCGGAAGUGUUAAAAAAAAAAAAAAACAUUUAGUUGUAAAGUAUUUUAAGUAUUUUGUGUAAGGUCAGUAUCCAUGUAAUAUUAAAGUCACAGAUAAUAGUUUGAGUUAUCUUGGGUUUGUUUCUGCCUGUUCUGUUUCCUGGUUUUUGUCGUUUCUGUUGUAGGUACCUGGUAGGCAGGGUCUUAGCCACACCCGGGAGUUCCUGGCCAGAAUAAAUCGUUCUAUAUUGAGUUGAUCAUGCCCUCCCCCCUUUUCUUUUGUCUGACUUGUGAGUGGGGUCGUGACAGUGUGUGAUAGGUGUCUAGAAAAAAAGCUGGCAUGCAUAGCCCCUGUCCCCCAGCAACACAGCAGAUAAUUCACCUGUCAGUACAAACUCUCAUCAUCACAGCCUUGUAAAAGAGUCAUAUUCUUGACCUAGCUAUGAUGUAAACACUGGUCAUUAAUAUAAGUUGUGUAGCUCACCUUGUGAUAGGCGCUGGUAGAUUCCAGAGGUCUGAAAGACUCAGGAGUCAUGGACUGAGCUGAGGCCACUUUGCCACAACAAUGCUGAUGACAUAGUCAGCAUUGCAGACUAUCUGAAAUCAUAUGAUGAAGACUAUUUAAACCAAUCAAUGCACAUCUUAAUUUAUAACAGUGUUCAAAACUAACAAUUUGAAAAAGUCAUGUUCACCUGAACAUUAAUGUGAAAGGGUUUCCGCCUCAUGGGUCCUUGAGGAGGAUUUGAUCUUGAUGUGUGUGCAGUCCAAUGCACCAAUGACAUUAGGAAAACCUGUAACACAAAGCAUGAGUACCCUACUAUGACUGUUUACAGCUGUCAUGUAAUUUGUACGAUAAAGUAAGAUGAAAUAAUAAUAGUAAACACAUUUUAUUUAUAAACGCCUUUCUCGACACUCAAGAUCACUUUACUGAUGAAAACAGUUUAAUAAAACGACAAGAUAAAACAAACACAAUAUAAAAUGGGACAAAGUAAAUUACAAAGAGUGGGCUAUUCUGAUCAGGUGGGUUUUAAGUCUGGAAGAUAGGCUAUAUAAGAUUUUACAGUCUGAUGGAGUUACAUUUACACAAUUUUACUCACAUCUGCAGUCAAUAUACCUUUAAAUUUCAAAUGAUUCAUAAUCAAAUUAUACUUAAGUUUUCGAAGAUGUUGACUGUUUGGAUUGUAAUUGUAAUGGUAUCAGCAGAGCAGUGAGUGUGUGUUUGAGCACCACUUACGCAUUCAGGCGGUCUGCAGCACUUUGCCACAUUUUCUCUUGUUGUUUUGACUGUUACUGUGUUGCCUUUCAUUUUGAUUUGGUCCUUUACCUCCUCGUAAGCCUAAAUGGGGAUUUCUGACUCUGUAUCUGCUCAUCCUGGCUUGGUCUUUGUUUGGGCGCUCUUGUUUAGGAUUCGUUGAACCUGGCUCAGUCAUUUAUCCGGAAUGUCUUAAACCUAGUUUUGUGCAACAGGCCUCAGGGUUCACAUCAGUUUAUUUUUGUUUGUGAGUUUGUUUGGUUGUUUAUUUAUUUGUGGGUUUUUUUUUUCUUCAGUCGUCUUCAGGGUCCACAUGUCACUUUGUUUGUGAGUUUGUUUGGUUAUUUAUUUGUGGGUUUGUUUCUUCUUCAUCCAUCUACAAGGUCCAUAUGUAGUCUGUUUGGGUGAAUUUUUCAUGGGUGGGUUUCUUAGUUAAGUUUGGUUUUGUCUUCUUGCUUUGUUUCUAUCUGUGCUAAUUGUUAAAGCAGUUUGUCUAUCCUUGUUUUUAUACAUUCAUUUAUUAAAGUGAGUGUUAUUAUUAUUAAUAUUAACCUUACCUGUAGUAUGAGUGUCUCCUGAAAUCUCACUUGUUAGUCAGCCAAUCAGUAAUUCAGUGUGUCUGUCCUGUUCCUUCGCAGGUGCACGAAAUGUGGCGAAGGCUUCACGGGUACGUGGGCUCUAAAGACCCACAUGCAGGUGCAUGGUGUGGAGAAGGCAUUUAUGUGUGACCUGUGCGGAAAGACAUUUUUCUACAACUGUCAGCUGCAGAAGCACCAGCGGCUCGUCCACCAGGACAAGGCGGAAGAGCGGGCAGCGAGACGGCAGCAAACCGUAGUGAAGCCGUUCAGCUGUGCCACCUGUCUGAAAAGCUUCAGCACUACCGCUGCAAUGAAGAUGCACGAAAAGAGCCACGCUGAGCGCAAAGAGUUCCCCUGUGACACCUGUGGGAAGUCCUUCCACCUGCGUCACCUGUACUUGUACCAUAUGAGGCAGCACAGCGGUGAUCGGCCAUAUGUCUGUGGCAUCUGCCAGAAAGGCUUCCUGCUAAUGGCGCAGCUGAAGCAGCAUGAACUGUUGCACACAGGAGUCAAACCUCACAGGUGUGACCAGUGUGGAAAAAGGUUUAGAACCCCACAAAACUACCACCGCCACCGUCUGGUCCACACUGGAGAGAAACCGUAUGAGUGUGCAGUGUGCAGCAGGAAGUUCAGACAGUCCAACCAGCUCAAGUCUCACAUGCAGAUCCACACUGGGGUAAAACUGUACACCUGUGAGCGCUGUGAGCAGGGCUUCGCCGACUCCCGCCAGCUGAAGAAGCAUGUCUGUGGAGAGGAGUGUCACAUUAUUGAGUCCACCCACAGACCUGAGAAACAGAAGUUUUUGACUUGGUCCGAGGGUUUCACGAACGAAUGA